UGUGUGUGUAUGUGUGUGUGUGUGGGUGUCUGUAGAGUUAUACAGCUGUGUAAUGGCUGCUAACAGUGUUCAAGAGCCUUUGGAAACUAAACUGUAGUUUAUGGUGAUCAGAGGCAAAUGCUGAACUGCAAUAUACAGUGAGAUGCCUUGCUGUGAUGGGAUCAUCAGUUUCAUACUGAAAUGAGAUGUCUGGACUUGUCAAGCAGAUUAGAAGAGAGCAGGAGGUAUUCAAGGGGAACUUCUUGUUAACACGGGACAGAGGUACUGGGAAUAGGUGUUAAAGCCUAUCUACAUCCAAGAAUCCUGGGUCUGUGAAAACAAGACUUGAGAAAAGAGAAGAUCUCAAUUGGACUAGCUAAUCCUUCCCCAGGACAAUUGUAAGUACAUGCAUUUUGUUACAGAGGGACUGUGCUGGCAGUGGGGGGCAUAGUGCUUAUUGUAGAAUCACAAAGUUACAAGCUGAGUAUGCUGGAGGCUUGCAUUGUAACCUGCAAGAAUAUUAAAUUCAGCAGUCAGAAAGUGUAUAUAUAACAAACUCUGACUGCAAGUGAAGGUGAAAAGUUACAAUGAAGCCUGAACCAUUAACUAAAACACAGAUAAAGUAUCCCAUAGCAUGUGAAUGGGUAUUGAAGGUUUGAUUUAUAUUUACUAAACAAAUACAUAUUGUAUAAAGGCAUCGAGUUCUGAUACAUUCUUACAGGGGUCGGGAAUGCUGUGUCCUAACAAAACUGUGUACUGAAGAAUUCUACAUUGGGCAUGAUCCAUGGGGCCCUGUAGGUGAAGGGGUUUAUUUACUAAGCAGCGAAAUGUCAGCAUUUGGGUGAUAUUGGCUACAUUGGAAGAAUGCUCCAGUUUCAGCUGUUUUUCAAACUUAGAUCUGUUGGCCUUUAUUUACAUUCUAUUUAAAGUCCCCCAAAUUCAGUUUGGUGAAUCAAUCCCAUUACAGUGUAUAAAACCCAUUUAAUGUCUAAAAUGUAAACUUUGUAUCUAAUUUAUAUAAAUAUAUAUUCUAUCUCAAUGGAUGCAUAUUAGGUUUAUUUACUAAACACUGACUCCUGUUGAAUUGAAAGAUGGAUAUCUGAAUUGCAGAAUAUAAAUCAGAGAGAGGGGCUGUUUGAUUGCCAGGAAUAAUCCAAAUGAUAGAUGAAUAUACAGAGCCCCUGGCAGACUCCUGGUUGUGGCCCCUGGCAGGAUGCAGUUAUGCCAGACACUAUUAGGCAGAAUGUGACCCAGAAAGCCAUGUGUGAGGUUAAUGGUUCUUAUCAGUGCAUGCAGGUCGGUAUCUCCUCUGCCCCGGCCGCUCUCUCCCCCCUCCCAUGGUCCUGUCCCUGUAGUGAUGGCAUGCCGCUGCCAGCCCCCUGCCUCCCCCCUGUGUCUGUUUUAGGGCGGGCUGCUGUCAGCCAGAGGGGGAUGAUUUUAGUAUCCGGAAAUGAUGAAAAGAAGGAUCCAGAGAAGAGUGAGUGAAAGAGGAAAAAAAAAAGUUUCUUCCGUGCGAGGUAAAGAUACAAAGUAUCCAGAGAGUAUUUAUUGUAUUGCCCGGCUGCUCACAGCAACACGUGGCCAUAUACCUGGAUAGUCAGAUCAGGCUGGGGGGCUGGCUCUCAUUGGCUGAGGGUGAUGGGUGUAGAUAUCGCUUAGUUUAUAACUUAUUGUAUAGGGAAACUCUCCAUAAUAAAGAAUGUGGGGGUAACCCAGCUCUAUCACUGCAUGUACCUCCUCAUAUUAUAUGUAGGGGUACCCCAAUUCUAUAGGGUACCUCCUCAUAUUGUAUAUAGGGGUACCCCCAUUCUAUCAUUGCAUUUAUAGAGUACCCCAACUCUAUUACUGCAUGUACCUCCUCAUAUUGUAUAUAGGGGAUGGUGUGACCCCAUUCUAUCACUGCAUGUAUAGGGUACCUCCUCAUAUUGUUUAUAGGGGUACCCCCAUUCUAUCACUGCAUGUAUAGGGUACCCCAACUCUCUUACUGCCUGUACCUCCUCAUAUUGUAUAUAGGGCUACCCCCAUUCUGUCACUGCAUGUAUAGGGUACCUCCUCAUAUUGUAUAUAGGGGUACUCCCAUUCUAUUGCUGCAUGUGUAGGGUACCUCCUCAUAUUGUAUAUAGAGGUACCCCCAUUCUAUCACUGCAUAUAUAGAGUACCCCAACUCUAUAACUGUAUGUACCUCCUCAUAUUGUGUAUAUAGGGGAUGGGGUCCCCCCAUUCUAUCACUGCACAUGAAGGGUGCAUCCUUAUAAUAUUGUAUAUAGGGGUACACCCUUUAUAUCAUUGUGUGCAUAGGGACCAUCUUCAUACUGUAUUUAGGAGUACCCCCAUUCUAUCAUUGCGUGUACAGGGUACCUCCUCCUUCUACUGUAUUUAGGUGUACCCCCAUUCUAUCACUGCACAUAUAGAGUAUCUCCUUAGAAUAUUGUGUAUAUAGGGGUACCCCCCAUUCUAUCAUUGUGUGUGUAUAGGGUACCUCCUCCUUCUACUGUAUUUAGGUGUACCCCCAUUCUAUCACUGCACAUAUAGAGUAUCUCCUUAUAAUAUUGUGUAUAUAGGGGUACCUCCAUUUUAUCAUUGUGUGUGUAUAGGGACGCUCCUCAUUCUGUAUCUAGGGGUACCCCCAGGGACGUGUCUUCCUCGAGGCAAACAAGGCAUCAGCAAUGGGCGGUACUUUGCAGGGGGCGGCAGAAAAAGCCGCCCCCAAACGCCCAUUGUUUGCCUCGUGUCCUGGGGGGCUCAAGAGCUGGCCGGCUGGCCACUUUUGACCCCUCCCCAAUGAUGACGAAUAGGGGGCGGGCCGAACAGCGCAUAUGUUCGCCAUCCGUGGCGAACCGUUCGGCGAACCAUUCGGGACAUCACUAUUUGUCAUUGUAUGAGUGUGUGUCUUUCAAUGAGUAUAUGCGUCUGUCAGUGAGUGAGCAUCUGUCAGUCAAAGUGCGGCCUUGACAGGAAGGGGUGAGGAAAAUUUAAAUUGGGGGGGAUGUGCCCAAGCACCGUCCUGGCUAAGGCAGCACAAAUCCUAAAUACACCACUGGGUACCCCCCAUUCUAUCAUUGCAUGUAUAGGCACCCUCCUCAUACUGUAUUUAUCAUUCUAUCAUUGCGAGUAUCGGCUGAUACUCCCAUCAGUGUAUAUAGAGGUACCUCUAUUCUAUCACCACAUGUGUGGGAUACAUUCCCCUAUAUCUAUAGGGGGUACCUCUUAUUCUGUGCCUGCAUAUAUAGGGACAUCACUGUAUAUAGGGAUACCUCCUAUAGGAUGACUUUAUGUAUAGGGGUACCGUCUACUCUAUCACUAAAUGUAUAGGACACCUACUCCCAUCUCUGAAUAGAAGGCUUCAUCCUAUUAUUUCACUGCAUGUAUAGGGUAUCACCCUUGAUCCCUGUAUAUAGAAGUACCUUCUAUUCUAUUGCUGCAUGUAUAGGGUACCUCUUAUUGCUGUAUAUAUGGGUUACCUGCUAUUCUAUCACUGCAUGCAUAGGGUACCACACUAUCAUUGCAUAUAGGUACAUUUUUCCUCUAUCAAUGCAUGAAUAUGGUACCACUCCCAAUCAAUGUUUAUAGGGGUGCCUUUUUCUCUAUCACUACAUAUAUUGGGUACUUCCCUUCAAUCCCUGUAUGUACGAAUACCUCCUAUUCUAUGAAUCAAUGUACAAGACCAGCCCACCUCCUAAUCACUGUAUAUAGGAGACCCUCCCAUUCUAUCACUACAUGUGUAGGGUAUCUCCCCCAUAAUCCCCAUACUCCUUAUUCUAUCCAUGCAUGUAAAGGGCUAGCUCCUCCACUUUGUAUAGUGGUACCUCCUAUUCUGUCAGUGGGUGUACAGGGCUAUCUAAUGAUCACUGUAUAUAAAGUUACCUUCCAUGCUUUCAUUGGAUGUAUAGCCCACCUCCUAUAUCACUGUAUAUAGGACAUGCAUAGGGCUGUCUCCUUUCUAUCAGUGUAUAUAGGGGUACCCAUUUUGGGCUAGCUCCCCUUUUCAUGUAUUGGACUAACUCUCCUUUUCUAUCACUCCAUGCAUCAUGCUAGCUCCCCCUUUUCUAUUACUCCAUGUAUUGGGAUAGCUCCCCUUUUCAUGUAUUGGGCUAGCACCCUUUUUCUAUCACUCCAUGUAUUAAGCUAGCUCCCCUUUUCUAUCAUUCAAUGUAUAAGGCUACCUCCUGUUUUCUAUUACACCAUGUAUUGGGCUAGCUCCACUUUCUAUCACUCCAUGUAUUGCGCUAGCUCCCCUUUCUAUCACUCCAUAUAUUGCGCUAGCUCUCCUUUCAAUCACUCCACGUAUUGCGCUAGCUCCCCUUUUCUUUCACUCUAUGUAUUGGGCUAGCUCCCCUUUUCUUUCACUCUAUGUAUUGGGCUAGCUUCUCUUUUCUAUCACUCCAUAUAUUGAGCUUGCACCCCGUUUCUAUCACUACAUGUAUUGGGCUAGCUCCCCGUUUCUAUCACCCCAUGUAUUGGGUUAGCUCCCCUUUUCCAUCAUUACAUGUAUUGGGCUAACUUCCUGUUUGUAUCACUCAAUGUAUUGGACUGGCUCCCCUUUAAUAUCACUACAUGUGUUGGGCUGGCUCCCCUUUAAUAUCACUCCAUGUAUUGGGCUAGCUCCCCGUUUCUAUCACUCCAUGUAUUGGGCUAGCUCCCCUUUCUAUCACUCCAUGUAUUGGGCUAGCUCCCCGUUUCCAUCACUCCAUGUAUUGGGCUAGCUCCCCGUUUCUAUCACUCCAUGUAUUGGGCUAUCUCGCCUUUUCUAUCACUCCAUGUAUUGGGCUAGCUCCCUGUUUUUAUCACUCCAUGUAUUGGGCUAGCUCCCUGUUUUUAUCACUCCAUGUAUUGGGCUAGCUCCCCUUUUCUAUCACUCCAUGUAUUGGGCUAGCUCCCCGUUUCUAUCACUCCAUGUAUUGGGCUAGCUCCCCGUUUCUAUCACUCCAUGUAUUGGGCUAGCUCCCCAUUUCUAUCACUCCAUGUAUUGGGCUAUCUCGCCUUUUCUAUCACUCCAUGUAUUGGGCUAUCUCGCCUUUUCUAUCACUCCAUGUAUUAGGCUAUCUCGCCUUUUCUAUCACUCCAUGUAUUGUGCUAGCUCCCAGUUUCUAUCACUCCAUGUAUUGGGGCUAGCUCCCCGUUUCUAGCUCCCCGUUUCUAUCACUCCAUGUAUUGGGCUAGCUCCCCAUUUCUAUCACUCCAUGUAUUGGGCUAGCUCCCCGUUUCUAUCACCCCAUGUAUUGGGUUAGCUCCCCUUUUCCAUCAUUACAUGUAUUGGGCUAACUUCCUGUUUGUAUCACUCAAUGUAUUGGACUUGCUCCCCUUUAAUAUCACUACAUGUGUUGGGCUGGCUCCCCUUUAAUAUCACUCCAUGUAUUGGGCUAGCUCCCCGUUUCUAUCACUCCAUGUAUUGGGCUAUCUCGCCUUUUCUAUCACUCCAUGUAUUGGGCUAGCUCCCCUUUCUAUCACUCCAUGUAUUGGGCUAGCUCCCCGUUUCCAUCACUCCAUGUAUUGGGCUAGCUCCCCGUUUCUAUCACUCCAUGUAUUGGGCUAGCUCCCCGUUUCUAUCACUCCAUGUAUUGGGCUAGCUCCCCGUUUCUAUCACUCCAUGUAUUGGGCUAGCUCCCCGUUUCUAUCACUCCAUGUAUUGGGCUAGCUCCCCGUUUCUAUCACUCCAUGUAUUGGGCUAGCUCCCUGUUUCUAUCACUCCAUGUAUUGUGCUAGCUCCCCUUUUCUAUCACUCCAUGUAUUGGGCUAGCUCCCCGUUUCUAUCACUCCAUGUAUUGGGCUAUCUCGCCUUUUCUAUCACUCCAUGUAUUGGGCUAGCUCCCAGUUUCUAUCACUCAUUGAUUUAGUUUUGCCAUGAUUGGAAAUACUAUACUAGAACAAUUAAUAUAUGCUAGAAGGGCUAUUGAUGACAAGAAGGGUUAAGCAAUGACCUGCAUACACACCUUGAUGAAAGAGUACAGGGAUGUUGAUUGGCUAUUCUACUAGCUGUUGUUGGAAUGCAGCUCCCUUGAUUAUCUGCCAGAUUUGUUGUAGAGGAUGCAUAUCUCACUUGUUGCCCUUAAAGUCAUAAGUUGGUUAACCUCAACUGUACUGAUAAUGUGAGGAUACAGAUGCAUUUACCGCAUACUCAUGUGUUUCCUGUGCUCUUUGUUCAGUUCUCCUCCGUGAAGGUGGUUUGUCUUUGGAUACGUUUGUGUUUCUUGCUGAGAGACCUGGCAGAUGUCCCAAGUGGGAGAAACCUUUCCUCCAGAGCCUGUAGGGCCUGAGAAAGAAUCUGCAUCUGAAGAGAAGCUGUUGAUCUCACUCCCACAGGGUAAGUCUUGUGAAUAUUACUUUUUAUUUUCAGAGUACAUUUCAGAAAGAUUUUUUUUUUCUUGUUUUUUUUUUCGCUUUACGGUUAUUUAUAUGAUAAACAACCUUUUACCUUGUCUUGGAAUGCACAGACUCUGUCCUGUGUACACAAACAAGGUACUGAGAUGGCAUUCUAUUUGUAGAUUACUAUCCUUGGCAUUUCAGAUAUUUCAAACUAUUUUUCCCAUAAUGACUAACCAGGUUUAAGCAGCAGUGUCACUUCCAGUAAGCAACAUUUUUUCAUUCUUCACCGCUAUAAACAAUAUUGACGCUCUUAAAUAUUCCGUCAUGAUUUCCUUUUAUUCCAGAAGUUUGGUCAUUAAGGGGUUAAUACAACGAAAACAGAUAACCCAGGUGGACCAAACCACUAUAGGUGUCUCUUAGUGGAGCGCUAAGAAAGGCAGACUUAUCCCUACAUACAAUGGGGAAAUAUACAGUAAUAUAAUCCCUAUAUAAUGAAGAGAUAUACACAAUGGUGAAGUAUAUCAAGGUCUAGUAACAUAAAUUAGAAUAUAGUAGGGACCACACUCACAUGGUUAAGAGCCACAUACGAAUAGGCUCAAAUCACUUCAGCAUAGGUAUAUUAAGGUAAUACCAAAACCUUCUUAUGGUGUCCGGUAAGUAUCCUCACCAAAAAAAGGAAGAGAAACAAGAGAAAACAUCUUUGUGCAGUAUUAUCAAGAUAUUAAAUUGCAAAUACCCCUAUAAUAUGAAGUAAUUGUUCACCUUGUGAAGAGCCAGUUAUACUAAGCUCUUGGUAUACAGGUAGGUGUGCUAUUAAGGAGAGCACAACCCCUCUUGAUUCCAGGAAAAACAGCAGAGGACUAGUGGAUAAAAGUAUACUAAAAAAAAGCACUUUAUUAAAGCAACAGACAAUCUAAUAAUAAAAUGUGCAGUAAUACCAGUCUACCAUAUAGUCCACUUCCGAAAGUUUUGGUAUUACCUUAAUAUACCUAUGCUGAAGUGAUUUGAGCCUAUUCGUAGGUGGCUCUUAACCAUGUGAGUGUGGUCCCUACUAUCUUCUCAUUUAUGUUACUGGACCUUGAUAUACUUCACCAUUGUGUAUAUCUUUUUAUCAUAUAGGAAUUAUAUUACUGUAUAUAUCCCCAUUGUAUAUUGUGGUAAAUCUGCCUUUCUUAGCGCUCCACUAAGAGUGGUUUGGUCCACCUGGGUUAUCUGUUUUCCUUGUAUUAUACUUUGUGUGUAAAAUUUGGGGAUAUUUACACGAGUGUGAGCUGCUUUUUCACCUGCAUACAUUGUCUGGUUUAUCUACUAAGCGCCUUUUAUACACAGAGCACUCCUUUCUGUAUUGGUUAAUAUUGACUCUUUUACUGGGGUGAAAAGUGCAGCUAUGGAAAGAAAAAUAAACAUUUACUGAUGCAGCACUUUGGAACAUCUUCGUUUCACGAAGGUCCAGGUGUAAUGCUCCAGGUGUGCACAUGUGCCCAUACAUAGAGAAAUGCAAUAUGAUCUCAUCUCAUGUGUUUUUGACCAUUCUUCCAAAGUGAAGUACACACACAAGUGAUGUGCAUUUGGCACCGUGCGGGUUAAAUUAUUUUGCAUGGAAUACUCUGGCUGUGCCAGGAUAGUCAGGCAUGCAACGUAACUUGUAAAAUACAAAACAAUUGGGAAUUUUAGUUUUCUCAUGUUGUGACAGUUAUGGCUUAAGAAAUGACUGAGUAUCAUGGAAAAUUUAGUUUGGCUAAUUAUGGUAAACCAAGGUCAUCUGAAAUACAAGGUCACCUCAUUAGGGUAAGGUGACAUGUUCCUGACCUAAUUUAUUCGCCACGGGGAUCUAUCAGUGGAUCUCUUCACUAACCUGGGACUUGAUUGAAAAUUGAAAAGGGAAUUACAAAUGUCAGGAUAGACUGAUGGCCAGAUUGGUGGCCAGACCAUAUUCUCUAACAUAGCUAUUACUCCUGCUCAGAUCUUUUGAAAAACAAUUUUACAGCCCAAAAAAAUGGAUUUCUACAUUAAAUGUAAUUCUGCUUGCCCGGCUUUAAAGGGAUACUAUAAGUGACAGGAUUACAGAGCUGCAUUCCUGGCACUAUAGCUCCCUUGUGCCCCCCAUCAACGUGAAUAAAGGAUAAAAACUCUUUUUACUUGCCAGGGCUACAUUUUUUUACUUGUCAAUGGCUAGUAAUGAGUGGAAAUUUUGAGCCCUGAUGUAGUUCACAGCAGGUGUAAAACUACAACACGGAUGAUUAGUUACCAACCUUAAAGGUUCACACCAGACCACUAAAGCACAAUACCUUGUUGAAAAGCUUUAUGUGUGAAGAGUGUGUCCUAUUUUUUUAAAUUUUGCAAAAAGUGCAGAUUUCAAUGAAACUUUAAAUGAUUAAAACACUUUUUUUUAUGGAUUCACUUGGUUACACCCCCUUGACUUUCAAGCAGACAGCAGGUCCUGUUACUUCCUGGUUUGUUUAACUCAGUAGAGCUAAACUCAAGAGGUGGUAUUCUAUCAGAAAUCUAUAUCUAUCAGAUUUCUCUACCUACGUCACUUUCGGUGCACAUACGUCACCAGAAGUGACUCAAGAUCAGAUGAGCGUAUGCGUGCUAGCAGGCCUCGGGGUAUAGAGUUCUGACAGAAUUCUGGCAGAGGCGCCACACACGUUCGCCACAUCUGAUGAUGCUCGAUCAACUGGGCCGUUAAUCUGAAGGAUGUACUGUGCAUGCAUGCUACACAUCCAUCAGAUAUAGAAAUCUGAUGGGUGUAUUGCACAUGCUCACGGUACAUCCAUCAGCUAUAGCAAUCUGAUAUACAAAUCUGACAGGUGUACUGCGCAUGCGGUACAUCUAUCAGAUUUCUAUACCAAAGUGUACCACUGUGUAUUAACAUACCCAGUGUAGGCUAAUGUGGUGUUAAAUGGUGAUGGUGACACACUGGGAAUGGGGGGUUAAUGAUGGUAACACACUGGGGAUGGGGGGUUAAUGAUGGUGACACACUGGGGAUGGGGGGUUAAUGAUGGUGACACACAGAGGAUGGGGGAUUAAUAGGGGUGACACACUGGAGAUAGGAGGGUUAAUGGUUUGACACACUAGGAUGGGGGGUUAAUACACAUGGGAUGAAGAGUUAAUGGGGUUGAUACACAGGGAUGGGGGUUACUGGGGACAAGGCAAGCAACUCUGACACUGCUACCCCUGUAUCGUUGUCCUUCGGUGGUCUUCAACUUACCCACAACCCAAGAAACUCUGAAUGUAAAGGUGGUGGUGUAGGGUUUCUCCUAUCCCCUCAAAUUAUUGUAACCCUCUCCUGAUUGGUCUUCCCAAAAGCUGUACUGGACGGCUACAGUCCAUAAUGAACGCUGCUGCAAGACUGAUUUUCCUCUCUAGUCGGUUCUCUCACACCUCACCCCUCUGCCAGUCCUUACAUUGGCUUCCUGUAUGCUAAAGGAUUCAAUUCAAGGUACUAAUUCACACCUAUAAAGCACUGAACAACUCUAGCCCCUCUUAUAUCUCCUUACAGAUCCAUAAGUAUGUCCCUUCUUGGUCUCUCCACUCUGCCCGUGACCACCUCCUGUCCGUUGUCCUCACCCAUACGGCCAACUCACGCUUGCAGGAUUUCUCACGGGCAGCUCUCUUCCUAUGGAAUAGCCUGCCUACUGCCAUCAGACUCUCCCUUGUCUUGCAUCUUUUAAGAAGUGCCUUAAAAGCCAUCUCUUUAGGCAAGCUUAUGGCCUCCAAGACUAACCUCUACCUCACAUACCUGUCUCUUGCUCUCUCCUAAAGGGCAGCCCACCUUAUUUGACUGCAAAGUCCUGUCCUAAUGUGUUUUACACCCCACCUCCUAUAGAAUGUAAGCUCAAUUGAGCAGGGUCCUCUUCAACCUAUUGUUCCUGUAAGUUUUUUUUGUUGUAAUUGUCCUAUUUAUAGUUAAAUCCCCUUCUCAUAAUAUUGUAAAGCGCUACGGAACCUGUUGGCGCUAUGUAAAUGGCAAUAAUAAUAAUAUUAAUAUAUUUAGGGAGGCAUGGGAGGGCCAGGGGGCUAGAUGGUGCUUUUAACACUAUAGGAUAAGGGAAACAUGUUUGUGUUCCUGACCCUAUAGUGUUCCUUUACUGUCUUGUUGCAUGUCUGUGUGUAUAUUUCUUAAAAUUAUCUCAAAACAGUCAGGUGGUUUUAAAAUUAACAGGGUUUGUCUGUUAUACUUUAACCUUUGAUUUUGUACCCAAGCUGAAUUUUGAAUAUUUGAGAUUAAUAAAAUUUCUAAACAAAUUAUGCAUUGUUUGGGGUUUUAAAACCUAAUCUAUGUUUAAAAUAAAUAAAUAAAAGAAAAUCCAUAUGCCAAAUCAAGCUUUAUUCCCCUAGAAUUCUCCCAGUUCUGGCUAUUUUUGCUUAGUCUUUGAAAAUAUUGCAAGCCCAGAACACACCUGGGUCCAUGUUGUAACAUUAGCUCAGGAAGGGAACAAUAGGGGGGCUGUGUUUGGUAGUUUUUUUUUUAUGCCAAAGGCAGAGUUCGGAGGGAAAAGAAAAGAUACUUAGAGUGACAAAAAUUGACAAAUAUUCUGUACUAGAGCAGUUAAGAUAACAUUCAGGGCAAGUACAGGCAAAUAAAAGACACAUAGUUUCAUCCUUCUCUUCUUGGUAAAUAGGCAAGGACUCACAACAAAUACUUACAUUUUUUGGGGAUUUCAUUUGACUUUAUUUGAUGCUUUGUUAGAGAUCCAGAAGACUCACAAGUUUUAAACCAACUAGGACAUACGUUUAAACAACUACAUUAACCAAAAUAAUGAAAAUAUAUUCAAAGUAUGUAAUGUUUAUAAAUUUACAAUAAACUUGGUCAGAUUACAUUAUUGUGCACACCUCUCAGCUAGGGGAGUUUCUUAAGCCUGCCCCCCACCUCGCCGUUACCCAUCCAUCUCUAUUUCAGAGCAUUCCACUAAUGACAGAAACAGGAUAUCAUUAUCAUUGUGCAGCAGCAAGGAGAGAGAGGCCCAACACCAGAUAGUGCUCUGCGUGCUCACUCUGAUCAGACUCCCUCUCUUCUCCGUCUGUCAGAAUGUUGCAAGGUUAAGAGUUCUUCCAACUGUACAUUUGUAAUUCUAUCAGGCAUGUCCUUAUGCACUCUUCCAGCAUUCCUAGGGAUGAGACACUGGUUGGUUAGAUCAGUGCCCCUCCCCGAUGUCUAUGUGGAAAGCAUAAGAAAGAAGCAGGUAAAUAUGAAAGAAAAAUCUUAUUAAACGGACAGAUAGGUACCAUAGCAACUUAAUCAAACGGAAGUUGCUAUGGUGGCUAGUGCUGGCUCACCUUUUUCAAAUCAGUUUUAUGAAUACGGAUUUGCUCAGCGCAUCAGCUGACCGCUCUUAGUAAAUCAGCCACACCACUACCCAAUUCUGCAUGAUCUUUCCGUUUUAGAGAAUUGUAUAAAAUGGAAGGGCAUAGAGGCAUGGCGAUUCAGUGCUGGGACCCAGACUUUGGGGUUGAGCCAUUUAAGAAUGGAUUAAAUACCCCUUAAGGUAAGCCAGUGCCGGGGAUUUCCUGGCACCAUAAAAAAAAAAUAUUUUGCUGAAGUUGUUAUAGUGCCCAGAGUGUUCCUUUAACCUUAUUUUUUUCAGCCUGCAGAGUGAGACAUUGAAAGCUAAUGAUAAACUGAACUAUAAACAGAGGGUAGUUAGGCUGAUUCUUUUAUGGGAAAAAAAAGGUUUCAGAAGAGACAUUUACUAAUGUUUAAAGGGACAGGCUCCUUUUUCAAUGUAAUGAUUCAGGAAACUAUAUAAAAACAUACUUACCUUUUACUGUAAUCUGUUUGGGGCUUAAUAUGUAGGUUCCAAAUGGUGGCAAAAUAGGUCUGUGCAAAGGGUGAUGGAUAGAGAGGUGGAUUAAGCAUAACAUUCCCGUUAAUUUAUAUAAACCAUCUGAAUGUCCGUCAUAGAACACAAACCAACACAGAUACUCUAUGCUGCCGUGCAUUAUUUUGCAAUGGAGCACAUCCUGGUACAGUAUUUAUCAGGUGUUCAACAGCCUUUUUCCUGUAAGAAUUACAUGGUGGAGGAGGAUCCAGAUCCAAGUGUUUUUGCAAAAUAAAAAUAUUUAAAAAUAAAUAUUUAUGAUGAAUAUUAAGCCAGAGCAGUUAUCUUACCUUAAGAUACCUUUAAUACGCAUGCCACUUGUCUAGGCGCCUGGAGUAUUUUUCACUUGAUUGUAUUUAUAAAAGAAAGCCGGGGAAGAAUUACUUUUCAUUUUUCACCUAAUACCUUUCUGCUUUGACUGUCUUACAGAAAGUAAUGUACAACACAAUGUACUAAAGAGGCUGAGAUUACCUUAUUUACAGUUUAACACUUUGUAAAAGACCGCAUUGAUACAUGCUCUCAAAAGAAAAUCCCUUUUAUGUUGCCUGCUUUUUUUCUCAUUGGCUUAUUCUAAGAGACGAUGAAGUGUAAUUUCAUAUUUUAAAUAUUUUUUUUUGUGAUCAGGUUAAGAAUAGUGAUGUCCCGAACUGUUUGCCGAAUGGUUCGCCACGGUUCGCCACCAAUGGUACGCCGCAAACUCCAGUCAGCAGACACAUUCCAGCCAAUCAGCAGCAGACCUUCCCUCCCAGACCCUCCCACCCCUGGGACAGCAUCCAUUUUGAAGCUGCAUUCUUAGUGAGCUGUCCAGGAGAUGGGAGGGUCUGGGAGGGAGGGUCUGCUGCUGAUUGGCUGGAAUGUGUCUGCUGACUGGAGUCCAUAGCGAACCGUUUGUGGCGAACCGUUUGGCGAACAGUUCGGGACAUCACUAGUCAAGAAUAAUAAUAAUAUGCAGAAUUAAUGCUUUUUCCUAAUUGUCUGCUGGCUUAUCAGUGGACGUUGGCCUUUGACCUCACUGCCCUAGUUCAUUUUACGGAAAAACAUCUUUAUCGCUCUCUGCAGACUAUCUGUCCUUCUAGAGGUUUUUCUGAAAAGACAUUUAGGUUUAUAUAUCUUAGAUUAGCAGAUAAAAUCCACAGAUGUUUGCAAAGUGAUACAAUAGAUUGCUCUAAAAUACAUUUUAAAGGGCUAUAUCCCUUAUUCUAGAUUAUUUUAGAUUACUAAGGCUUGAUUGAGGAGCCUUUGGUGAUGAUGUAAUACUGCUGAUGUUUGUAUUUGCUCUCCACUUAUGUAUACAAUUAUUGGCAAAUAUUUUGUGAAGUGUGUAAAUAGUCUGUUGAAUAUACACUUAUAGUAUUGCUUCUGAUGAGAAAGUUUAGGGUUAAGCUCGGCACAUGCACCAGAUGUCAAUGAAACUAUAGCCUGUGCAAUGGGCAUGGGUGUUUCUACUACAGAAAUCACCAGGGUUGUUUCAAUCUGUAUUGAAGACUUAGCAUUGUCAGUUCAGUCCUGGCAUAGUCAAACAAUGCAUCGAAGGAGGAGAAAAUUUUAUUCCUCUCUGUAUGCUCUCUUUAUGGCGAAGAAUCAAUGCAAAGGGUAGAGCUUAUAAAUACAGUGUGGAUUGUUAUUAUUUUUUUUCAGACCUUAGAAACACGUCUACUAAAAAUAGGGGUAUAAGUAAACACAAUAUUAACAAUUCCCCUAAAAUAAUAAUGCGUAAAUAAUAUAUGAAAAACCACAAGGCUCUGGGGUGUGGGUUAGCCGUUGAGGAAACUAGAUGUAUAGGCAGAGAACUCCGGUGACACAGUCUGAUAAGCACUUGUCAGCUGCUUUUCAGAGAAAGUCAAACAAAUAAUCACCUCUAAAACUAAUUGGAAGCCACAUCAAGUCUUCUCAGUAAAAAAUCCAACCCGAAAGAGGCUUCUGUAGCCUUUUUUUUUUUUUCUCCACUACUCGACGCAAUUUAAGUUAUCCAAAAUGGCGCUGAGGGAGGACCGAGGAGAGUACCAGAAGACUAGAAAGAUGGUGCCUAAGAUUCCUUCACAUUGUGUUUGGAAGAUACAGCUAGUUUACUAGCACAAAUGAGAGCUGUUCUUAAAUAUAUUGCCCGGGAACUCACAAAAAGUUCCAACAAGGUAAAGUCUGAGAUCCAGGCUUUGGACAUUUGCAUGUCUACCUUGGAGAGGUGGGUGGAGUCAGUGGCCCAAGCACAUAAUGCGGCCCUGGCAUACACCAAUGGUCUUAACUGCUGGUUACCUGCUGUAAGACCUAGCAAAUCACUCUAGCAGCAAUAAUGUGCUAGGUCAUGCAACAUGGAAAAUUCCACUCGCUCGUCCUGCCAAUUGUCCAUCUCUUUCCCUUGCAAUUCUUUUUUCUGUUUAUGGUAUGAGGUUAUAUUGAACACUGCACCCCUUAUUCAAGCUAAAGGUCGCUGACAUUUUGGUUCCAAAGAACUUCUUUUUAUGUCCAGAAUCCAUGAUCAUAUGGAGUUUAAAGGGACUCUCCAGUGCCAGGAAAACAAACCCGUUUUCUGAUCCUGCAGUGCCCCCCAUCCCAUGUCGCCAAAGGGGUUAAAACCCCUUCAGCUACUUACCUGAAUCAAGUGCCGAUGUCCCUCAGUGCUGGGUCAGGCUACGUCCAUGCUCAGGGGAGACGUAAUGCGCAUGCGCGGCAAAGGCCGCGUGCGCGCAUUAUACCUCCCCAUAGGAAAGCAUUAUUCAGUGCUUUCCUAUGGGGAAAAUCUGACGCUGGAGGUCCAUGAGGACCUCCAGCGUCAGAUAACCGACCAAAGGUCAGUUUAGAUUCCGAAAACAGCCACAGAGGGCAGACUUAGAGCUGCAAUGUAAACACAGGACCCAGACCACGUCAAUUAGCUGAAGUGGUCUUGGUGCAUGGAGUGUCCCUUUAAGUAAGGGUCAAUACUCCUAUGUCCUAAAGAUUAAUUAUACUGGAUUCUAUAUGUUGAUGUAUUUCCUUUUAUAUAAUGUAAACCAGAGACAUGUGAUACUUAUGACGCGUUGUACGUGCAAAGUCUCUGAAAUAAAGAAUUUCUAAUAACAAAAACAAAUCCAAAAAUAAAGAUAAAAUAAUGCUGUUCAAUACAGACUUCAUGGGACAAGCAAAGUUAAAAGUAUUCUGUCUAUUCUUUCCCUUAUAUUCUUCAACUUCUCAAAAUGUUGUCUUUUUGGGCUCCUCUUCUGUUUGCCUAGUCAGGCAGCUGGGUUUGCUGUAACCCCAGCAUGUGAGCAGAGCACACUGCUUCCUGCAGGCAGGGGAAGCUGGGAUGUGACUUGGUAUCCCGGCUGCCCCAUGCCUGUGAAUACCGAAAGCUCUCUGAGGGGAACAGAAAGCAGCCUGUGCUCACAGUGCACGGCUAGCCUGCUCCCCCAACAGAAAGAAGAACAACUUCCUGCAGGCUGGACCUCUGCUCUUCUUCACAGCACCCAGGCAGGCUAAGGGGGAUUGUUUAUUGUGUGCAUGGUUGUAAAUUGGUGUGUGUGUGUGUUAAAUUGCUGUAUUUCUGUGUGUAAAUAAAGUGUGACUUUAUGUAGUGGUGUGAGCUUAUGUUUGAGUGACAGUGUGUGUGUUUGUGAGAGUGUGCAAGUAACACUAUGUGUGUAUGUCAGUGAUAGUGUGUGUUAGUGAGAGUGUAAGUGACACUGUGUGUGUUAGCGAGAGUGUGCAGGUGACACUGUGUGUGUGUUAGUGAGAGUGUGCAAGUGACACUGUGUGUGUAUGUCAGUGAGAGUGUGUGUCAGUGAUAGUGUGUGUGUGUGUUAGUGAGAGUAUGUAAGUGACACUAUCUAGAUUUCCAUAGGCAACUUUUAAUUUUUAACAUUUUGUAAAAAUUAAUUUGUUUAUCUGUAACUACAAUCUUUUACUUGCUACUUGGCAGAAUUCCAUCCUAAAGCUGUACAGGGGAAAGUUAUGUUGGAUUCAUAUCUCUUCCGAUUUAUAUUAUAAAAUGUGUUGUAGCAUGCCUGACAUGGAGGUAAUGUGAUUCCAUUUUUAUUUAUCUGUGGAAUAUUUAUAGAUGCAAUAAAACCGUUAAAUUGAAGGUAAUUAAACAGUUACAUUGAAAAUAAUAGUUGGUUAGUCUAAAUAUUUGGACCAAUUUCAGCCCCAGUGGUUACAAACAUGUACUCUGCCAUCAUUCUGAAGAGCAAAAUAGGAUAUUUUAUUUUAGAACUAAAUUUCUCUAGUUAUGUUUCAGUAUCUUUGGCAGAAAAUCUAAAUACUUAUUGUGCUGAAGCAGAAUUAAACUCUGAACACAGUGGAAUUGCAAAAGAUCUAUUUGGAACAAGAGUCACAUUUAUAUCCAAGUAUCUAAGGAUUAUUCUAAUUGCUAGCUUAGCGGCUAAAUCAAGAGUAAGAAAAGUAGAAUCCAAUAUGCUGAGCUAUUUAAUAUAGCACAAUACCAAGCAGGUGUUCACCUAAGGGCCACAUGUCCUAACACCAUAGUUUGAUGUGACCGUUUGGCUUGGAUUGGAUAGGUGGUUCCUAAGAAAGGAUCUGAAUGGCUUGGUAAGAGAUUUCAUUAGCAAAGACAGAAAAGGGAAAUUAGUUAAGACAACUAGGAAUUUAGAGAAAAAUGUAUCAGUGUCUUGUUUUGAAAAGUGGUGUAAAAGAAAGUCACCAGUGGAAUUCUGCUGGUAUCUAGGGGGGAUUGACCUACUUUUAGUGCUUUGCACCUUUUUUUUUUCUCCAGAAUAUAUCACUUUGCUAAAUAUUCUCCUGUGUCAUGGAUAAUCCUGAGUAAGGAAAGGGAGCCAACUGGCACUUGCGGAUUAUCAGGUUUAUUCACCAAACUGAGAAUUCAAAGUGAAUUUCAAAUUUAAAGUCAGAGUAGCCAAACUGCCAACAUGGCUGACUUAGAGAAUUUUUCCAGUUUGGCUGUUUUUAUCUUAAAAGGAACACUAUAGGAAACCAGACCACGUCAUCUCAUUGAAGUGGUCUGUGUGUAGUGUCCCUUUUCCCUUAACUCCGCAAUCAAAAACAUUACAAAAACAUUGCUAAUGCUGCCUCUAUUGGCUGUCUACCAGGCUGCGUCUAGAGGUGCUUCCUGCUGUUUCACAGAGAUUGGGUCUGUGAAACGACGCUGGGCAUCCUCACGCUUUGCAUGAGGACAUCCAGUGUCAAGCAAAACCACAUUGAAAAACAUUGAUUCAAUCUAUAAAGAAAGGCCUAAUGCGUGGAAUCAGGAAAUUGAAAAAAAGUGAUUUUUUUUUUUUUUACCAUUUCAUGGUUGGGGGAGUGGGGAAGAUGCAGCGGCAGAGAGACAUUUUAGUGUUAGCAAUGCAUCUUUGUAUUUCUAACACUAAAGUGUUCCUUUAAAUUGGAAAUUCACUUUGAAUUUAUCUUGAAUUUCCAUUUUAGUGGAUAACACUGUAUGUGAAACUAAAAUAUGGAGACUAAUUAUACCAGGGAACAAGGUGAUGAGUGUCAGUUACCAUAGGCAGAACACGUAAAGCAGAACUGAAUGAUAUUCAGUGUAUAUUCAGUAGUAAAACAUAAAGAAAAUGAAGAGUAACUAAGAGACGCUUAAAAGAGAAAGGAACAAACCAGCAGGACUGGAAGUAGCAGUGAUGUUUUGGCAACAGGGUUGCAGAACUGGUCUGAGUUACAUACCUGGCUAAUGAGAUAACAACAGAUUCCAUUUCUCAUUUUGCUCAUGAGAAGCCUGUAAGUUGUAUACAGUAGCUUUAUUCCCUUAAAGGAUCACUAUAGUGUCAAGAAGACAAACUCGUUUUCCUGACACUAUAUAAUCCUUAGGUCCCCGCCUCCCUCAGGGCAUCUCCUCCCGCUGGGCUGAAGGGGUUAAAACCCUUUCAGCCACUUACCUUUAUCCAGCGCCGGGCUCCCUCGGCGCUGGUGACCUCUCCUCCCCCUCCGACGUCAGCUCACGAGUGGAGCCGAAUGCAUAUGCUCUGCCAGAGCCGCACGCGCAUUAAAAACGCCCAUAGGAAAGCAUUUCUCAAUGCUUUCCAGUGGACAUUCUGCGUCCUCAAUGCGUUUUUCGCAUUGAGCAUCGGUGAAGCGCCUCUAGUGGCUGUCAGGAAGACAGCCACUAGAGGCUAGAUUAACCCUGCAAUGUAAACAUAGCAGUUCUCUGAAACCGCUUUGUUUACAGCUGCAGGGUUAAAACUUGGGGGACCUGGCACCCAGACCAAUUCAUUGAGCUGAAGUGGUCUGGGUAAUUAUAGUGGUCCUUUAAAAUCCAUACUUUAAAAGGGACACUCAGGGUUCCUAAGGUAGUGAAAUGCAAUCAAGUUGUGCCACCUAGCACAAUUGAUGCCAAUGAAGGUAGCGUUGCACGUGUACUUGUGAAAUCACAAACAUACACAUGUGCUGUUCUUCUCCCUUACAAAUAGAUGCAAUGUUUUGCUUCUGUAUUCAUGUACAGUCAUGCAUUGGCAUUAGGGAAAAUCACUCGAAGCAGUAAAGACCACAUGACUCUUCUGGACAAUUGUAGAGGAGGACUGUGAAUCCAAGAAGCAUAGAGGGAAAGCCACCAAAAUGACAGGUUGAGUUUCUUCACUUUAAAAAAAGAAGCAAUAUACAAUAAGUGCAAGGAUUACAAAAAACAAACAAAAAAAUCUUUGUUUUUCAUUAGAUUCUUGAAAUAAAACCCUUUUGAUCAUUACCGAAAACACAGGCUUUUAAAAUUGCUGUGACAAUAUGUUCUAGUGGUCUUGUCUGAAUAUAUAAAAUGAUUUAUAAACCGCUCAUCACUACUUCUAUGUGUUCUAAGAGUUCACUGGGAUCUCUGCUUUAUCUUACAGUAUGCUAGCAAGAAAGCUGGAUAGCAUUUUCUUUGUGCAAUAGUGAUAUAGCUCAUAGAUGUUGGCAGAGAACUUGCUUUGCAAAACAGAGACACAAUGGGACGCAUUGUUAAGCUGAGCUGCUGUAUGGCAUAAGUCAGCACAGAGACUGGAACUAAAACCCUUCUUUUUGGAAGGCCCCUUUGGCAGGGUUAAAGCGUGGAGUCAUGAGUUAAUGUCUUGGCCUUUCUAUAUGCUGAUUAAAAUUGCUGGAAUGCCAGAUGUGUACAGGAAAUGGACGUGAAACUAAAAUGCCUAUUUUCACAUAAAAUUUGUCUCUUUUUUUGUUCAGUUUGAGUAGCUAAACAUUGAGGCAUAUUAAGCAGCAAUGGGACCAGUCAUAUUAUUGACACAACAUCCAAGUUGGGUUGCUAGGCAGUAAAUCAUUAAAAUGUAUAUUUAUUGAACUAUGUGAACUGUUACUUAUAUUCUGGGGCCUUUUUAAAUGACUGGGAUGUCAGGACUAUGCAUAACGCACUAUGAAGAAAUCAUUGGGAGUCUAAAGAGUUAAUGAGGCCCAAGUUUGCCAACUACAGCAGUUAUGGAUAUUGUUUCAGUGUAGGUUGUGUGGCCCUGCCCUACUGUGAUAUUUGACACUCUCGGAGACUGUCGAUGCAGAAUAAAUUUAUUGUUUUUCUUUAUUUUUUUUGUUUCUCCUUUCACAAUGACGCGUGACUUCUUAAAGCAGCCCGUCAUCUCAAUAAUAUUUAUGAGUAUUCUCUUAGCAGAGUAAAAUGAAUAGCAAUUCUGCCUUUCAACUCCAUGGGAAAAUUGCUAUUCAGUAAGUAGAUUAAACCCCUACUCUGCUGAGCCAAUCCAGCCCAUAAUUGUUAUGAAAUACUCAUAUGGGAUGUGUUGGAAUUUCAUUGAAAUUGCAACCGUUAUCAAAAGUUAGUCAAAUCUUAUCAUAAGACAAAGUAGAGACCUCUCUGUGUUUAACUUGAACAGUUAAUAAAAGGCGGAGCAUCCACUGUCAGAUUUUGUCAAUUCCCACAUCUGUCAGUAGUUGGUUUUGGAAUCUGCAUUACUCCCAUUCAUGCCCAUAUGUAGAGCAGUGAUGUGGACUGGUGGGUGAAGUGCAGGAGCUUGAGAAGGAAGAUGGCAGUGCCCUUAAGGGGAGGGUUUAGGUAUGUAUAACUCACUCCUCUUACCAGAGCACCAUGUACUGAAUGGGGAUGUCACCUUUUGAAGGUCUUGGCAAGAUGCAAAGACCCCCUACCCUCAAGGUAAUAUAGCCACUUUAAAGUGUAAUAACAUUCACUUCUUUGCUAUGGAUUUUUAUAUAUGAAAUGAAAAAACUUUGUACAAAAAAAAAAAAAAAUAUAUAUAUUUAUUAGAGUUUAAAAUCCAACACCAACAGUGGAGGAGAGACAAAUCAAAAAGAACAAGCAAUAUACAUAGAAACCUAGAAUGUGACGGCAGAUAAGAACCAUUCGGCCCAUCUAGUCUGCCCAAUUUUCUAAAUACUUUCAUUAGUCCCUGGCCUUAUCUUAUAGUUAGGAUAGCCUUAUGCCUAUCCCACGCAUGCUUAGCCUCCCUCACUGUGUUAACCUCUACCACUUCAGCUGGAAGGCUAUUCCAUGCAUCCACUACCCUCUCAGUAAAGGAAUACUUCAGGAUAUUAUUAUAAUAACGCAAUAAAGGGACACUAUAAGCACCAAAACACUUUAGCUUAAUGGUUUUGGUGUAAAGAUUAUGCCUCUGCAGUCAUUUCAUUUUGUUUUUGCAGUCCUAGUCACACCCUUCUGCAUGUGACUUACAUUUCCUGUAAAUAGAGAUCUAAUGCUUAAACUUUAAUUAUUUCACAUUCUGUUAAUUUUUUUUAUAUUUUAUCUCCUGCUCUGUUAGUAGCCUGCUAGAGUUUGGAGGAGCCUUGUUUGUGUGAUUAAAUUUCAAUUAACUGAGCAGGAGAUUAAAAACUUCUCAAGUAAACAGUGUGCUGUCUCAUCUAAUUGAAAAAAACAAAAAACAAUACACUUUUUUCAUAUUGGCUGUGAAAGACACAACCAGGGGAGAUGCAGGGCCGGACUGGGGAUACAAAACAGCCAUGGAAAAAAAAUCUAUGCCAGUCCCAGAAGUCACUGCGCCACGUAUUGUCACAUGUAAUAUGUACAGCUAUGUGUUGCCACCCUAGGAAUAUAUAAACACAAUAUAUAUAUAUAUAUAUAUAUAUAUAUAUAUAUAUAUAUAUAUAUAUAUAUAUAUUACUCAAUCAUUAGAUCAGGGGUUCCAAAUUGUUCCUGUGGAACACUGACACAGUGUAUCAACAUUUCUGCAGGAGGAUCUUCAGUGCUGCUGGCUGAGGUUGGUGUGCUGCUCAGUCCUCGCUGCUCCCUCUCCCCCUCCAGGCGGCGUGCUCUGUCUGGGAGGAAGUGCUGUCCUUCCUCCCAGCAUCCAAUACUACAGGGGUCUGGUCGUGGUUUUAGAUGACCGCAGUGACUGACCGGACCCCUGUUUAGCGAUACCCAUAAGAUGGCCCUAAAUGCUUGGGGCACCCGACGUGCAAAUCGCUGUGGACGCCCAAUUUUGUUCUCACAGAACCCAUGGGUAAUUGGGAAACGCUGCAUUAGAUGAUUGAGUAAUCUAUAAACACAUUAUAUAUAUAUAUAUAUAUAUAUAUAUAUAUAUAUAUUAUGUGUUUAUAGAUUACUCAAUCAUCUGGGGUGGCAAGACUUGCAUGCAUACAUAUACAUAUAUGCCUUACAUAUUAUUGAUAUAUAUAUUUAUUUUUCUAAUAUGGUGGGUAGGGGGAUUGUGAGGUUGGUAGGGGUUCACUAUGGUAGAUAUGGUAUCUGUAUGGUGGGUAGGGGGGCUGUCAGUGGGUAGUUGGACUGUAAGGUGGGUAUGAGGUUCUGUAUGGUGGGUAGGGAGACUGUGAGUAGGUUCGGGGACUGUGAGUGGGUAGGAGUUCUGUAUGGUGGCUAGGAGUUCUGUAUGGUGGCUAGGGGUUCUGAAAGGUGGGUAUGGGUUCUGAAAGGUGGGUAUGGGUUCUGUAUGGUGGGUAGGGGUUCUGUAUGGUGGGUAGAGGGCUGUUAGGUGGGUAGGGAGGCUGUGAGUGGGUAAGGGGCUGUAAGGUGUGUAGGGGGACUGUGAGGUGGGUAGGUGGGCUGUGAGGUGGGUAGGGGGGCUGUGGAGUGGGGUAGGGGCUGCUGGGUAGGGGGGGGCUGUGGGUAGGUGGUAGUGGGCGGUGGGGUAUGGGUACUGGGAGGUGGGUAGGGGUUCUGUAUGGUGGGUAGGGGCUGUGAGGGAGGUAAGGGGGUUGUGGAAGGGGUAGGGGACUGUGAGGGGACAGUGAGGUUGGUAGGGCUUCUGUAUUGUGGGUAGGGGGGCUGUGAGGUCAGCAGGGGGGCUGUGGUGUGGGUAGGGGCUGUAAUGUGGGUAGGGGGCUGUGAGGUAGGCUGUGAGGUGGCUAGGGGUUCUGUAUGGUGGGUAGGGGGGCUGUGAGUGGGUAAGGGGGCUGUAAGGUGAGUAGGGGGACUGUAAGGUGGGCUGUGAGAUGGGUAGGUGUUCUGUAUGGUGGGUAGGGAGACUGUGAGGUGGGUAGGGGGAUUGUGAGGCAGGUAGGGGAAGGGUAGGGGAAGCUGUGAAAAGGUAAAUAGCCUUUUAGUUUUCUGUAACUAUUUCCUGCUGGUCCGGUGGGCAGCUUUCCAGUGAGGUCAUCAACGUGUGUGGGGGCGCAGCUUCCAUUCAGGAGGCGGAUCUUGCAUGUGGGGGCGGGGCAUGCAGCCGAAAUUGAUUUUCCCUGUGAAGGGAGACUGACAGGUCUCCCUGCUGUCUGCCUGGCCAGCUUGCUGUGGCCCGCCAGGAAAUUUCCCAGUAUCCCGGUGGCCAGUCCGGCCCUGUGGAGAUAUGGUACAUAUCUCAGAUGAUAGAUAUGAAAAAGACUGCACCAAAAUUCCAUUGUAACACUUGUAGAAUAUAUCCACCCAAAAUGAGAAAAGACAAAUGGUGCAGAUAGUGUAAUUCUAUAUAAGUAUGUAGACUCCUGAAAAUAUUGUUACACUAUCUGCACCAUUUGUCUUUUCUCAUUUUGGGUCGAUAUAUUAUACAAGUACUACAAUCAGAUUCUGGUGCAACCUACAUUACAAAAAUAUUUAUAUGGAUUUAUAAAUUAUGGAAAAGAGAGUGUAUAGUUUUAAGUGGAAAAGUCACUUCUCAGUGUUCUUUCUUCUUCCAAAGCCUUAAUAGUUAAUAUUAAUAAGGAUGAGAGUCAAGAAGGUAAGUAAAAAAACAUACUAAUUGCAAUAGCACAUUUGUGUUCAAAGUGUCAUUGUCAUUCCAUAAUGCUCCAGGGCCAAGGGGUAGGCAACCUUUGACACUCAGAUGAUUACAUCUUCCAUCUGCUGGCAAAGCACCAAGGAAGAUGUAGUUCACAACAGAUGGAGUUCCAAAGAUUGCCCAACCCUGCAUCUGUGUAAGUGUGCAUGCGCCCUUGUCAUUCCUUCAGUAGUUUUGUGUAUAUUUAUGGCACAGUAAGGGUUAAUUUAAUUUGCAUGAUAUGCCCGGGCUGUGCCUGGACGACUGAGCAUACUAUGUAAAUUAAAACAUACAACUGCUGAGAAUUGUAGAGAGAUUAAAGCACUUCCUCAUAGCUAACCAUUAGUUAGCUGCUGGCUUGUGCAAAAAUCUCAGUAGUGAUAAUUCUGCUCUAAAUGUUAUAUAAACAGUAUUCUCAUACCCUCUUAACCAACAGACCCUGGUGGGCUAUGCCAGCUGGAGUUUUGUGCCUGCUUCUGUCUAUAUUAGUUGGUUACAUGAUUAGAUUUUUUAAUGUGUCUACAGCAUAUUUUGCUAAAUGGAGCUGUAUGUGACAUAAUUAGCAGCUUAUUAUACAAUAUUGUAUGUUUAAUUGACCUUGCAAUGAACAUCUGUUCCUGUAUUACAGAUCAAUGUAAAACCAGUGUUAAUAAAAAUCUUAAUAAAUCUACAAGAGCUAUGUAUAUCACAGAAUGCGCCUAGUUCAUUUGUAAACAGAUGGUUUUAGUCAUAUUAAUCCAAAUAAACGUUCGUUAGUCAGGUAUGAAUCUUUCAAUAUAAUGGCACUGAUUUACUAGCAGUCAUCGACAGCAUAACUGUCUACUGUAUAGCUGUCUUUGUCUAAUUCCAUCCGUACUUGAGGAUAAAUCACGGUGUGACAGCUCCAAUAGGCGACUUUUUAAAACUUGCCAUUAGUGAAUAAGCAACCACUUAUCUAACCUGACAUCAUGUACGUUGGUGGACCUUGUGUCUGUAACCUGUCUCUGCAGUGUAAACACUGCCUUUUCAGAGAAAAUGUAUUGUUUUCAUUUCUGGUUAGUAACACGUCUAGUGACAGUCUCUCAGAUGUAUACCAGAGGUGAUUCCUAGUCAAUGCAGGACAUAGAGGUGCUGAACGUUCCCCAUUGAGAUGCAUUGAUUGACCCACCGCAGCAUUUUGCCGGGCAUGCGCAAUAGCCUCCCAAUGCUUUCCUAUAGGAAAACAGUGGAUUUGUUGAGAUCAUCAAGAUUGAUGAUCUCAGCCAUGGAGGUAGAGUCAACUGCAGCAAGGGAUUAAGAGUGAGUAAAAACACCUUUUUAGUGCAAUCUGAGCAGGUCCUGGGACCUAAACAGCCACAUACCAGGACGAUAGUGUCAGAAAUAUAUGUUUGUGUUCCUGACACUGUAGUGUUCCUUUAGCCCCUUAAGGAUGGCGGGUGUGCUAUGCCGUCCUUGGGGACCCUGCUCUAAACGCCGGCGGGGGCAUAGCACGUCUCCGCCGUCCUAUGUACUUACCCACUCGCCGGCGAUCGUGGUGGAGGGACUCACCUGGCAUGCCAGGGAGUCCCUCUGCAGCCGUUCCGGCCCUCCUGGGCCAUGUGAUCACGAGGUCCUUGCGAGGAUCUCACAAUCACAUGGACGGCAUACACGCUCACAGCAAUGCCAGCAGGGGGAGUGCCUAGAAUGACAGCUGCCUGAAAAAAGUUAAAAUAAAGUUUAAAAUGGUUCAAAAAAUAAAAUUAUAAAUACUUAGACCAUAUGAAUAUAUAUUUAUAUAUAUGAUCUAAGCAAAUAUAUACACAUAUUAUUAUUAUUAUUAUUAUUUUGUUAUUAUUUAUAUAGCGCCAACAAAUUCUGCAGCUCUUUACAGUGGGUGGACGAACAAACAUGUAGUUGUAACCAGACAAGUUGGACACACAGGAACAGAGGGGUUGAGGGCCCUGCUCAAUGAGCUUACAUGCUAGAGGGAGUGGGAUAAAGUGACACAAAAGGUAAGGAUAGUAUUAGACUAAAGACAGUUGCAAGAGAGGAAUCAGUAGGGAGCUAUUAACCGUUUAAUUGAUACACUUUUAUGAAGAAGUGUGUUUUUCAUGAUUUUUUUGAAGGAGUGGAGACUGGGUGGGCAUCUAACAGAGGUGGGAGUACGGACAGAAAAAAUACGUAAGUCUUCAGCAGAGUGUAAGGGCCUAGACCGGACAAACUUGUGUAUUAGGGAGGAAAGAUAGGUGGGAGCAGCAUUAUGUAGAGAUUUGACAGCAAUUACCAGGAUUUUAAAUUGAGCCCUAUAUCUUGCAGGAAGCCAAUGUAGGGACUGACAGAAGGGUGAGGCGUGGGCGGUGCGAGCGGACAGGAAGAUGAGCCUCGCCACCACAUUCAUUAUGGACUGUAACAGCGCUAGUUGGGAGUACGUAAGACCACUGAGAAGCGGAUUACAGUAGUCAAGGCAAGAAAUGACAGUGGAAUGGACCAGCACCUUAGUCUCAUCUGGUGUUAAGUAGGGUCGGAUGCGCACAAUGUUUUUGAGAUGGAAGCGGCAGGAUUUGGCGAAAGACUGAACAUGAGGUGUGAAGGAGAGGUCAGAGUCAAAGAGCUCACCUAGGCAGCAAGCCUGCAUGGUGGAGCUGAUCAUAACACUGUUGACUUGGAGGGAGACAGACACAGGAGUAGCAACACUUGAGGGAGGCGGUCAAAUUAGUUUUUUGCAUUUUUCACACACAAACAAAUAUUAACACUAACUUUGGCUAGUGUUUGUGACUAAGUGGCUACUAAAAAAGACUGGACAUACCCUAUUUGCAAUACCUUGGGGUUUCUACUAUUGCAAAUGGUAUGUCGUCAUGGGGGUAAUUCUCAUUCCUGGGUUACCAUACAGUCUCAAAGGCAACAUAACCAAUCUGAUGAAUUUCAACGUGAAAAAACUGAAAAAUGUAACAUGCUAGAUUUGACCUUGUAACUUCCCAAAACACCAUACAACCUGUACAUAGGGGGUACUGUUUUAUAUUGCUGAAUACAAAUGUGUUUUUUAUUGCAGUAAAAGCAAACCGUAUUAUGACAUUUACAGUUUAUUUUCCCCCAUUUUUUUUUAUAUAUUAUUCAAAUUAAAUUAUGUUUUAUAGCUAAAUAUAUGCUGUAAAAUGAAAGCCCUUUUCCCCCUGAAUAAAAUGAUAUAUAAUAAGUGUGGGUGCACUUAAUAUGAAUGAGGUGAAUUACAGUUGAACAGACAUAUAGUCAAAUUCCAGGUUUUGUUUAUGUUUUGUUUUGAUCACAACGAGUACAUUUGGCUCAGUCCUUAAGGGGUUAAUGCCUACUGAUGUUUACUGCAAUACUGUCUAGUGACUUUCCAGCAAUUCCUCACUGUUUAGCUCAAUGCCCUUUAAUCCCAUUUCUUUAUGCAAUGCAGUAACUGGAAAUCACAUUAUAACGUGACUCUUCCAUGUACCCAUAGGCACUAAAGCUUUCCUAAUAAUAUAUUGUGGUGCAUUGAAUUUGGGCAGAAACAAGUGGGAAAACUCUCCAAAUAAAAUAUAUGCAACUCUCGUCCAUUUCAGCAGGAGUUUUGCAAUUCAGUCUUCAGCUCACCACAAUUUACAUUUAGUGAAGAAAUCCUUAAAUCUUUUUUCACCCCUAUGUGGUUUUAGGCACUGUGACUUUAAGGAGUGCAUUUCAUCACACACAAUGCUAAAAAUAAAAUGCACACCUGCUUAACCCUUUGAAUGCCACUCAAAGAGGAGAAGUUUUUGAGAUGGACUCUAUAAGAAUUCAUAAGACUCUAAAGACAAAGAGCAAUGGCACCAGGAUCUAUAGCAGGGGUGGGCAACCGUUGGCACUCCACAUGUUGUGGACUACAUCCCCCAUAAUGCUCUUACACCCAUAAUGCUGGCAAAGCAUCAUGGGUGGUGUAGUCCAAAACAUCUGGAGUGCGAAGGUUGCCUAUGCCUGAUCUAUAGAAUGCUUUUGUUUGUGAUUGAUGUUUCAUGUGGACUUUGGUUUUACCUCUUCUUUCAUCAUACUGAGUCCCAGGCGAAUUACAGUGACAUAGAAAUUCUACAUAUAUUUGUGAUCUACAUUGUAACUGAAAAAAUAAUUACAUCUACAUUGUCUGAUGCAGAUGUACAGUUCUGUGUUCAUGAUUAACACAUGUUUUGACUUAAAAACAAAAGUAUACUUCUGAGAAUGCCAAUAAAAUUUAAUGUUAGACCUCUGUUUGCAAUUUCAUAGCGUUCUGCAGGUUUCUUUAAAGCCAGUCUUCGUUUUAUUUGUAAAUAUUUUGAACGUUUGUUUACAAUAAAAUUAAAUUUACUUCUUGGACACUUUCAAUCAUAGCAACAUAAAUACCUUCUUUGUCUGCACGAAGUAUUUAAAAAAUAUAUUAAUUAGCUCUCUUGUCUCUUAGUUUUGUUGUGACUCAUUGCUUCCAAUAAAUGGAGCAAACAAAAAAUAUAAAUACAAAAUUAAUAUUUUUUUUCACAAGUAGAAUGUCAUGUGCAUUUGGUUGAUUAAUUUAUAUGAGCCAUUUAUUUGCUCAGUUAUUCUAAAUACCUCAGGGUGCUUACUCAGUAACCAUUGAAACAUUAAACUAAAAAUCUUCACAGCUAUGAAAUGCCUUACAGCAAAGAAAAUCACUAUAUUUUCUUUUAACUGGCAAAAACUAACAAAAAGACAGAAUAUGCAUUUUGCAACAUUGUACCCAAUUUCCGAUGACACACAAAAAUAAAUGCAGUCGAAUUGCUAAUGGAAUUGCACACCUAAUCAUAUGCUUAUUUUCUGCAUUAGUCACAGUCACAUUUUGUUUAUUGCAUAUGACAAAAGUAUUAUUAUAGGCUGACAUAAUUCUGAUUCUUCGAGUAAUGUAAUGUUUUCUACCAUGAACAACAUGUCUCUAAUAUGGGUGUGGAUUACUUUUAUUAUGACUGAAAUGUUUAGAUACUUCUAAAGAUUCCAGAAGAUUUCUCUUUUGAGAAUUUCAUACAGAUAUACAUUGAGGUAAUAGAAUUGAUAGCAUAUAUAUAGCUUGGGAGAAAAAUACAUUUCAAAAUCAUUUUUUCUCUUACUUACCAAUCACUUCUUCUAAAUCGGGAUGGGGAGCCUUCGGCCCUCCAGAUGCUGUCGACUACAUCUCCCUUGAUGCUUUGCCAGCAUUAUGACUGUAGGAGCAUUAUAGGAAAUGUAGUGCAGAACAUCUGGAGGGCCGAAGGUUGCCCACCCCUGUUAAAUCUAAAUAGACCUCCGUGCUGAAGAACUGACAGACAUAUUGAGCAAGACAAAUCUCCCACAGGCUGUCCUGCCUCCAUGCAUAGCAACCACAGCACAUGUUCUGUGAUUGCUAUGGUUACCCCUUAGCUAUAACUGCAAGCACUGGCUAGGGCACAUAAUAACCGAGAGACUGAUAUUACUCUGGUCAGACUUGGAAAGUUAUUUUGAGACUUUUUGAGCAACUACUCCACUUAAACCUUGUUUUAAAGGGACACAAUACGCACCCAGAGCAUUUCAUCUCAUUGAUGGAUGCAGUGUCACUGUUCCCUUAACACUGCAAUGUAAAUUAUUGCAGUUUUAGACCAGUUUACAUUGCAGUGCUAAGACAGCCUUCAGUUUCACAGAGUUUGAAAAUGAUGCUGGAUGUCCUUAUGUUUGCAUGAGAACAUACAGCGUUAAACAAAACCCCCAAGAAAAGCAUUGCAGGUACAUUAGGACACCCAUCGGCUGAUGUUGGCGGAGGAGGGGGUGCGACUCAGCGUUUUGUGAUUUCAAUAUUGGAAUCAGGUAAGUGAAUGAAAGGUUUUUUUUUUUAACCCUUUCUUGAACGUGGAGAGCAGGGCAUGGGGGCAGAGGGACACUUUAGUAUUAGGAAUACAUCUUUGUAUUCCUAAAACUAGUGUUUCUUUAAGAAAAACAGUUUGACCUUUUACGUUCUGUUAUAACGGCGGAAAAAGAAGCAAGCUGUCUGGGUACACAGUGUUAAUGUCCUAAAUUUCUAUAUUUUUUAUUAUUAUUUUCUAUUGAGACCAAUAUAAUAAUGUAUUAUUAUUGCAAGUUAGGACUACUUUGUAUACUGAAGAUGUAUUCAAUUUGGAAUUUUUCCCGUAAUAUUAAAUUGACUUUUCCUGCCUAUUUUACUGGAAUGCUUUUUCAAGUGUGGUUAUUUUGUUUUCGAACAAUGGGUGGUUAUCAAAACCACACACAUAUUUUAUGAGUUUGGGAUGGUUACGCUUUACAGAAAAGCUUCAUACAGAGUUAUUCUAACUCUCGUGUUUGUUUGCGUAUUUUUCAGACGAGAGGCAAAAUGUAAACUAUUUGUGAUGCAGUACACAAUGUUACAAACUAAGCCUGUCUAUAGUACACCGUUUUUAAAUACAUGCAGUGAUUUCAUUUAUUUUCAUCCAAACUUCAAACAUUCUGUAUUGGUUCUUUAAAAAGGAAAUACCUUGGAUUACGAAUGUAAUGAUUUAAAUGGGCACAAAUAUACCAAAUACAAUUAGUGGCUAUUCUAUCCACCUUACUUUCCAGUUGUAGAAACAUUACAUUUCUUUUUACUUUUUCAUUUUGUUGUAAGCACUCAGUGUCUACUGCUGUAGGAUGGGAUGCCAUCUGUUGUCAGUUAUCUACAGUUGUAUACCGUCUCACAUUCAUUGUGGUGGUAAACGUCCUCAGCCACUGCUGAGAACUCUCUUGCAAUAGAGACCAUUAAACUUAAUAUUUAAGCAUGUGGGUCAUUACUGGUGCACCUGCAUGAGAGAAUGAAGAGGUGAUUUUGUCUGUUGCACUGGCAGGCUCCAUCCAGUUUUGGGUUGAUAAUACCUAUUUUAUCAUAGAAUCAAGAAAACAAGGUAACAGCACCUACCACUCAAUAUGCGCGGAGGCCACCUCCACCAAAGUCAAUACAGAUAUCAAAAAAGAAAAAGAAAUUCCAGCACGCCCUUUCAGAUGGUGUCCCUUAAUUUAAGUGCCCAAAUUAGUUGGUACAGUAUGCUGUUCCCUGGUUUUCUGGGCUGCUGUGUUCUCUUUGGGUGCUAAAAUAAAGGGACACCAUCUGAAUGGAUGUGAAAGAAUUUAUUUUCUUUGUCCUAAACACCCAUUUUAUCAGGCCAACAAAAUCAGCUUUUGGACAUUAUCAAGAGAUGAGAUGUUAGACCUUUGUGUUUGUUACAUAUUGACGAAUAUUCUAGGGAAAUGUUUCAAUCACAGGCUUUUUAUUUAGCAAUUUUGUCAAUCUGCUUCAGAAAUUUCAUAUACACAAUAUAAUUUGUAACUUUUCUGGCAGAUUCAAAACAAUUUGCGCACGAGGACAGUUAUACACUUUACAUCAUACAAUAGCCGCACCUGCCUGAACAAUGCCUAAACUGAAUCUGUAUGUUAAUAUAAUCUAUACAAAUAUCAGUAAACUUCUUUAGAAUUAAGUACAGUCCGUCACCAUCACAGACCAGAGUUUUAAGUGUCUGUAUGCAUUGAUUCAAUUCUUUCCUACGGGGAGUUUGGAUGCGUGUACAGCUCUCACCACACAUGUCCAUCAGAUCCCCAAUGCUCCUUUACGUUGCUGAAGGUGGAGAGGUAAGAAGCACGGAGGCAGCCUCAGCACAAGAAAAAAAGGUAAGUAAAACAUUUUAAAAAUGAAAAAAAUUUUUUUAUCACAAAAACAUGUAUAUGGAGUGGUGAACGUGUACUUUACCAAGGACAGGUUUAUAUUCCGAAUGUUUUAGUGUUCCUUAAGUGUGCGAAAACCACUAUACAGUAUUCUGCAGCUCUUAAAUUAUUUAGCUGCACCUAUGUGGUAAAUUGUUCUAUAAUAAAUUUAUAAUUUUUUUGCUGUGAAACUUUAUUCUUUACUAACUUAAUAAAGUCUGAGAAAUGUUCUGAAUUUGUGAGGUAUGCUGUAAGUAUUGUUAUGUUACACUUGGAAAAAAACAGCAACUUUGUGUUAAGCUCUCCGCUUCUUUCUUAUUUAGUCGGAUGCUUUCUUGCUACGUCUGUUCAAUUUAGUAUUGUGUAAUAAGGCAUACAUGUAUUCAAGAGAAUACUGAAACUCAUUUGUCUCUUUCAUGUUUGUUAACCAGUAUUUCUGCACUGGAUAUGUGGGAGCAGAAAAUGUAUUUGUCAGAAUUGAAUUUUCAUUUAAAGUUUUUUUUUUUUGUACUGCUUUACAAUCCCAGUGAUAAUGACUAAUUCUUGUGACUUUUAUAUAUUUAUAAUACCGGAACAGAUCACUGAGAUUUCUUUGUGAUAAAAAAAACAAAGUCUCUAUCUGCACCUUACCCAAACCUUUUAAUCGUAUAUGAGUGGUUGGUGGUUUCCGCCACGAUCUGCUGCUAAGAUUAACUGGUUUCAGUCAUAUUGUGCAUGUUUAUAUCAAUUUAUACCUCUCGGGAGUCAUUCUUCGAUAGGUUAAAAAGUCCCUAAUUUUUACCAUAAUUCUUCUGUCUCUAUUGUCUUGGAGCUACAAAUAUUUGAUGUCUAUGCGUGAAUGGCAGAUCAUCACGGCACUAAUACUCACAAAAAAAGGUUUUAUUUAAAUUUUUAAACUUUGACAUUUGAAAUUAGCCUGCAUAAAUAAAAUGCUCCACUCUUUACACUGAGCUACAUUUUCAGUUAUACAAGUUUACAUGAGGAAUAUUUUUUUUUUUUUUCCUCCGGGCAACGCCUCCGACUGCACUUGAAAAAGUAUAGCGUCCUUCAUUGGACCUUUUAAAUGUAGGUAGGUAGAACCUUUAAAAUCUCAUUUGUUGAUACUGCGCAAAGUUGUUUACUAAGUGUCAGUGACUAUUUUCACAAUUUACAAUUUCGUGGUUAUGCCGAAAGAUCAGAAUGCACCUAAUAGGAUUGCUCUUAUAAAUUUUCUUAGAAAGAAUGUGCUGGCAUUCUUCUCGCUGUCUGAGUUAUUUACUACAGUGAGAAUUGUGUGGAAUUCAAAGUGAAGCAGCUAAACCGGAAGUAGUGAUAACUUGGAGAAUUUUUCAAGUUUAGCUAUUUUGGCCUUACGUUCAGUAUUCGUUUGGAAUUCAUUUGGAACUCCUAACAAUUUUCACUUUAGUAAAUAAACCUGUGUAUGUUUUUGUAAGUUUCCUGCAACAAUGAAAAGAGAAUGUGAGACAGAUUUCUAAAACACUAACAAAGUCUUUAAUGAGGUAGGAGAAUUGGUACCAAAUCACACUUCACUUAUCUUUCCCGGUUCAUAAUCACUUCUCCAGUACACUCUAUAAUCACGUUCUCCCAUUAGUAAGUAACAUGCGCAGCUCACUUAUCUAUAACCGAAAAUACACUUACAGCCCCUAACCCUCCAUUCACCGUACAACAAAGCAGUGAGUCGUGCAUCAUUCUCAUACAAAACACCACAACAAUGGCAUUACAUCUUCUAGAAGUCUGCAAUCUCUGAAAAGGACUCUCAAUAUCUUUAUCUUACUCAAUCUUAUAGCACCUGUUGAUGAUUAUCUAUGGUUUUAGUGUGUUAAAUGUGUAGCUUUGUGCUUACACUGUAUUGCUAAAUAACAUGUAGCACUAAGAGAUGAAUUAAAGGUAUACUCUGAGCAACAACACACUUCAUCUUAAUGCAGUGGCCGAACUAAUGUAGGGAGGGCACUGGUGCAAGAACCUCUUUGGGCAUCCUCUCUAGCACAAGGAUGGCCAAAUGGUAGAUCCCCAUCUGUUGUACAACUUUCACGAUGCUUUGCCAGCUGGGGAUCUACCAUUUGUCUAUCGUUGCCGGGUUGUAUUUGUGAGCAGCGUUUGUGCAUUUGAAUGUAAUCAUGUUUUGUAUGGAAUAUGUGUAUGCACAUGAAAGGGUUGUAUUUGUAUGCACUGUUGCCAUUGGAAUGCAGUGGUGUACUGUCUUUGAAUUUAGGGAUGUGUUUGUAUGUAGUAUAAGUUUUUAAAUGUUAACUUUUGUGUAGUAUUGUUAUUUGAAUGAAGGGGUGAUUUUGUACAUAAUUUUGGUGUUUGACAGCAUAGGUGUGCUUGCAUGUUGUGUUAGUAUUUGAUGGGAUGUAUGCAUAUAUAGGUACAUAUUUACACAGAGACACAUACACAUAUACACACACUGUCACACACACACAAAUACUAAAACUGACACACAUCAUAAUUCUUUUAUUUUUAGCCACCCUCCUGAUAAAAUACCUUUUAUGUGCAGGAGGGUGACUUCCCUAGGGUUCGGCUGAUGAGAGUGUGCGCCUGCUGAUGGCUCUCUGUUCUCAUCCUUCUCGUGUCUCCUCCGUUCUCCCUGCUUUCUAUGUAGCUUGGAGGAAGUGACAGACUCCAUUUCCUGCCAAAUCUACAGGGGCCCAGUUGUGCUGUUAAAGGGCUGCUCUUGACUGUGCCCCUGUUCAGCAAUACCCAUUAGGUGGCCCUAAUGACAAUUGACAAAUUUUCUACACACUCUCCACAAAAAUAUCUGUUAGACUUCAUAUAAGCACACAUUAAAGGGGAACUCCAGUCCCCUAAAAGACUUAAGCUUGCUGAAGUGCUUUAGAAGUUACUUGGCAGUUCCUGCAGGCUUAUUUUAUAAAAAUUAGAAUUUGCACGAUUAGCAUGUAGUAGCUGCCUGACUGACAGACAGUUUGUCUGAUUGUUGGCCAUAACAGACAUCCUUACCAGCUUAUGUAAAGUUUACAUCUGUCAGGGAUCUGCAGUGACAGGGUCUGUGCACCAAAACCACUACAUUAAGAUGUUUUGGUUUUAGUAGUAGUGCACUUUUAUAAUUGGGGGCAAAAACACCUCCCUGGCAUCCAGGGAGGUUUUCUUCCUCUUCUGUCAGCUCCACAGAGCUAAUGGAAGCAGCAGGCUUAUCCCCCAACCCCCUCCUUCCCCCAAUAAAUUGUACAACAUGCAUUUGAUCGCACCUCCAUCACAGAAACUUCUGUUUAGAGUCUUUUCCAGCACAGACUGAUAUUGUUAUUUACUAUAGUGAGAAUUCAAAGUGAAUUUCAGAUUUAAGAUCAAGAUGCCCGAAAUGUAAAAAUACUCUUAAUUCUCUCCAUCUAUGAUUUCAGUUUGACCUCUCUGGCUUCUCACUUUAUUAACGAACUAUGUGAAAGUCUGCGCUGGGGAAUAACAGGAGAGCUUCCAAAUGCUGCUGCCAGCAAGUCUGCAGCCUUUGCAAGCUGUUUUUUUUUUUUUUUCAAAAACGACAUACGUUUUCUUUGGGGUUAUAUUUACAAAAACUGUAUAUAAAACUGUAUGUGUAUGUGUACUCUGGAAUAAAUCAAUUGCAUGUUCAGCAAUGAUAGUUCUUUUUGAUCUACACAUUUGCUUGUUCUUACAAAAUACAUGGAUCACGUUUAAUCUCUACUCACCUGUUUCUCCUAAUGCUUAGGUAACAUAUAUGUUUCAUGUUUAGUCUCAAAGGAUAAGUUCAAAAGAAAAAAUACAGUUUAUUUCUGUUUUAAACUCAGCGCUCAGAAUUCUAGAUCCGAUUUAUAUUCUAAUUGAGAAGAAAACAACAGCUUGCUGACAAGGCUGCAUCUUCCAGAUGUACUGGAUUCCAGUGUGAGUCAUGCUCACAAUACUUCAUGACAUUUCAUUACCAUGCAAAACCUUUCCUGGAACUUCCACUGACUACUUACAAGUUAACUGUAGUUUCACUAUAACACCCUUUAUGAGAAGUAAAGCUAUAUACUUAUUAAAAAGGAGAUUUCAGUCCAGUAAUAUUUUAUAAGAAUGACUGUUUUAUUUGCUUUAAAACCGCAGUAACUGCAGGUGAAUCAUUUAUUGAAAUACAUAUUCAUUUGUUUUUAUUACUUAACGUCUUUAUGUCUCUGACGGGCUAGGACAAUAUUCUGUUUUUGUCUUUUAGCCAUCCAUCGUCCUUACCUGUGGUUUCCAUGUUACAGAAACAUGUCUUAACCUUUGAGCUCCUGGUAAUUAACAGUAUUUAAAGUAUUUAGGAUAAGCUACUAGUAUCUCUUAUGCCCGGGUUUCUUUCCUUUAUGUUGAGUGGUAAGUCAUUCAAAAGUGAGAUUGGUCAGACUGAGAAGUAUUGCAUAUCCUUAGUACAGGGGUAGACAACCUUUUAGCAGCACUUUGCCUUAAUACAAUUGUGAUAGCUUGAGGUUGCUGUAUUCUGCUUGUGUUAUUUGUACAGCAGUUGCUUUGUAUCGUUGUAUUUGUGUGUAUAUUAGCUAUUAUAUUGUACAUGUUCAUGUGUAGUUUGUGGUGUUGUGUGUGUGUGUGUGUGAUCCCUAUGAAUUAGGGCUGUGUAUGGGGCUGCUUGUGGAAUUGUUUGUGUAGAUGGAAAUGUCACAUAGUGUGUUUGGUGUGUGUGUGUAUGUGUGGGGCUAUUUGGGGUAUUGUAUGUGAGAGGGUGCAAGUAUGUGGAUUGUUAGUGGUGUUGCGUUUGUGUGGAUUGUGUGUAUGUUUGUGUGUGGGCUGUUCGUAUUAUUUGUCGGAGAGGAGGGUUAUUCUGCAUUUCUGUGUAUGUCUAGCAGUGUGGGUGGUUUCCCAGGGUUACGGUGAGGACCAGGCUGGCCAGGUACAGGUCAAGCACAGGAGCUGCAACAGCAGCUGUAGGCUGCUCUACUCCAGUGUCGAUUCCCAGUCACAAGUGCUGCAAUGCAUAAAUUAAGGAUUGUCCUUCACCACCUUUUCGUAUUAGCAGAUAUUUGAAGUUUCACUGGGACUCCUGAUAGGUCAGACCCUGUUUGGCUCUGGCAGCCUUGAUUGCCGUGCAAAGACACCUUGAGUGCCGUGCAAAGACACCUUGAGUGCCGUGCAUGACACACGUGCCACAGGUUGCCUAUCUCUGCCUUAGUAUAUAACUACUUUUGCUUUAGCUAUUGCACACCACCCUAUCAAGAAUUCCUGAUCUAAGCUAAGUUCAUGUGAGUUUGAGUAAUUGUGUUGAUAGUACAAAGAAUAACAUUGUUAUAAUCAAACUGCUACAUAUGGAACUGUUACAAAUAAUUAUAUAUAUAUAUAUAUAUAUAUAGAGAGAGAGAGAGAGAGAGAGAGAGAGAGAGAGAGAGAGAGAGAGAGAGAGAGAGAGACAUUUUUCAGGAUGGCAUUUUUUGUAAGUACAGAGGAAGUUGAUACGAAAUUAGCUUGAGGAAGUGAGACACCAUUAAUCAUUCAUCACAAUCUAGGAUAAAGGAAGCUUGAAGCCCUGGUUUACUAUUAUCUGACAAACGAUUGUAUAAAAUUCAUGGAUAUAUUGUUAAUGAAUUGAGUUGGGCAUGCUUUCUUUAUAACGUAUUUCAUUUUGUAAAAAAAUCAAAAGGCAUUGCAAAAAUCCAAGUACAGAGGGUUUUAAGCAUCUCAUGAUCAGCUAAUAAAGCUAUAUGUAUUUGAGAUGUCAUUCAGUUGUAUUUAAAAUGAUUCAACCCCCAUUAAAAAUCAGGCUUUUUGUCAAAAUGGACAGAUUGUCAGAUGUUUGCAAUGAACAAAUCAAACAAAAGUAAUUGAUAUAUCUCAACACAACAAAUGCUUCAAGUGGUUUCCCCAUGGGAAAUGUAACAAUAAAUCAGACAGUUACAAUGUGUUACAGUAACAAUAAGUAGAUGAGGGCCCUGCUCAGGCAUGCUUGCAAUCUAGAGGAGUGGAGUAUAAAGACACAAUAGGUAGGGCAUCAGGGGCUCAGCAAACAAAGAAGUUGGAACAGUAGCAGAACUGGAGGUGAGAGUGUGGCUCUUUAGGAGAGAGCCAGAGACAGAUUUGUGACAUAGAAGUUACUCUAGGAGGCAUAAGAAUUUCUGAACAGACGGGUUUUGAGGGACUUCUUAAAUGAUUGAGGACUAGGGGAGAGUAUGAUGAGGGUAGGUAGGCCCUUUCCAAAGCAAAGGAGCCGCCCAUGAACAGUCCAGCAAGUACGAGUUAGCAGUAAGGGUGUGAGCAGUGCAUAGGAGAAGGUCACUGGCCGAGCGGAGAUGACAUGUUUAGCUUAAUCGUCUGUUUAACUCCUCUUAAAAACUAAAGGGUUUAUUUUCAGGUUUAGGCUCUGAGUGCUGUAGUGUGAAGGUGGUUUUACAAAGUACUCAUCCUCCUAUGUUUGUCACGAUUACUGUGUGAUCCAACAGGCAAAACUAUAUUAACACAAAUAACGUAUACCGUACCUUAGAAUGGCCGGAGUUAACAUAAAAGAGCCAAGGUCGGGGACACAGAAUGAGUAAAUAAGAAUAAACUAGCCAAGGGUCAGUAUACCAGAAGUAGGUAAGUAAAGUAAAAAACAUAAGCCAGAAAUUAUACCAAGUACGUGCUCUCUGACAACCAACAAGUGGAAACCAUGACAGGGCACUGAGAAAAGGCAUUACAGGGUUUAGUGAUUGGUUAGUACAUGGCUUUUGACCCCAAAAGUCGAUAUCGAUAACUUUCUGGGAGGAUCGGGCGGCACUCUGCCGCGAUCCAGGUAAGUUAAACUUUCCCUUUUCAGUGCGUCUGCCCUGCUCAUGUGCGGCCACGCCAAUCAGGGACUUACUUUUAUCUAAAGUAUCAGUACAGCCGUACUGAUCAGGCGAAGUCACGUCGAUACAAACCCCCUGCGCUGUGACAAUGUCUUUUGUUACCCAGUCAGUCUCCUAUAACUGAUGAUAUUAGAGUUGCAUGAGUGGUUAUACAGUGUGUAUCAAAUAAAGCUCCUCCUGCAAGGCAUUUCCUGUGUGAGAGGAUGUUGGUUUGUAGAUGGAAAGUGAUCCCAUUCCACUUUCUGUCCAGCUUCAAAUACAGACGCUGGAGAUGCAGGGUCAGCACUGAGCUUUACACCCUCUAGAACUGUUCCAGCAGGUCUUCUAUUAAGGUUGACUGGGCUACAGAGGGAACUGGCUAAAGAUCCUAGAACUUAUCUCCACACUAGCCUAUUUAAGCUAAAGAAAAAAGCACAUUAUUAGUUCUGAAAACAGGUGCCUACUCUGCCUAAUGGGAAAUCUGGACAUAAACUCUCUCUCAAUGCACCCAAAAUAAAUUGACAAUUGAAUGGACAAUGUUGGUGUUUUUAAACCACUGCAGGUACCAUAUUUAAUGUAUGUUGGGAAUGUCCCACCAUUAGGUCUUACUGGUCAAGUGUAGAUAUUAUAACUAAGUGUCAAGUGUCUGACAGAACAUAUAAUUACUUCCAGGCUACAUAUGUCUGCACAUAGAUCUUCAUGUCUGUCACUAAAAAUACUGCUUCUAAAACCUGUAUAAAGUCUCUUCCUUCUUUAUUGGAAAAACAAUGUCUCAGCCAAUCAUUGAAUGCAUGACUAAGGUUGAAGAUGUUCACUUUGUAUAAGAAUUACUUUCCAUUUCCUCUGACAAUAUGGAAAAGUAUACGGCAAUUUGGGUUGAACAGUUGACAUUUACAUCCGCCCCGAUUUUCCACUCGAUUUACAAUAACUAAACUCGUCUGUCAACUUUUCUUCUAAAUUCCUGACUUCUACCUACUUGAUGUUUUACUUAUUCUUUGUAGUCUGUGUUUUUGUGGGUUUUAUUAUGAUGUUGGAUGAAUAAAUCUGACAUACAAAUGGCUUUGUUUUUUCAUUUAUUUUCAUAACAAUUCAUGUUACUGUACUUACCUAUUGACUGUAUUCGCAUAUCUCUCUGCACCCGAUGACUCUUUUGCAACACUUGAAUGGACUGGACCUUAGAAUGGCCUGAGUGACCGUAAUGUACUGACAUUUGUGGGAAAAAUAAAACACUGUUUUGUAAAUAUCCCCCAAAUGACUACAUACAUUUUUUUUUUUUUUAUGUAUUAAUUGAGAAGCCUCUGAAUCUGUGCAUGCAGGCGAGUGCUUCUGUUCAUGGCCGUGGGUGCCUGGUCUGAAGUCUGUGGAGGCACUGGAGUUGCUGAAUACACUGGUAUGAGGUCUGUGGAGGAGAAAGCAGGCACGCUCAAGUUGAUUGCACCUCUCACGUCUGUUUGCUCAGGGGAGCUAAUGGAAGGAGAAUGCAGACCUCUAUUAAUGUUUUAUUGAAAGCCAGGGGGUGUCCCACAAUUUAAUUAUAAAAGUUCAAAUUUAACACAUAACUCAUCAUUUUUAUAAAAUGGGAUUGAAAUAGGAUACUCCUCAAGCUGAAGUGUUUUAUGGGUGUGGAGUAGUCCUUUAAAUACAAUUUAGCAUUUUAAAUAAAAUGUACAAAAAACAAAAAUAUUGCAUUUAUUUUCAAUGACCACCCUUCCUAAGGUCUUCAACUGCUGCUGUUCUUCAAGCUCAGUAAUAAAUAUCAUUAAUUUUGUUUAGCACUAAUUUGGGGACAUGACCAGUUGUUAUCCUUCUGCUUGUUUGCAUGACAUUAUUGCAUCUCUCUGGUUAUAAUUGCAACAGUGAGUAACUCAGUGUAAUAAUGUCCACAUCUUCUCUAUCACGAAGAGGCGAUCACAAAAAUGUAUUCUGGUUGUAUUCAUUUUAGCAUGAGUUAAAGUCUGAAUCUGUUCUUAUCUUUGGUGUUAUAAUGUACACAUGUUGAAAGGAAGUACAUAAAUGCUUCCCACCUGUAGUAAUUAAAUGACCCGUCUUCUCUAACUGUCCACUCUAGCUCAGUGUACCAGUGCUGUUUCCAGAAUAGAUGUCUGGUCAGAUGCAAUGUUAUGCAAUAUAUAAAUAUAGAUUUAUUUACUGCUUUUGUCCCUCUUUUGGUCACUUCUUGCUUGAUUUGCGGAUAAUAUCAAUAUUUAGUGGCAUCAAUCAUCUUUGUUUGCUGAUCAAUUAUCUUGUUUGGUGACAUGAGUGGAACUCCAAAUACCAAAUCAAAUGAACAUGUUUGGUCAUCACACUAAGUGUUUGUUAAAUUAGACUUUCGUAUGGCGAUUUGGAUAUAAGGAAUUUGGCUGAACAGCCAAUUAGCGCAAAUUUGGAUGAAUUGUAAUUUGGCCGAAACUGAAUAUGCAUUCUAAAAAGUGUCCCAAUUCUCCGUGUACACAUGUAUGAGCAAAUUGGUAUUAUUUUAUUUAUAAAAAAUAGUGUGAAUGAAUUCAGAAUUAAUCAGUGUUUUAUGUAUCAAAGAUUUUAAUAAUUCUAAAAUAUAGAUACAUAUGACAUUUGAUGAAAAGGGUAUCUAGAUGGUUUUUUAGUGUAGGGAUACAAUCUUUUUUUUUAUCCAAGUCAUAUGACAUUGUACAAAGGGAUUCUUUAGGCAGCACUGCAUCUUUUCAGAUUUAGUUUUUUUUAAUUGAAUCAUUUUAUUGUCCUUCUAUUUCCUCUUGUUUUAUGUAUUUAUUUCUUAAUUUGCCUUAUUUUUUUAAUUAUACAUAAGAAAAAAAUAGGAAUAGCUUUUUCUUAUGGCGGGUGUGAUUUUUAAGCAAAGUUUAUUUCAAUUGGUAAUUUGCCUAAGAUUGAUUAGUAAAAAAAGAGUCCUGUAGAAUUGCAAACGAGUGACAUAAUAAAUAGAGGGGAUAAAGAUAUUGAGAUCUUGCACAAGGAGGAAAAUAAAUAUAUAAAAGCAAGGGUGUAACCAUUAAGAUAAGGAAAAGAUAACUGAAAGUAAAAAAAAACAAAAAAAAAACCACAACCACAACAUGCCUUCUUUUAGGGAGCUCUGUAAAGAUUUGAAGACGAUAACAAAAAAGCAACAUAGUUUUUAGAUGUGUAUGGGACAAUUGUGUAACUAAAAAUAAUAUCAUUACAAUAUUACAUACUAACAGGCAAACCUCUGUUCACGUGUCCGGGGCAAAAUUAGUCAUCAAUGAAUUCCAAUCUAGUUCUGACAGACAAGAAGAUAAAAACAAAACAAAAGCUGGAAUGUUUUCAAUUUUGCAAAUUACAGAUAUUUAAUAUUUAACAGAGUUUUACCUCUUUCUUUUGGUACAGAAAAAUGUGAAAAUGAAAAUAUGAAUACGGGUGACUCAAAACAAUCAUUUAUGAACAAAGGAGUUCAAACAGAUUUAGAAGACCAGUCACUUUUGGGAGAUAGCUGUAACGACAUGGCAAUUAAAAGUGAGUUUUACAUCUCUUCAGUGUUUUAUGUGUAAAAAUGAUUUAACGCUUCAAGUCUUUUCACUAAAGCCAUUGCUGGAUCAACAUAUGAUGAACUGUUAUUUGGAGUAUUGAUUACAUAAAGCUAAAUGUUCAACUCAGUCCAAGUUGAAAAGAAAGUUUACUAAUUGUUCGUUCACAAAGUUAAGUUCUUGUAGACGUUGCUAGCAGUCAGCUUUUUAGUGCCCUGUUGUCAGCUAUUUGGUGCCCCACGUUGUUACUUAUAGGGACACUUUGCAAGCCACUCCCCUCCCCCUUCUUCUACUGAUUAGAUUUCCUGGGCUGUCCAAUCACAGACUUUCCAAUGCCGCCCAAUGAGAAAACUUUGGGAAGAAGAUUCUCUGAGCAAUUGCAGCCUGUUGAGCUUAGUUUCACUGAGCUAAACAACCAGGAAGUAAACGGACCGGUUGUCUAAUUGAGGGGGAGGGGGUAACAAGGUUAAUUUAUAAAAGUGUCAGCUGAAAAUCUGCACUUUUUGUAAAAUGGAAAAAAUGAGGACACACUCCUCACAUAUGAGGCCUUCAAGCUAAGGUAUGUUAGGUGUAUGCAGUGUCCCUUUCAGUAAUUAUUUUAGUAGUUAAGUGAGUGAGAUUUUGUUAAAGGGUCAGUGUAGGCAUCCAGACCACUUCAUGUCAUCAAAGUGGUCUGGGCGCAAUGUAACUGUCAUUUUAUGCAUUCAGCUGCAAGCAUUGACGUUUCAGAGAAACGGCAAUAUUUACAUUGCAGGGUUAAGCCUGCCUCUAUUGGCUGUCUACCAGACAGCCACUAGAGGUGCUUCCUGUUUUUUUUACAGAGUUUGACUCCAUGAAACGACAUUGGAAGUCCUCACACUUUGCCAUUCAGCAUCUUUGAAAUCCCCAUUUUAUUUGCUGCCGGCAGGAGGGGGCAGCAGAGGGACAAGGUUGUCUAUCCUUGUCUUAGACUAUAGUGUUCCGUUAAUAGCCUGUUGCUGAUAAUUGUCUUGUUUAGUCUUAAAUAUACUGUGUUGUUUUAUAGUCUAGCUAUGUACAUAAUUAAAAAUAAGUUCCGGGUCUCAUCUUUUGAAAAUGUUCUAAUUUUAUUUGACAAAUUCUAUAGAACAUUGAUAACUUGUUUUUAAAGUAUGGUGAAUUAACUAUUCUUGUUUUCAUUAGAAUGAUAUGGUGUGUUUUGUACAUGUCUAAUGGUGCUGUACUUUCUACCUUUAUAUUGCCUGAGUUAAAAAAAAAAAUAUCAGUCUUUUCAACUAUAUUUGUGUCUGCUGGGUUUGUGUAUAUGCAACAUGAUACUAGCCUCUAGAUGUUCAUGCUCAAAGUGCUUCCAGCUGUAUUUAGCUCCUGUUAUUUUGUAAAGCAGUUAUACUUUGAAUCUUAAAGAAAAAAAAUUAUCUAACACGUACUCAGUGGUACAUUUUUUAUUGUAAAAAGUCAUAAAAUAGUUAGAUGUUUUUUGUUGGAUUUUAAAGGCACACUAUAGUAUCUGUAUUCCUAACACAAUAGUGUCCCUCUGCCUCUGUGGCCCACUUUUGCAGCAAUAAAAGGCUUAAAAACCCUAAACACUUACACGAUUCCAACACCGAAGUCCAGGCCCGGACUAGCCAUCGGGCAUACUGGGCAAAUGCGGCCCUGCUGUGUGCCUUCAUGGGCCAGUGGGGAGAUCUCCCUCACCGGCCCAGAGGCACUGAUAUGGGGCCGACGGCUUGGGAGGGAGGCAGGAGAGGACCCGGGGAGCUCUGCUGGGUCCUCUCACGAGGUCUGAGUGUUGCCGCGGUUACCACGCCAACGGUCAGAUCUUGCAAGAGUGAACUCUAGCCCAGCGGGCCAGAGUGCACUCUCACCACUAGGACCACCAGGGAAGGCAGCACGGCACCCUCCAUGGCAGCACGGCUCCCCCCCUCCCCCUCCCAGGCUAAAGGUAAGAAGGGAGGGAGGGAGGGAUACAUAGGUUUUUUUUUUUUAAAUACAAAAAAAAAUACAUAUUUAUACAAACACUGUGCUAUUUACACUGAUACUAAGAGCACUCACACACAGCACACUCAUACUAACAUCACCCUCAGACACACACAGCACCUUCACUCACACAGCACCCUCACACACACACACACACAGCACACACACACACACCACCCUCAGACACAGACACGGCAACCUCAGACACAGACACGGCACCCUCAGACACACACGGCACCUUCACACACAGACAUGCACCUUCACACACACAUCACCCCACACAUGCUGCACCCUUCACACAUACACACAGCAUACUCAACACACUGUGUCCUUCACACAUACAAUACGUCCAAACAUAUAUAUAUAUUAUUUUUAAUAUUGCCAUUUAUAUAGCGCCAACAGAUUCUGUAGCGCUUUACAAUAUUAUAUACUACAGAACCACUACACAUUAUAUACAUACUGCAUCACUACACAUUACGCUCCAGAUACACUCUAGAUCCUUUACCCUAUAUACACUCUGAAUCCUCGAUAUAUAUAUAUAUAUAUAUAUAUAUAUAUAUACACACACACACACACAAUCUCCUAUACACACUCUGGGACCUUUACACACAAGAUUCCCUACACACACUGCACCACCUCCACACAUUACAUUCCUGAUAUACAAACUCUGGAUCCCCUAUACACAUACUACAUUCUCUAAACAAACACUCUCUCUAUAACCCCUACACACACUACAGCCCAUAUGCACACACUCACUACAUCCCCUAUACACACUAUGCCCUUAUACACACACUGUAGCCCCUAGCCACACAUAUUACACCACAAACACAAAUUAAAUUGACCUAUUUACACAAUACCACACCACAACCAGCUUACUCUACACACACGCAAUCCCACAAGCAGGCUCCAAGGAUAUGCACCAUACGCUUUUCUGGCCCUUUUGUCCUCUGGUAUCACCCUGUUUACAGCCACAGACCCACAUUUCUCUCUCCCACCUCACCCUGUUUACAGUCACAGACCAACAUUUCUCUCUCCCACCUCACUCUGUUUACUGCCACAGGCCCACAUUUUUCUCUCCGUUCUCACCCUGUUUACACCCACAGAGUGCCUGUACUGCACCGUGCAGGGAGAGUGAAGAGACCUGGGAGGGGGAACACGCGUGCCCCAGGUCUCUCACUGCAGGGAAGAGUUGGGAGGUGAUACUGCGAUAGUUGCAGGCCACACACAGGCAGGGGCCGCAACUAUCGCUGUAAUAAAGCACAAUAAGUAAUGCUGGCCCAGAUAGGAGAUCUGAUGCCCUGCCAAUGCAUCCAGGCCCCUGACUGCCACAGGCGCUCUGUCCUAAUUAAGGUGUCCCCAGGCAAACCCGGCACAAGUGCGCACGCCUAUGGAUGCUAUAAUAGGUUAACACCUACAACACUGAAGACAUAUCAUUGCUGGGUUUAAGGGGGAGGUAAUUAACAUAUCAAAAUAUUUAAUUGAAUAUAUUCUUUAUCAUAUGAUAAAUUAUAUCUUGUUAGUCGUUGGGGCAAAUAGGUGACGCUGUCAUGACUGUUUCACCUUAACACUGCAAUUUAGAUAUACAAUUCACCAUUCAUCCGUACAUUAAAACUGCACUUAUGGGAAAAUUUCCACACUGAGCAGCAAGUGCUCACCAGUUCCCCAAAACCUUUAUAAUGUUCUUCUUUGGUUCACUUCAGCACUCUAAUCAAAGUCCUUUUACGGCAAGGAAACCGGUCAAGCAUCAUCCUCCUACAGAGCUCUUAAAAUGUUGAAUAAACUUGCAGGGAACAUAAACCCAAGGAUCAGGCAAGCUGGAUUAAAGCCUAUAGCAGAUUUAAAUGCCUUCAUUAUAAGUGGCAAAAUCCCUCCAGAGAGGCAACGUUUAUGCAACUUUUAGCAAAUACAAACGUGCACUAUUCCAUUAGCAAACACUAAAUCUGAAUGCACUUUUUAAAAAGGGUAAUUUCAAUAGCAUUUAUUUGGCUCUGUUGCUGACUUUCUUAUUUAAACAUGACCAUUAAGAGUUAGAGUGUUGGUGAAAUAAACUUUGCAAGAAUUAAUGCUGUAGGAAUAUGUGUAACAUACACAUUAAAUCUAUACCACAAUUAGAUCACUAUAUUUUGUUACAUUGACAUAUUUGAACUAAUUGUGUUACACACUUACAUUUCGAGUCAUUCAUUAUACUUUAUACGUAUACAUUUUUUCUCCUACAUUUAUUUACAACAUGUAAUCUAGAAGUCCAGCAUAUAGUCAACGUUUGUAUUCUGCCUACACUGUGUUGUAUAAUUUUCCACAUAUUUAUUUUUGUAAAAGAGAGUGUGCCAGUGAGACUGAGCUUAAUGUUCUAGAGCAGCGGCAACCGUUGCCAUUUCACGUGUUGUGGAUUACAUCUCCCCUGAUUCUUUGCCAGCAUUAUGCCUGUAAGAGCAUUGUAGAAGAUGUAGUCCACAAACUAUGGAGUGCCAAAGGCUGCCUACAUCUGGGCUAAAGUUUUUCUGUGAGAAAAGAAAGAAAAGACAUUUGAGAAGAGGUUGAGGGAAGAAGUAAAGAUAGGUCUUAAGGAUCAUAGCAUCUGGCAAAAAAAAAAAACAACAAGAUUUCUUAAUGCGCCAAUGCCACUACGUCAUUCCUGGAUAAAAUAAAUUAUACUAUAGAGUUGUAUUAAUAUGUUUCUAUCUUCAUUUCAUGAAGUAAACCUUUGCUCACAUGUGAAAUGCUAAAGUUGCCAUGGAAAAAUGUAAACCAUUGCAGCAGUUUCUUCUGAGGAAUUUGAAAAAACUUUCAGACUUAUUCUCUCUCUUCCUCUCUCUCACUAACUUCUAUGAUACCCUGAGACCAAAGGUCCUCAAAGGGGUGGCAUAAGCACCAUAACCACUACAGCCCCUAGGAGUCCCCUGACACUUGCACAGUAAGAAAUAAAUGUUUUUGAAGUGUUUGACACUUAUGUUGGACCCGAGGGCACCACCAAUCUUAUCGCAUCUUCUCAUAUCAUAGAUCCAUGCUAUCGAUCCAUACUUCUAAAUUAGUGAUGCCACUCUUUGGACAGAAUGUAUUGGUUAAGAACAUCAGAUUAAACUGUCAGUCAAUGAAUUUGGUCCAAAUAAGAUUAAAUCAAUAUAUAUAUAGCUAAAGGGUAACUUUACUUUUAUACAUAUAUCUAAAGGACUUGAGGUGCUCAGGGGAUCUGGGUAACUAUCAAGCUUUCAAAAUAGUUUUGACUACUUACUCUUAGCUGUAAACCCAGGCCGUAAUGUUUAUAUGGUACCUACAGUGAUCCUUUACGAAAAGCUUUCCUCUUCGAUUAUGCUUGUCAACUUUUUUUCAUUAAAACAUGUAUUUAAAGGACCACUAUAGUGCCAGGAAAACAUACUUGUUUUCCUGGCACUAUAGGGUCUCUAGCUCCCCCCCACCCUUAGGAUACCCCUCACACCGGGCUCUGAAACUGCUAUGUUUACAGCAGAAAGGGUUAAUCCUAGAUGAACCUGGCACCCAGACCACUUCAUUAAGCUGAAGUUGUCUGGGUGCCUAUAGUGGUCCUUUAAUGAAUGUGAAUAAUUGUUCUGUUAUCUCUGCAUUGAUGUGGGGGAUUAUCUUUUAUUACAUUCUGUAAUGACUGGUUAUUUUGAAUAUUUGAUGUAUUGAAAAUUGAAGACCAAAGAAAUAAUUUAGGAAAGCAGAUAUUUGAUCCAAAUUGAAUAUGUUUAACUUGAUCUAAAAGAGUUGGCACAAUUGCCCUAGGCUGUACAACGUGAGUGUGUUUUAAUAUCCGUCAAACAGAAAAGGAUAUCUAAUAUACUUUAAACAGAUACGGAUAUCUAAUAUCUGUCAAACAGAUACGGAUAUCUAAUAUCUGUCAAGCAGAUACGGAUAUCUAAUAUCUGUCAAGCAGAUACGGAUAUCUAAUAUCUGUCAAGCAGAUACGGAUAUCUAAUCUCUGUCAAGCAGAUACGGAUAUCUAAUCUCUGUCAAGCAGAUACGGAUAUCUAAUCUCUGUCAAGCAGAUACGGAUAUCUAAUCUCUGUCAAGCAGAUACGGAUAUCUAAUCUCUGUCAAGCAGAUACGGAUAUCUAAUCUCUGUCAAGCAGAUACGGAUAUCUAAUCUCUGUCAAGCAGAUACGGAUAUCUAAUAUCUGUCAAGCAGAUACGGAUAUCUAAUAUCUGUCAAGCAGAUACGGAUAUCUAAUCUCUGUCAAGCAGAUACGGAUAUCUAAUCUCUGUCAAGCAGAUACGGAUGUCAAGCAGAUACGGAUAUCUAAUCUCUGUCAAGCAGAUACGGAUAUCUAAUAUCUGUCAAGCAGAUACGGAUAUCUAAUAUCUGUCAAGCAGAUACGGAUAUCUAAUCUCUGUCAAGCAGAUACGGAUAUCUAAUAUCUGUCAAGCAGAUACGGAUAUCUAAUAUCUGUCAAGCAGAUACGGAUAUCUAAUCUCUGUCAAGCAGAUACGGAUAUCUAAUAUCUGUCAAGCAGAUACGGAUAUCUAAUAUCUGUCAAGCAGAUACGGAUAUCUAAUAUCUGUCAAGCAGAUACGGAUAUCUAAUAUCUGUCAAGCAGAUAGGGAUAUCUAAUAUCUGUCAAGCAGAUACGGAUAUCUAAUAUCUGUCAAGCAGAUAAGGAUAUUCGGCACCUAAGUGAUUAAGUUGAUGAAACUUAACUUUCGUCACUUAAAAUAAUUCCUAGUUCAAUUAAAUUUAGUAGAUUGUAAGGUUUAUGAUACUGAUGUUUGCCAAGUAUUUAUUAUGUUAUUUCCCUUUUAAAUAUUGGAAAAGGUUUGUGGAAUAUUUUGAUGCUGUAUAAAUGAAAAUAGUAAUUCUUAUAACCAUUAAAUUAAUAUCUUUAAUUGUACAUUAGUGAGUACUGCAAACUAAAUAUUUAGUUUUGUAGUAGGAGAAAAUAAAAUAUAACAACCUUAGUUGGUAUAUAUAGUCCAGGAGCUGAUCCACCUAAAAUGGCUUUACAAAUAAACUCCAAUGUUGUCUGAAAGGAGCUAGAAGAAAUAAAUGUAAUAAUAAUAUGUGGUGUAUACACCUUUAAAUCUGCUAUAGGCAGAGUAAAUGGAGUAAGCACCAGAUGCUAUACUUUACAUGUACCAACUCCAAAGUAUUUGAGAAACAAUAUAUGAGACUGUCUCAUAUAUUGUUUCUCAAAUACUUUGGAGUUGGUACAUGUAAAGUAUAGCAUCUGGUGCUUACUCCAUUUACUCUGCCUAUAGCAGAUUUAAAGGUGUAUACACCACAUAUUAUUAUUACAUUUAUUUCUUCUAGCUCCUUUCAGACAACAUUGGAGUUUAUUUGUAAAGCCAUUUUAGGUGGAUCAGCUCCUGGACUAUAUAUACCAACUAAGGUUGUUAUAUUUUAUUUUCUCCUACUACAAAACUUCUUAAGACAGGUGUUUGGUGAAUUCCUGUAUCUAUCCAGUUUUGAGCAACUCACCUAAGUCUGAUUCCCUCGUACCUGUGUGUUGCAUUAGGCAUACCAGUCUAUUCUAAAUAUUUAGUUUAGUUAAUCACCAAUUACAUUUAUGCUCUGCAAGAAUUUCGGCAUUGGAAAACUCAUUCGGGAAACUAAUCAGAAAAACAAAAAGAGUGCAAAAAUGUGCCAAACAUUUCCCUGCCAUUUGGCUUACAGAUUAAAUGAGAAAAUGUUACCAAUACUAAGAUAAACAGGAGAACUUGUUCCGUAUCUAAAUUCAGAAUCACACGCCAAAAGCUUGGCCAUCAUACAUUUUGAUUGGUUCGUGAUCCAGCUACAUUUUUGGUUGGAGUUCUGGAAUUCAAACUACCACCCAAUUGGCCCAGGUUCAGACAACUUCCAGUUCGUAACAAAACAAAUCUUUAAGUCUAUGUUUGAAUUCAAAUGCAGCAGAUGUUUAAUAUGUGGUUGCCACAUAUGAAACAUUGAAAUAUUUACUUGGCUCAAAACCUUUCCACCUGUCUAAAUUCCCUGCAUGUUACAGGCCUGUUUUUUUAGGUAGAAUAUAUGACUAAUGUCAUCAUGGCCUUUUAAUGAUCUAUGUCGAAUCCUUCUGCAGAAACAAAACAGCAGCAAUUUUUACUGGAAAUCAGAGUCAUCUAUUUUCAUUAUAAAGGAAUGAUUUUUUUUUUUUGUGGAACAAAUUGGAAAGUCCUUUCAAGUUUCUGUUUUGUUGUACCUGAACACUUUUCUAAAGCAUUUCUGGGUGAUAGUGUUAGAGCUUGCUUUGUUUUCAUAUUAAGAUCAGAAAAGCAUAAAAAAUUCAGUGAGCAGGAAAAUGACUUAAAGGAUUCUGCCUAGUUAUUACAUUAAUGUAUGCUUUCUGUGUCAUAGAAGAUGCAGUAUAUGCUAUUUACCACAUUGAAUAUAUUCGAAAAUAAUUGCUGACAAAAGCCACUUCACAAGGCGGCUGCGAAGUACAUCUUGUAAUCUGAAUGUUAAUGUUCUAGAUAGCUAUGCAGAACUACCUAUUGAAGUUGUUUAAAGCCUCACGCGACGGACAACUGUAUUAGUUCAAAAGAACAAAUCGAAAAAUAGGUAAAGCGUCAACAUAUUGCUUGAUCCUUUUUUUUUUUUGUCAUUUUGUAUUUUAGAAAGAGCUGAUGCAUACUUGUUCUUUUAUCAAAAUUUCAUUAAAUAGUUACAUUAGAGAAAUUAAAAGCUACUAAAAAAGUAGUAUGUUUGAAUAGUUGUAACAAUCAUUUUACUGAAUACAAGCAGUGUAAAACAAGCACAUUACCCUUCUAAUAGUCCAUAGAAUAUGUACAUCUCAAAUAUCAUUUGUAAUUCUAGAUUGUAUGUAAAUAAUACACAAUCUAGGCACCAAAACCGCUUAAACUUAAAGAAGUAAUUUUGGGGCAUAAAUGCCAUGCCUCAUUUUUAACACAAUGUAAAUCAUUGCUGUUUGAGAGAAACAGCAAUAUUUACAUUUGUUCUGAAACCAUGUCUUAAGUGGCUGUUAGUCUGAUAGUCACCAAAGGCUCUUAUUCGUCUAAAUGAAGACCUUUGAAAAAAAGAAAGACUUAACAUUAGGUGUCUUCACCUAAUUAGCUAAUACCCAGUGCUUCUAAUGCUUGAUGUAGAGAGGUAUUGGUUUAACUGCUUCACUUUAAGAUGCAUGCGACUGACAGAGAAAAGUAAUUGCUAUGCAUUAUCCCCCUGUCUCCUCUAUGAGAAGCAUUGGAUUGGAUAGAAGUCACCAUUACUGAUGACAUUAUAAGUGACAGAGCAGAUGCUCAAUAAAGCAUGUUCUGGUUCUAGAAAACAUGUGAUUUUAAUAAUAAUAAAUAAAAAAAAUUGGUUGCAGGCUGCAGAAAUCUAUUCAAUAGCAUUCUAUUAUUUACUAAAGGUCACACAUUUAUUUUAAUGUUCGUGUUCCUUUAAAAUGACAGAUAAACACAUUUUUUUAAAUUCCUUCUUGAAAAUAGUUGUUCUGCUUCUGCUGGAGAAAUUACUAAGGGUGUUUAAAGACAUAUGUGGUCUUGGGGCACCAAGGGAAAUGACAAGAUUAAAAAUUGAAACACUACUUCUUGAUUUGGGAACAACUUGGGUUGGGAACACUUAUUAUUAUUAUUAUUAUUAUUAUGUUAUUAUUUAUAAGCACCAACAAAUUCUGCAGCGCUUUACAAUGGGUGGACGAACAGACAUGUAGUUGUAACCAAACAAGUUGGACACACAGGAACAAAGGGGUUGAGGGCCCUGCUCAAUGAUCUUACAUGCCAGAGGGAGUGGGAUAAAGUGACACAAAAGGUAAGAAUAGUAUUAGACUAAUGACAGUUGCAAGAGAGGAAUCUGUUGGGGGCUAUUAACAGUUUAAUUGAUAUGCUUGUAUGAAGAAGUGGGUUUUUAAUGAUUUUUUGAAGGAGUGGAGACUGGGUGAGCAUCUAACGGAGGAGGAAAAUGAGUUCCACAGUUCUUUAGUAUUCACUAAAGAACAAGACAUUAUGGUGGGCUGGACAUGGAAAACAAUCCCUAUCUUUUCUGAAUUUGACAUUUUCUCCAACUCCGUUAUUUUAGCCUAAAUGUUACAUAUUGUUUCUCUUUUCACUUUUAGCUUGCUAUAUAGUGUAUAAUCCCUCUAGAACGGUUUAUCAACCAUGUCUCAAGGCACGCCAAUGGAAGUUAUGCAGUUCCUAAUUCUGUUCCAAAAGGAAUACUGAUAAAUCCAAAGGUGUGACUCAAAGAAUUGAAAUGGGACUCACAAUCUACACUGCUGUUGCGGGGUAAAAUCAAAAACCUCUUUAAAAGCUUGAAUUCUUUACUCGUCAUCCAUUUCGACCCAAAUGUUAUUACUUGCAUAACAUACAAUAAUUCAUGUACAUUUACAGUAUUCUAGCUGUGAAAUUUCCAUUUCUUCUCACUUAUAAUGGUGCAGCAUACUGGAGACAUUUCAUUUUUCACAGAAGUCAUUGCUCUUUAAAGUAGGAGUCAAGGAGUUACUUAUCAGCAGAAAUGUAUCGGCUAAGUGUAGUGAAAUGGGAAUAUGCAUACUGACAUAGAUAUUUCUGGUUAUGUAUCGUAUCUAGUUGUCUGAGGCAAGCACUACAAAAAUCAAAACUGAGCAAAAGUCUCUGGGUACAUUGAUAGUAUAGUGGAUCAGCAGAAAUGCAAAAUGUAAGAAAACAUUGGGAAUAAAAUGUGCUUCCUCAGCAAUAAAAGAAAUAUGUGAAUAAAGCAUCCAGGGGUACGAGCGAUGAUCUUGUCAAGUUUUUGUUGAGCAUCUGUUUGUUGUUGAUAACCCAGGUCUCAAAAUUAGUGAAUGUAAAAAUGAUUUGCAGUCUUAUUUUACCCAUUGAUAAAUGUUCUAUAGCCAACAAGAUAGCUAGUUGGUUAAUGCACCGACUGGCAGUGUGAUCAAAGCUCAGUGUCUCAAGUUCUGUUGCCAACAGUGUCAAAUCAGCCUAAAAUCAUUCUAAGGAUGAUAAGGUGAGUGCCACUGAUUUGGCAGUAAUUAUUGUACCGAGCAUAUAGGUAUAAAGCAGUGCGUGAGCUACUUAUCAGAUGCCAAAGGUUUUGCUUUUAAAUUGUGCCUUAUAAACAGAGUACAGUACCAGUGAAUGUAAUAGCACAGGUAUUUAAUGUCCCUUUAAGAUGCAGUAUUAUGAAAUAAUAUAUGUUUAUAUAUAUGUGCAGUACAAUUGUACUGCUCCUAGUUUUAUGUGUUUGUAUCUAUUCUUUUGUAAAAAUUAAACUUCCUCUCACAUGUUGUAGAUUCAAGAUAUCAUAAUCUAUAGAUUAUCAUCAUUGGUGACACUGUUAAUAGGCAAAACAAAUGCAUAACUGUUGGCAUGAAUAUUUUAGAGCGUAAUAGUUAUUCUGUGUGUUUUUAUUAAAAAAUACUGUUACAGAAAAAAAAAAUAAUAUUCUUGUGAUUUAUAUUGUUGAAAUGUCACACUGUCCCCCUGUUGGUGGGAAGUAUUAAAAAAUAUUAUUAAACAUAUUUAUAAAAUAAAUAUAUUUAUAAAUAUAUAAUAUGUAUAUAUAAUAUGUAUGUAUUAUUUUAUUUUUUUAAUUAAUUAUUGUAAUUAUACGUAUAUAUAUGUGUAAAUAUGUGUAUAUAUAUCUAUUAUAUAUAUAUAUAUAUAUAUAUAUAAUAUAUAUACAUAUUAUAUAUAUGUAACGUCAUUCUAAGUGUAUUUUAAUAUUAAUAUAUGUUUUAUAUUUAUAUAUAUAUAUAUAUAUAUUUAUAUUUUCCCAGGUCCCAGCACUCAAUGUUCCUGGUCUUUUCCAUGCUCCGGUGCAAGUAAUCUCUGACCAAUAUAUAGCAUCCAAGUAGAGAGCACUCUGGAGUCUUCGUUUUAUAUCAAAAUAAAUACUGCUUUAUUGUGCAGAAUACAAAAAUGUCGACGUUUCAGUCACAAUAGACUUUUCUCAAGACAAUUCAUGCAAUGAAUAAACUGUGAUUAUAUAUGUUACAACAAAAUUCCUAUUGGAGAAAAGUCUAUUGUGACUGAAACGUCGACAUUUUUGUAUUCUGCACAAUAAAGCAGUAUUUAUUUUGAUAUAAAACGAAGACUCCAGAGUUCUCUCUACUUGGAUGCUAUAUAUAUUUAUAUACGUAUAAUUACAAUACCGUAUAUACUCGAGUAUAAGCCGAGUUUUUAAGCACAUUUUUUGUGCCGAAAAACCCCAACUCGGCUUAUACUCGAGUCAAGGUCUGUAUUAUGGCAAUUUACAUUAAUUUACAUUGCCACAAUACAGACUGGGGGCUGGCAGCGAGCGCUUACCACUCCUGCAGCUCCUGUCAGCUCCCUGCUCCUCCGCGCCGGUCCGGUCAGCACCUCGGUCAGCUCCCAGUGUAAGUCUCGCGAGAGCCGCGGGGUCAUAGUGCGGCUCUCGCAAGACUUACAGUGUGAGCUGAGAGAAGAGCUGCACGGACCGGCGCGGAGGAGGAGAGAGCUGACAGGAGCUGCAGGAGUGGUAAGUGCUUCCUGCCCGCCCACCUCCUCCCCCCACUGAACUGCCAAUGCCACUGGACCACCAGGGAAGGAGAGCCCCCCUCCCUGCUAUGCAUCAAGCAGGGAGGGGGGACGAAAAAUAAAUAAAUUAAUAAUAUAUAAAUAAAAAUAAUAAUAAAAAAAUAAUAUAACAAAAAAAUUAAAAUAAUAUUAAUUAAUAAUAUAUAAAUAUAAAUAAUAAUAAAAAAAUAAUUAAAAAAUAAUAUAACCAAAUAAAUGAAAAUAAUAAUAUUAAUUUUUUUUAAAUUUUUUUUAUAAAAAUGCCCACCCCCCACCAAGGCUCUGCAACACAAACACACACUGCAUCACACACACACACACACACACUGCAUUCAUACACACACACUGCACUCAUACACACACACUGCACUCAUAUACACACACUGCAUUCAUACACACACACUGCACUCAUACACACACACUGCACUCAUACACACACACUGCACUCAUAUACACACUGCAUUUAUACACACACUGCGCACUCAUACACACACACUGCAUUCAUCAUAUACACACACUGUAAAUAAAUAUUCAAUUAAUAUAAUUUUUUUAGGAUCUAAUUUUAUUUAGAAAUUUACCAGUAGCUGCUGCAUUUCCCACCCUAGUCUUAUACUCGAGUCAAUAAGUUUUCCCAGUUUUUUGGGGUAAAAUUAGGGGCCUCGGCUUAUAUUCGGGUCGGCUUAUACUCGAGUAUAUACGGUAAUUAAUUAAAAAAAUAAAAUAAUAAAUAAAAUAUUGAAACACAAUUUAAUAAAUUAUAUAUUCGUAUGCAAUUUCAUUCUAACUGUAUUUUGUUAUUAAUAUAUAUAUAUAUUGGUAACAAAAUACACUUAGAAUGACAUUCUAUAUAUAUCUAGCUAUAUAUAAAAUACAAAUAACCGCAAAUAUAUAUAAAUACAUAUAAUUACAUAAAAGAUUACAUUAGUAUACACGUAGAAUUUAAAUACCUAUAAAUGCAUAUAUAUUAAAAUUCUACGUGUAUAUUUAAGUAAUCUUUUAACAUAAUUAUGUGAUUUUAUUAAUUAAAAUUUGAUUGACAUGCCUGACAACACACGGAGAAAGUGCAGAAAAUUUAAUUUGCAAGCACUAUAUUUGACCCUGUAACUCUCCAAGACACCAUAAAACCUGUACAUAGAGGGUACUGUUUUACUCGGGAGACUUCGCUGAACUCAAAUAUUAGUGUUUCAAACUGGUAAAUUGUAUUACAACAAUGAUAUUUUAAGUAAAAGUGAUUUUGUUUGCAUUUUUUACAAACUAACUGCACUUUUAUGGACUAUAUUAUUGUUGUAAUAUGUUUUACUGUUUUAAAACACUAAUAUUUGUAUUUAGUGAAGUCUCCCGAGAAUAACAAUACCCCCCAUGUACAGGUUUUAUGGUGAUUUGGAAAGUUAGAGAGUCACAUAUAAGGCUUGCAUUUCAUUUUUUUGACAUUGAAAUUUGUCAGAUUGGUUAUGAUGCCUUUGAGAGCGUAUGGUAGCCCAGGAAUGAGAAUUACCCCCAUGAUGGCAUACCAUUUGCAAAAGUAGACAACCCAAGGUAUUGCAAGUGGGGUAUGUCCAGUCUUUCUUAGUAGCCACAAACACUGGCUAAAUAUUAGUUUUUUGCUUUUUUCACACAAAAACAAAUAUGAACGCUAACUUUGGCCAGUGUUUGUGACUAAGUGGCUACUUAAAAAGACUAAACAUACCCCACUUUCAAUACCUUGGGUUGUCUACUUUUUCUAAUGGUAUGUCAUUAUGGGGGUAAUUCUCAUUCCUGGGCUACCACACCAUUUAAAAGAUAACAUUACUAAUCUGGCAAAUUUCAAUUUGAAAAUGGAACGUUCUAUAUUUGACCCUGUAACUUUCCAAAACACCAUAAAACCUGUUCAUGGGGGGUACUGUUGUACUCGUGAGACAUCGCUGAUUACAAAUAUGUGCAUUGUUUUGCAGUAAAACCUAACAGUAUUAUGACAUUCACAGCUAAAAUGUCAGACAGAUACAAAUUUAAGAAAAAAAUCUUAUUUUCUCAUAUUUUUUUAAAUUUUAUUCAUAAUAAAUUAUGUUCCAUAUAUGAAUAGUUAAUGAUAAAUUAAAGCCCUGUUUCUCCUGAACAAAAUGAUAUAUAAUAAAUGUGGGUGCACUUAAUGUGACAGUGGUGAAUUACGGUUGAACAGACAUAUAGCGCAAAUUCCAGUUUUUGUUUACGUUUUGUUUUGAUCAGAACGUGCACUAUUGACUCCGUCCUGAAGGGGUUAAGCAGAUGAGUGAUUGUCAGCAUUGAUAGGAGGAGACCUAAUCACUGCCACCUGUCAUUGGUGUGAGGUAUGAUGGCUAAUUGGAAUGUAAUGUCUAUAUUAGUCAGAGAGAGACCUAGCCCUGGGUUGCUUGGGACCAUCAUUUUGUACAGAAAAAAUCAAAAAACAAAUAAAAAAUUGUUUAUUGCUGAACAAUGGAUUAACUCCAUGGAACUGCAGGCAUGAAAAACUCCUCAGCGAGAUUAAGUGGUUAUGGUGCAUAGACUAUCUUUUUAAGUAUAGAACUUUCAAGUAAGCAUUAUUGUAAAAACAAUGUGCAGUGGGCAGAUCUGGAACAUUGUACACCUUAUUGUAGUACAGUUUGGAAUCUGUAAAACUGGAUUAAACAUAUAACUUGGUCUCCCCGACCUUUGUAUGUUUUCACUGGUAAUCUUCAUCUCUGUAUAAGAAAGCAUCAUGUGAUAUAAAACCCUUGCUCAAGUUUUAUUCUACUACUCAAUUAAAUGUUGUUGUAUACUUCCCAGAUGACAGAAUUGUCAAACUGAAUGCAGACACGGUAUCUGGCUGUGUUUGUUUGCACAUGGUAUGUUAUAGGUGUGAGCAUAAUUUGUCUAAUUAGUGUUGAGAGUGCCUGUGGAGCGCCUGUGGAAUGUAAAUGCGGACUGUGCAUCUGUCAUCUGCAGUCACUGUUCACUGCCAAACUUCAUUGUUAUCAUUAUUUAUUUUAUCAUUAUUAAAAUCUUUGUACCAUUAUGUAAGGGCUGCUAAUUUAUGUCCUAUUUGCUAUACAUCCACAAUUUGUUUAGUUUUUUUUUUUUUGUCUUUUGCUAGGGAAGGGUUGUUGCUGAUAUCAAAAGAGAAUUUGAUACACUUCAUUGUAAUGCAACUAAUCAAUUUAGUUUGUAGUUUUCUUAAGUAAGUAUUAAUUAAAGCAGCACUGUCACUGUCUGGGGCCUUUGCAGAAUUUUCAAAGACCCCCAAUGGUGACAUUGGCACUGGUGGUCCAGUGGCUGAGCGGUCACUGUCUGGGGCCUUUGCAGAAUUUUCAAAGACCCCCAAUGGUGACAUUGGCACUGGUGGUCCAGUGGCUGAGCGGGCAGGGAUAGGUGAGAUUUACUUACCUAAACCUAUCCCUCUCGAGUUCCACCAUCAUCUUCUGACUGGUUCCCUUCUGCUCUUGGCGCUUGGCACUGCUGUACUCUCAAGCAUGUGAAAGAGUGACGCAUUGUGGUCUAUGGAGUAUCCCGCAAGACUGCAGGAUUCUCCAUAGACACAGCUAAUAUCUUUGAGAGAUUGGCACUGCUAGACGGCGGUAGCUCUGCACAGUGUCUAGAAGUUUCAGGUGUAAGAAAUAUACUGAGACAAAGUAGUCCCUACACCUUCAGUAUGAGUAUGAGCCUGUUUUAGAAAUGAGUAGUCUUUCUGGUAAACCAAGCCCCUUCAGCUCUUUACUAUCCUAGUGUCCUUUGUUUUUAACAUCUCAUAAGUAAGUUGUUUUGGUAUUUUUUAUUUAUUUAUUUAUUUUGUAUAAGAAUGUCUGUCUGUCUCACCGAGUUUCACAAUAAUAAAACGCACAUUACUGUACCUAGAAGGGACACUCAAAGCUGUGGUGAUAUGAAGCAACAGAUGCAGUCAAUUAGUCACUGACUUUUUUAUAAUCAUUUUGACAAACAAAACAGAAGAACACCCCUCCCCAGGACUGUAAUGUUGUGAUGAAGAUAUUUAAAUUCCUCAUUAUGCAUCCACCACUGCAUGUUUGGGAUUCCUCCAGUUUUGGGCAAGCCAGAUGAAAAAAAGCUACAUAUAAAAGAAUCAACACCCGUGGUAUGCCAGUCACCUCAUAACUACAAAAAUAUGUAGCAUUUAUGGUGCCUUUUACAUAUAAGAAAUGUUCAUAGAUAUUUACAUGUGUGAAUAAAUGGUGUUGGUCUGUAUAAAUUUUUUUUUUUUUAAUAAUGUAACUAAUGUAAAUGGCACUCAGAAUCACUUAAUUCACCUCAUGUUUUGUAGAAUAUACCUAGCUCUUGUCACACCUCCAGAAACACCCCUAAGAUAAAUGUCUGAAUAUUAUGUUCUUUGUGAAACCAAUAUAUACUGUGCGUAGAGUCAUUCAUAUCAAACUGCAACCUAUCAGAAAAAUGAAUCUCCUUGUGUUUAUAAAAACAUAAUUCAUACGUUUCUAAAAUGCCUGCUGGGACAUAUUGUACAUGAUUUAAAUUCAACCCUGAGGAAAAGGAAAGAGACAUAUAGUGUAGUAUGUUCUAUAUACAUAUAUUACUUGCAAAACAAUAUAAAAGGACAGUCUAAAUACCAAAAUUAAUCUGUGCAAUAGCUUGAUGUGUUUCGUCUUCACCAAAUAAUUUUUAUUUAUAGCCAUCAGCUAGUGUGUAGUUUUAUUUCUCUCUGAAAAGGAACUGAAUAUUUAAAACAUGAUGGACCAGGGUGCAUGUGCUGACCAUAUGAGCCAAAGCAGCUUUGUUGUUGGUAUGGUGGAAGAUGAAAGUGUAAUUGUAAUACCUGCUUUCUAUCUGUGACCUGACUUCAGAGCUGGGGCACACAUGCUCUCACAGAAGAAGUGCACAUGCUAAUAGGGUUUUCAAUAAGGAAUCUUCAAAAAAUAAUUAAAAAACCACUUCUUCAUAAAAGCGUAUCAAUUGAACUGUUAAUAGCUCCCGACUGAUUCCUCUCUUGCAACUGUCAUUAGUCUAAUACUGUCCUUACCUUUUGUGUCACUUUACCCCACUCCCUCUAGCAUGUAAGCUCAUUGAGCAGGGCCCUCAAUCCCUCUGUUCCUGUGUGUCCAACUUGUCUGGUUACAACUACAUGUCUGUCAUUAUUCAAUGCUUUCCUAUGGGGAUUCCAGCACCGCUGAAGGUCCUCAUACAUAGCGUGAGGAUGUCUAGCUGACCAAAAGUCGUCUAAGAACCCAGAAGUCCCUCUAGUGGCUGUCUGGUAGACUGCCACUAGAAGAGGACUUAACCCUGCAAGGUAAUUAUUGCAGUUUAUAAAAACUGCAAUAAUUACCUUGCAGGGUUGAGGGUGAUGGAAGUUGGCACUGAGACCACUUCAAUGGGCUGAAGUGGUCUGAGUGCCUACAGUGCCCCUUAAAUACCUACUUACUGCAUUAUCCUUAUUUGGGCUUGUAUUGUAUGUUUUAAGAAAUAUGUUGUAUGUCUCAUAUUCUCUAUUAUUAAUUUACUAUACUUAUACAUUCCUUGGUAAUGUAGAUAUGGUGCAUUAUUCUGUGUCUUUUUUUUUUAACUUAUCCAUGAUCAACUCAUGUUUGUUUGGGAACCCCACAAUUCCAUUAAAGUAGCACUGUCACCUCAAAGGUAAUCUUGAACAUUUCAUAAAGGUAACGUUUUAUGAAAUGCUUAUAAGGAAUGCAUUGGAAUUUCAUUGAAAGUGCAGUAAAAAUAUAUCUUAAGACAAAGUAGUGACAGAACUUGACAAAGUUUGGAGCCAGGGCCUGAUUAACAUAUUAUUAUUAUUAUUAUUAUUAUUAUUAUUAUUACGAGCCAAAAAUUAUGCAGUUCUGUGCAAUAGGUGGACUAACAGACAAGAAGAUAAGUUGGAUGCACAGGAACAGAGAGUCAUGCUUAAACAAGCUUUACAUAUGGGCUGAUGGAGCUCCAGCUAUAGGCCCAUGUCUAAAGAAGGUUCACUACAUUGAGGAUAUCUGCCAUGCAUAGCCCCAGCUCUUCAUCACAUCACAAAACAGUGGUUCUGUGGUGGCUAGCCCACAGGCACUACAGUAUAGCCCUCACCUCUCCCCAUAUGUGAUCUUUGCUGAGUAGCUAAUUUGUUUCUCAUCUCUCUGCCUACACUACUGUCAAUAGUGCUGGGAGACAGGAAGUGAUAUCACAUGAUCUCACUUCCUCCCAGAACUCUGUGAAAGCAUGGAAGGUAGAUCCUGCACUAGCUGCACCUCUUUUCUUAAUAUCCUUUCCUCUGAAUCAAAGUAAAGGAAAAUAGCAUGAACUUUGAUAAAAACUAUGUUUUGGUGAGAAUGUGGGUGUUUGCAUGAAUCUGUAAGUGUGUGUGUGUGCGCGUGAAUCUGUUAGUGUGCCUAAAUCUGUGAAUAUGAAACUGUUAGUGGCUGUUACUCUGAGUAUGAAUCAGUGUUUGAGUCUGUGUCUUAAUAUGUGUCUGAUUCUGUGGGUCUGUGAGUGUUUGUGAAUCUGUGUCAGUGAAUCUGUGUGAGUUUGUGCAUUUAAAUCAGCGAGUACGUGUGAAUCUGUGUGUAUAAAUCUGUGCUUGUGAAUUUAUGUUGUGAAUCUAUGAUUGUGUGUUAAUAUCUGUGAAUCUGAGUGUGAAUAUCUGUUUCUGAAUCUGUAAAUUUAAAUCUGUAUGUGUGAAUCUAUUUGAACUUGUGUUUGUGUGAAUCUGUGUAUCGGUGUGUAUGUAUUACUGUGUAUCAAUGUAAGUGUAUGUCUGCGUGUCUGUGUGUGCUUGAAUCUUUGUGUAUGUAAAUCUGUUUAUAUCUGUAAGUGUUUGAACCUGUGUGUGUAUAUAUAUAUCUGUCAGUGUCUUUGUAUCUGUGUACAUCAAGCAUGUCAAACAUGCGGCCCACAAUGAAUAUAUUUGCGGUCAUUUGCCCUGGAGCCGCUUUUUGCUGUGGCUGUAACCAGCCACAAGACAUGAAAGAUAUUUCCUGUCUGAUCAUUGUCUUACCUCCCACGGCCACAAGUGGACAGAGUGGCUGACUGUCUGCAAAGCAGGCCAACCACUCCAUUUCCCUCCUGCUUGAUCAGAGAAGAGCAGAGCUGGAACUGGAAUUGGUGGAAGGGCAGCUCGUUUUAAGGUAGAAGAAGAAGGGUUUGGGGGAUUUUCCUGUGUAGUGUGUUAAAUUGUGGAGGGGGGGCAGUUUAUUCAUUUGGGGGGUCGCGGGGGCAGUGUAUUCAUUUGAGGGAGGGAGGGGAGCAGUGUAUUUAAUUGGGGAGGGAGCCACACAUAUCCAAUAAUUUGAGUGUGUUAAUAUGGGGGAGUGAAGGGGCAAUGUAUUAUAUUGGGUGAGGAAGUGGGCAGUGUAUUAGAGUAGUGGGAGGGAUAGUGAAUUAGUUAGGGGGAGGGAGGGGGGCAGUGUGUUAGAGUGGUGAAAGGGGGGCCAGUGUAUUAGAGUAGUGGGAGGGUCUGUUAAAUUGGAGGAGGGGGCAGUGUAUUAGAUUGGGUCUGCAUGGAGGCGCUGAACACUCCCCAUGGAGAUGCUGAUUAACCAUGCAGCUUUUUGCCACACAUGUACAAUAGCCUCCCAAUGCUUUCCUAUAGGAAAGCAUUGGAUUGGCUGAGAUUGUCUAUUGACUGUCUUCCUGAGACCUACCAAAAUCAUUGGCACCAUGCCCACAAACUUCUUAAACUGGUCUUGGUGGAGCUACCACUGUGAGGUUUCGUCACUGCCCACAACCAUCAUUAGUGAUGCCUGUGGGAAUAAGGAAUUAACUAUUUUUUGAGCCCCAAAUUAAGAAAUCAAUAUUUUAAACAUCAAAUUGAACAACUCUGAUAUUUUAGAGGUGACUUCUAAAGAGAACGACACACUUCUGAUUCUCAUGCCUCCCCUGUACUCCCUGAUCCCCAUUUCCUCCCCCAUAAAUAUAAAUCAGAAAGCAAGACCUACUUGAGGUGGAGAAAAUCUUAAUAUGGUUCUUUCUUUCAUGGUGUGGCAUGUAUCUGUACCUCCGUUGGUGGUGUCUGCUGCAGCUCCUACCCAUAUAGGGACCUCUUCCUCCUUGCCACAGCAUUUAGAAGUGGAUCGGCGGGAGGCCAGGUAUGUAUGUGGACCAUGGCAUACUGAAAUGCGGCAGACGCCAUCUUAACUUAGGAUCCACUCAAAAGUAUUGUAUUUUUUUUUUUUUAAACCCCUGCAGUAACAUUCCAUGUAUAAGACAACCCCCAAUUUUAGACAAAAAAAAGUAGAUAAAUAGGUAGUCUUAUACAUAAAGAAAAUACGGUAAUUUGAAAAGCUUAUCCAAUAAUAACUCAAAGACUAUAUUGCUAUAAACCUCUUAUCUUCUUCGUUAACCUUUGUUGGCAAGGCAUGCACAAAAUAGUGCGCACUAAAUUAUAUUGACAGAGUUGCUUCUUCUUCUGGUAGACUGCAGAAUAGAGUUUAGAUACUCCGCCCCUCAGGAACUCCCACAUUGAACAGCUGAUGGCCAUGUUUCAUCAGCAAUAGGUAUUUAAAUGGAACAACAAGCUGCUCAUGUUCACAGGCUCCUGACUUUUUUAUUUUUGUUACCACUAUGGUUAUUGAUUUUUAGGUGUUUAUUUAUAACUUUAGUAGGGAGAGUUGGUUCAGGUAGACACUAGCGGUUAGACCACGGUGUCGAGGUAACUUUUAGGGUGAAUUGAGAGAUUGAUUGAUUUAUUUAUUUUUUGUGUGAGGCUUUUCAUCUGCAUUUAGACCUGAUUACCCGGUCCCUUGUUCUCUGGGGACCCUGUGCCUCUUCUCUCUCCCUAACCUUGUUUACACUACCUUCCUGUCAGUCGGACACUAGGGGAACUGGAGCUUAGAUGCUAGCUAGUACUCCAGACAACUGAUCCCCUGGGCACCGUUUAGUAGAUCUCCCUUUUUUUCAAGUUAUACUUUUUGCUUGCAUAUCCCUUUUUAUCCUUAGAUUGAUCAAAGGUAGGGCCUCCCUUGCUCAUUUCUUAUAUAGUGGAACUUUCCUGAUGUUGGUUUCCCCUUGUGGGACUCUACACAUCACCUACUCCUACUACCUACAUAUUUUAGAGGGUUACCGCCUCAUUGGAGCUCCCUAUUAGGUGGUUACAGUGGUGCAGCUCAUGAGCCCUUGACUUGUAUCCGGACUCCUGACCUGCACUCUGUUUACUUUAUUUCUCCAUUUUGUGUUGCUUCUUAGUAAGUUUAAUCUUGGGAAAUAAUGUAUUAAAAUUACUUAUCAGAAGCAUUGUCAUUGCGCUUAGAGAUACAGUCAUUGAAUAUGAGUACACCCUCUUUAAAUUCUAUGGUUUAAUAUAUCCGGACAUCAUAACAAUCAUCCUUAGAAAUUAAGAGUCUAAGUAGCAGACAGGUGCUGCUAAUCAAAUGCCCUUGAUUACUUGAUCAUCAGCAAGUGUGGCCACCUCUAUAAAAGCUGAAGUUUUAGCGGUUUGCUGUUCUGGAGCAAUCAGGUGUGUGUUAACACAAUGCCAAGGAGAAAGGACAUCAACAAUGAUCUUCGAGAAGCAAUUGUUGCUGCCCAUCAAACUGGAAGUGUUAGAAGGCCAUUUUCAAACAAUACAAUUUAAAGUCCACCAUUUAAAGUUAUUGCAAAGGAAAUAUUAAGUUAAAAUUGGGAUUUUUGCACUAGGCAAAAUCUUACCAGGCUGGCCCCUUGAUUUUCAUAUUUAGAUAAUUCAUAUAAAAGUAAAUUAUUGUAAGACGUUAGUGACCAUAUAAAUAAUCUUUCAUUCUAAAAUGUUCUUAUUAACCUUGUUUUCAACUUGAUUUCUGAUUUGUGCAAACCUGCACUAGUGAAAGUAGAAAAAAAAAGACGAUUCCUUCCACGCAACAAUAAAAGGAAUGCAGUGAUUAUUUUAAAUUAAAUCUAUGUGCGUAAUCCCAAAUGGAAAGUCAGUGAAAUGUAAAAUAUUGAAAUCGGCUGGGUAUUCUGCGUUUUCCUUUAAAGAUUUUUCUUUUUCAAUAAAACAUUUCAAACUCUUUAUUGAAUGUCAAAUAGGAAUCCUUUCUCAAAAGAAGCAGAAGAUUGUGAAUUCUUCGUAAUAGAGUGUAUAGCCAGUUUUUUUGCUUUUUACACUACUGUUCUCUUACAUUCAGACAUGUAUUGCAUCGGUUGCUGAAUGGUAAGAAUGCAGUUUUUGCUUGUGUGAAAGGAUGUAAAAUGGAAUCUUUUGUAAAAAGGAAAUAGUCUCUUACGAAUGAUAUAGCAAAUGUUGAAAGUUAACAGAAAAAAAAAUCACUUUUUUUUUUUUAAAAGAAAAGGUUUGUCAAAAAUUUUCUUUGUACAUUUAAUGUGUGUGUGAUUAUGUAGUAUGAAAUGCAGAGUUGGUAAAAUUUCUUGAAUAUACAGGCAAAAUAUGAAUAAUUCAAAACAAAGUCAUACAUUUCAACACUGCAUUGUGUCUUUUAUGGCUCAGACUGAAGAUACCAUUGUUCUCGCAGUACAGCUGAAAUUGCACAAGAUACACCUCGGAAAAUGCCAAAUGGCCUACUUCUGAGAGCUGUCACAUACCGUAGAAACAAAAAACAUGAGCGGUUUAAUGUGCCCAUCUACACAUUUUCUUUUAAAGAAGCAUACAACAACAUAAAUACAACAAAUAUUUUUGAUGGAACUAUGGCAUAACAGAAACAAGCAUAUGCAAAAAAAAGAUGCGGUUAAUGUAUUGAAUAAAAAAUGUAUGUUAACAAAUAUAUUGCGUGUGUGUGUAUAUAAAAUAUUGUGUUCGUAAAGGCAGAGGUCUGAUUCUUAUGGUAAAUAAUUUUAUUAUAAAUAUUCAGAGUGCACAUCAACAUAUUCAUUGUCUGUUAUUACAUUCAUUGACAUAUACUGCCACUUUAUCUGAACAGCAGUAGUUGAGGACAGAAUUUGGGAAAAGCUUUAAAUAGUUAUGGAACUUACAGUGGGUCCUUUUAUUUGAGUUGUCUGAAAUUGGUAUUUGAGAAAGUACUGAGAAUAAAAGCCGGAUUCCAUAUGAAAAAAAGAAGCCUUAAUCCACAUGGAUAGUAAAAGGAAAAAUUGUAUCUGUAGUUCUUGCUUUUUACAAGGCUCUGGUGAAGUGCUGGACAGGCACAAAACACGUUUGUGCUUUGAUCCAGUGCUCCCCCCAUUUGUUCUAGCCAUUUUGUAAAAAGCAAGAACUAAACGUACCAUUUUUUUUUUUUUUACUGUCCAGACAUUUUUAACUGUAAGGCAUUUUUAUCUACAUGUGAAGUCCAACGUCUGUUUUCAUUGUUUCAAGCAGUGACGGAACCUGCAAAUGCCACUUCCCAAAAGCUGUAGUUUGUGAGAUUUUUGUGUGGUUAACCUAUCUGCAGAUUGGUCGUUAUUUUUGCCAAAGUAUGUGUGGUAGAACCGCUGCCGUUCGUACAUUUCCCCCUUCUUUAUUAUGUGUGUUGUCCUAUGUCCGUUCGGGAGUGCUUCCACGAAGGCAAUCCAUUCACCUUCUGAACGGGGACCACCCCAAUGGCCCAUUUAAAAUACAAGCAAGAUUAGAACAAUUAGAACGUUUGCACCCUGACAUAGUGCCAAAACCGCAAGGGAAGACUUGGCGUGUGUACCCCCUGGGUGGCCGCCCUUCUGUAUAGACUAAUGCCAUCCAGGGGGAGCAUUCGAGAAUUGCUUCCCUGCUUGUUAGUUUCCCGAAAGAGGACCUCCCCAAUGCCCCAUUGGAAUUUUCACACCAAUCAAUUAGAACAUUGAAUGUUCUAGCUAUUCUUCAGAUAUGGAAAUUGUAAGCUAUUUUUUUUUUAUCACAUGAAAGGUAUCUAUAAAGGAAUUCAUUUUAAUGCAAGCAUUGAGGGUUUUGGCAUCAAUUUGGUGUGCAGCAAUCUAACAGUAUGAAAGGCAUCUAUACCUUACUUUCACUAAAAUCUCAAAGGUAAACAAAAAGGGCCAUCUAAAGGAUAAAUAUCUGGUAAUAUCAAAGGUUGCACUCACGGAUUCAUUAAAAAAAUUAACUUUGAUUGAACCUUCCUUAAAAAAUCGACGUUUCAGUCCUACUUGAGGACUUUCAUCAGGAUUAUGAUGAAUCCUGAUGAUUUUCAUAAUCCUGAUGAAAGUCCUCAAGUAGGACUGAAACGUCGAUUUUUUUUUUUUUUUUUAAGGAAGGUUCAAUAAAAGUAAAUUUUUUAAUGAAUCCAUGAGUGCAACCUUUGAUAUUACCAGUUGGAUACUUGGAGCCCUGGGAGUGCACCCGGUUUGGGAAUUGGAGCCUGAGUGCAAGGUACAGUGUUUUUUUUUUUUAUAUAUAUAUAUAUAUAUAUAUAUAUAUAUAUAUAUAUAUAUAUAUAUAUAUAUAUAUAUAUAUAUAUAUUACAUGAUUAAAAUAGUUUUCAUAACAUUAUAUCAUUUUAAAUGUUCACAAAUAUCAAAUCCUUUGGAAAGCUUAUUCAGCAAUAUUAAAGGAACACUUUAGUGUUGGCAAAACAAAUGUAUCCCUAACACUAACAUGUCCCUCUGCUUUUGUGCCCCCGCUACCAUCAUCCAGGAUAUUAUUAAAUAACCCUUUAAAAACUUAUCUGAUUCCAGUACCAAGGUCCCUCGUUGCUGGGUCGGACUUCUUCUCACAUAAUGUCAGUCGAUCAGGGGAACCUAAUGCGUCAUGAGCAACACAGACAUAUUAAACCUUCCCCAUAGGAAAGCUUUCCUUUAAUACUUUCAUAUGGGGAUUUAGAAGACACUGGAUGAGGACCUCCAGUGUUAUUUCUCAGAGUUAAACUGUGUGUAAAUGAAGGGAGCACCUCUAAUGACUGCCUGAGAGACACUUUGAAACUGCAAUGUUUUGCAUUACAUGGCUUUGGGGACAAGGUCACUGCACCCAGACCACUUUAACGAGAUGAAGUGGUCUGGGUGCCUAUAAUGUCCCUUUAAAUCGAGGCUGUACAAAAGCCCUCCAAAUGAUUUAUCUACAGAAGUCACUUCUAAUGUCUUUUAUGUAGAUAAAUCAUUUAGAAAUUUUUCUAACCGUAUUGUAUUAUUUGGAAAGCUUAUUAAAUGGAGACCGUAAUCCCAAAAGCAACAUAAAAAAAUACAAACAGACAAAAUACAAAUGUAUGCAGUGUUACAGUACACUAUAAUAUACCAUACUGUAUCUCACGCAUCAAGAAAAAUAAGAUUUUUCAUAGAUCUCUAGCUUUAAACAUUUAUGUUAGUUUUGAAGGAAUAUUGCUGGAUUAUUAAACACUUUUUUAAAACUUAAAAUACAUUGUUCAAGCUGUUCAUGCUUUUUGAACAAACACUAACAUGGAAUCAUUAUAAUUUUCCAAGGCACAGUCAUAUGAUUUCUUUUUUAUCUUGCAAAAUGUUUCCCCUCUGAGACUACUGAAGACAUAAUAAUAAACACAAUAUGGUAAGCUGUAACAAAGUCAUUUUCUGCAGUCUCUCGAAGUGCCAUUUUGUGAGAAAGAAGGUAAAUUGUGUUCAGGAGUCCAGCUUAACAGGUGAAAAUGUUUAUAGAAUCCAAUCCCCUUGGAGAGGCAUUGUCAUUGCAAAGCAUUUGUGAGAUCAAACAUAUAUUUUUCAGUUAUACAUUUAGUCAACACAUGGCAUCCACAAUUCUCUGGAGCCAUCACAGCAAGCAGAAUUCUCAUCUCGAGAAAAGAAUCUGAAACCUUGUUUAGGGAACUGUAUUAACAGUUUAGCAAAACCGUAGAUUGUCCAUACAUCAGGUAUAUUUUGUACAUUAUCUCAACUUUUAAAAAAUAGCUAAAAAAAUAUAAAGCAUAUCAGAUAUAUUGGGGAUAUUUGUCUUCUUCCUCUUAUUUAUAAACUCUUACUUCCAGAUGAUAUUCAUGAAUUAAGGGACACUAUAGUCACCAGAACAACUACAGCUUAUUGAAUUUGUUCUGGUGAGUUGAAUCAUUCCCUUCAGAGAAAAUGCAGUGUUUACAUUACAGUCUAGUGAUAACUUCACUGGCCACUCCUCAGAUGGCUGUUAGAGAUCCUUCCUGGAUCAUGGCUGCCUAAAAUGCAUCCAAACAUUCAGUAUCUCCUCCCUCUGCAUGCAGACACUGAACUUUCCUCCUAGAGAUUCAUUGAUUAAAUUCAACUCUAUGAGGAGAUGCUGAUUGGCCAGGGCUGUGUUUGAAUCAUGCCCCUGAUCUGCCUCCUUGACAGUCUCAGCCAAUCCUAUGGGGAAGCAUUGUGAUUGGAUCAGGCUACCACUUCUGAUCAUGUCAGCAUACAGUGGGCAGGUCUAAAGGAAACAGGCACAAAGCAUGCAGCUGCAGACUUUAAUAAAAGUAAGAAUUAUUAUAUUUAGGGAGGCAUGAGGGGACCUGGGUGGCUAAAUGGUGGUUUUAACCCUCUAGGGUCAGGAAUACAUAUUUGUGUUCCUGAACCUAUAGGGAUCCUUUAAUCAAUCUAUCUAUAUAGAAUGGUAUAGACUGGUGUCUAUUUGUACCCUCUCACCCAAACAGUAUUCAAGUUUAUGGGUGCAUUAGCAUCCCCCGCUGCUUAAAGUACUCAUUAAUAAUUCCUUUCCUUCAUCCCUUCAUCUUGCCCAAUACAUAUAUACAUAUGUAAAAUAUAAGUCUUGUAUUGACUUUUUUUUUAGCAUUGGAAACCAAUUUUAACUUUGUACUAUUCAAACAUUUCUCCAGCCAUCUGCAAUGAUAUCUGGAGCCAAACCAUACUCCUUCCUACUAGUAAUCUACUAAUCCUUCCCAAACAGCCACAGGCUGCUUUGGAAGUAAACAACAAAGAUUAGAUUAGAUAAACAUGAAAUACAAAUGGACUUUGGGAGUAUAAUAAUUAUCUAGAGAAGAGUUUAAAUGAAGCUCAAUUUAGCCCAUUUAUUACCAUGGUAUUUACUAAACUGACUAAAAUUGUGCAGAAUGGAAAAAGUUAAUUAAAAAUUUUAGGUAAAACUGGAAACAUUCAACAAUUCAAGUAUUUUUACAGUUUAGCUAUUUGGGCAAAAGAUUUGUGAUUUCCUUAUCGGCACUCCCCAGAUCAUACAGUUAGUGUAAUAGAUCCUCUAUUUAAAAUAUAUAAAUAAUUGAGAAUACAAUGUAAAAUAAGGAUUGUCUUGGAAGCAAUAAAAUUUUGUCUUUUUGAUAUUUAUUAUUAUUAUUGUUCACCUUCAGAAAAAGUCAUCAUGUCAGCCUCUCUGUCAUUUUAAGAUGAAGCAGCAUCUGUCUCCAAGUCUCUACUCUGUGUCUUAACAUUUAAAAGUACACCUAUUUAUACCUUAGGUUUCUCCAUUUUAGGGUUACCGUAGUUCAUAUAUGAAAAAGUAACACUUCUUUUACUUUAUUCAUUUUAGGACCUCCCUUAACUUGGCAAAAAUACAAGACCAUAACUAAAGGGUGCAUACGUCAUGGAAAUUUUCCUGACUUAGUUCAAGAUGGCAUCUUAAAGUCUGAACAUCCUUAUCUACUAAGGUUACCACAGUAUAUUACGUACUGAAAGAGUCGUAGUAUAGCCUUAAAGCUUGUUUAUGCAUUAUUGUUAUUGUUAUUCGUCUGGGACAAAAUGGCGUAAACAUAAUAUGCACUGAGGUUAUUGCUUAAAGAAACAGUUAUGAUUAACAAUAUGUUCCAUUUCUAACACCUUGUCAAUUUGCAAUAUCUCUUAAGGACAAAGUACACAGUUAAAGAAAUACAUUUCAUUCUAAAACUUGUAAUGUUUGCAUUUGCCCAUAACAAUAUACACACACACAUGUAUAUAUAUAAUAAUUCAACGUAUAUAUUUAUGUAAUAAUUUUACAUAAUUAGAUCAUUUUAUUAAUUACAAUUUGCGGGACCUGCCUGACAACCCAGGGCGAAAGUCCAGGGAAUUUAAUUUUCUAGCACUAUAUUUAACCCUGUAACUUUCCAAGACACAAUAAAACCAGUACAUGGGGGGGUACUGUUUUACACAUGAGACAUUGCCGAAUACAGAUAUGUGUAUUUUAUUGCAGUAAAAGCAAACAGUAUUAUGACAUUCACAGUUAAAAUGUCACGUAGAACUAAAUAAAAUUAGAAAAUUCGUAUUUUCUCCCAUUUUUAAUAUUUUAUUCAUAUUAAAUUGUUUCAUACCUAAAUAGUUGAUGUUAAAUAAAAGCCAUGUUUCCCCUAAAUACAAUGAUAUAUAAUAAUUGUGGGUGCACAUAAUAUGAAAGAGGUGAAUUACGCCUGAACAGACAUAUAGCGCAAAUUCAAGUUUUUAUUUACGUUUUUGUUUUGAUCACAACGUGUACAUUUGGCUCUGUCCUUAAGGGGUUAAUUACAAUUUGCGGGACUUGCCUGAUAAGCCAGGCAGAAAGUCCAGAGAAUUUAAUUUGCUAGCACUAUAUUUAACCCUGUAACUUUUCAAGACACCAUAAAACUUAUACAUGGGGGUACUGUUUUAUUUGGGAGACUUCGCUAAACACAAAUAUUAGUGUUUCCAAACAGUAAAAUGUAUUACAACAAUAUCAUCAUUGAAAGUGAUAUUUUUUGCAUUUUUCACACACAAACGGCACUUACACUGACUAUAUAACUCUUGUGAUAUAUUUUACUGUUUUGAAACACUAAUAUUUGUGUUCAGUAAAGUCUUCUGAGUAUAACAGUACCCCUCAUGUACAGAUUUUAUGGUGUUUUCAAAAGUUACAGAGUCAAAUAUAAGGCUUGCGUUACAGCUUUUUCCACAUUGAAAUUUGCCAGAUUAGUUACUUUGCCUUUGAGACUAUAUGGUUGCCCAGGAAUGAGAAUUACUCCCAUGAUGGUAUACCCCCAUGAUGGUAUACCAUUUGCAAAAGUAGAUAACCCAAGGUUUUGCAAAUGGGGUAUGACCAGUCUUUUUUUAGUAGCCACUUAGUCACAAACACUGGCCAAAAUUAUCAUUCAAAUUAGUUUUUUGCAUUUUUCACACACAAACAAAUAUUAACGCUAACUUUGGCCACUGUUUGUGACUAAGUGGCUACUAAAAAAGACUGGAUAUACCCCAUUUGCAAUACCUUGGGUUGUCUACAAUUGCAAAUGGUAUGCCAUCAUGGGGGUAAUUCUCAUUCCUGGGCUACCAUAUGGUCUCAAAGGCAACGUGACCCAUCUGGCAAAUUUCAAUGUGAAAAAACUGAACAAUCUAACAUGCUAUAUUUGACCCUGUAACUUCCCAAAACAGCAUAAAACCUUUACAUAGGGGGGUACUGUUUUACAUGUGAGACAUCGCUGUUUCUGUUUUAUUUUGAUGAAAAUGUGUACAUUUGGCUCAGUCCUUAAGGGGUUAAUGGUAAUGGUUGUACUGAUAUCUUAAAACAUUAUCCUUUGUUUGGACUUUACAAACAUCAGGAAAUAAAUAUAUCACUACUGUAAAUAGGAAUGAGUAUGUUGUAUAGAACUCUAUGGUCUUGCUUAUUUCCCAUGUCUUAGCAAAAAAUAAGCAAGGAUCACACAUGUUAAAAUAUACAUAAAAGAACUGUAGCUAUAAAGUAUUUUGCUGUGUAAUCCUGUCUCUUAUAAUGUUAGAGUUUUUGUUUAUCAUCCAUUUCCGAUUUAUGGUAUGCUGUAUUAGAAUUAUGGACAUACUCUAUUUAAUGUAUUCAAUAUUUUUUCCAUUAGCCAUGAGCUGUAGGAAAUUGUUUACUCAACUUUUUUUGUUUGAACAGUGAGCAGAAGAUAUUGUGGUCUCACUUAUGGUGCAUAUUCUGUGACUUGCCAGAAAACCACUUAUCUGAAAGAUGGAUAGAUGGGUAGAUGGAUAGAUAGAUAUACAUAGAUUGAUUGAUACCACUAGUUGAUGUUUAGUGAAUAGAUUCCUUUAUCUAUGUUCUAACAUGACAAGACAUCCCCAAGGCUUAGCACCUGCUCAUACCACUGAAAUUAUAUGUCUCCCAACAGUCCCAGAUAUGAUAGAAGAGACAUGAUUUGGGGUUUCUGUCCUCCAGCCACAAGUUAGAUCUUUGAUGUUCACUUAUGGGGACAACAGGGAAAUGUUCUUUGUAAGUGCAGCAUGAGCACAUCACUAGACUUGCAUGUACUGUGCAAACUGAACCCAGCAUCACGUCAACACGGCUCUGCACAUUGGGUACCUGGAUCACACAGUGUGUCUUGUAUGUCCUCUACUGACCAAAUGCACUCUCGUUUACCUCCCAGUGCUGGGAGCUGUGAUAUUUCAACCUUCCACGUAGUAUGUUGUUUAGACCAGUCUAUUUCCAAAGAUUUCCCAGUACAGUUAAAGCAACGACCACCUGAUACUUACGUAACUAUAUUUCCCUUUAAAAACAAAAUCAGUCCUGAACAGCGCUAGUUCUGUUAGUUUUCAUUGUAUCACCUGUGGUGUUAGAUGAUCUGUUGAUUUUCACUGUGUUGAUUGAACCGUGCUAGUUUAGCAUUAACGUUCACAUGAUGCCAGAGAAAACACAGCUUCGAAAUUUCCCACAAUUAAAACCUUUUUUUAGGUUUUGGAAGCAAAAUGUUGAUUUUUUUUUCUGCUUUGCACUUGCAAAAGGAAAACUUUUUUUUUUUUUCAGUUGAGUGCUCAUAGUUACACUGGAGUCUUUUGAAGAAAUUGAGAAAAUAACUAUCGAGCCAUCUGUUAAUUCACUACAAUGAUCUGUGGAGAAUUAAAACCAAAUUUGCAAAUGUUAGGCCAAAGUAGGUGUGAACAUAGACUAUUUUUUUGGCCUACAUUUUUUUCCAAUGUACAAAAGUUGAUUUAAUGUUGUUGGAUAAGCUUUCCAAAUGAUUUCAUAUAUUUAGGAUAAACUUUUUUUUUUUUUUAAAUUUUCAACAUAUUGAAAUAUAAAAAAUACAUCAAAUAUAAAAGAAAAUGUAUUAAUAUAAAAAGUAUCAAAAUAUUAAAUAAUUUAAAUAUUUUUCAUAAUGUGAAAUCAUUUGGAAUGCUUAUUCUACAUUAUUACACAAAAUCGAGGGGAUUAUAAAAAAUUUGCAGAUUUUUGUGCAAAGUAUAUUAAUUGGAAAAUGUGCAAUACCCUUCUCCUCAAUUUUUAGUUUAGUAAAUAUCCCAUGUUGGAUAUGUUGAUAUUUUACAAGGUAUUUUUUUUCCUUGUUAUUUUUCUGCAGUGUGAAUUAAUAGUAAUCUGUACAAAUUUAGUAUUAAAUGCAUUUUUUGAAUGGUUUUAUUUUUUUAUAUUGAAUUAUACCAUGCCUUUUUCUUUAAGUGCAAUAAUGACAUCUAAGUAUUAAAAAAAAAAAAGGCAGACAUCCAAGUCGAGACAUGAAGGAUGUUGCACUUGUAAAAUGUCUAUUCUGUUUUCUUUCUAAAAUAUCUUUUGGCCUAUAUCCUCUGGCUGUGGUUUUAUAGGAUCGUGUUUAAUCUUUUUCUUCUCUUCUCUUUAUCUUUAAGCCCAACCCCGGCGCUUGCCUCAGCCAGAAACUUCAGCACUGACACAGAGCAAGGAAGAAACUGGCAGGAUACAAAAUGGUCAUGUAGGUCUGACUAGCAGCAAUGGAAUUCACAAUGGGGUCAAACAUGCUGUUGCAGAUCACAGAAAGUUAUCCGCUCCUGUUUCUCAAAAAAUGCACAGGAAAAUUCAGUCCAGUUUAUCUGUGAACAGCGAUGGCAGCAAACACAGCAAAAUGAGUUCAGCCUAUCCUCAGAAACCAACCUCUUCACCCGAAGGUAAGCUGAUUAAUUCCAUAUUAAUUACUCUAUGCAGAUACUUUACAAGAGCACAUUUUUCAGAAGUUAUAUUUUUGUGAAUUAAACAUAUGUGGGGUUUUUUUGCAUUGGCAAAAUGUUACAAAACUGUGCUUUAUGUUACUUUUUCCUGUCUGUUAUUUAAUAUGUUAUUUGUUUAUGUUCUUCCCUCAACUCUUCCUUCCUGACAUCUAUCCCCUUGCAGCGAGAGGGAAUGAUGUCAGAGGAGGAGGAUCGGGCUGCCAGGACAACUCGUUCUCAUAUUAUAUGUAUGUGGUGGCCAAGUGUGCUGUGUGUAAUUCCUGAGUGUUAUAUGCAUGUGGGUGUGUAAUGGUUGAAUGUUUUGUGUGUGAUUCCUGAGUGUAAUAUGUAUGUUUGUGAUGGAUGUGUGGUCUGUGUGAGAUAUUGGUGAGGUGGCUUUGUUUGUAUGUUGCAACUCCACCCUCACCAUUUCAUUUUGCAUUUCUGAAAUAAAUGUAAAAUGUUUUUUGUGCUCCCCUCCUGCUUACCUUUUUUGCAGGGGGAAGCUAGGAUCCCUGGUUAUCCAGCAGAAAUUCUAAAUCUUAGGUUGUCCAUGGGUUUCUUAAUUCCUGGUGGUCCAGUGGGGUAUAUAAUUUACCUAUCCCUUCCAUUCAAAUUACUUUCCAUUCAUAGCAUCCCCCCUACCCCUGCCACUCAUAGUCCCCGCUACCCCUUCCAUUCAUAGUUCCCCCCUAAGCCUUCUAUUCAUAGUUUUGCCCUACCCCUUCCAUUCAUAAUUCUCCCCCCUACCCAUUCAAUUCAUAUCUCUCCCCCUACCCCUUCCAUUGAUAGUUCUCCCUCCUACCCAUUCAAUUCAUAGCUCUCUCCCCCCCUACCUCUUUCAUUCAUAGUACUCCCCCCACCCUUUCCAUUCAUUUUAAUCCCCCACACCAUUUCUAUUUAUAUUAGUCCCAUCCACCCCACCCAUUCAUAUUAGUCCCCCCUACCCCUUCUAUUCAUAGUACCCCCACCCCAUCCAUUCAUAGUACCCCCCACCCCUUCCAUUCAUAGUACUCCCCCUAUCCCUUCCAUUCCUAGUACCCCACCCCACCCUUUCUAUUCAUAUUACUCCCCCGAACCCUUCCAUUCAUUUUACUCCCACCCACCCUUUCUAUUCAUAUUAGUCCCCUUCACCCCUUCCAUUCAUAGUACUCCCCCUACCCCUUCCAUUCAUAUUACUCCCCCACCCUUCCAUUCAUAUUACUCCUCCCCCUAACCAUUCCAUUCAUAUUACUCCCUCCCACCCCUUCCAUUCAUGUUACUCUCCCAACCCUUCCAUUCAUAUUACUCCUCCCCCUAACCAUACUAUUCAUAUUACUCCCUCCCACCCUUCCAUUCAUAUUACUACCCCCUACCCUUCCAUUCAUAUUACUCCUCCCCCUAACCAUUCCAUUCAUAUUACUCACUCCCUCCCACCCCUUCCAUUCAUAUUACUACCCCCUUCCUCUUCCAUUCAUAUUACUCCCUCCUACCCUUUCCAUUCAUAUUACUCUCCCCUUAACCAUUCCAUUCAAAUUACUCCCUCCACCCUUUCCAUUCAUAUUACUUCUCCUCUAGCUCUUACAUGCCCCCACCUCUUCAAAUUUAAAUCCCUCCUCUAACCCUUUCUUCAUUCCAACUGCUUUUUUUCAGAGCCGGCGACUGACAUGAUGGUAAUGCCGGCUCUGCUCUGCCCUGCCCCCUUCUGUUGCCCCCCCUCCCUGCUGUUAUAGCUGACAUAGCAGGAGAGGGGGGGCCUGUCAAUCUCUGGUGGUGAGUCACACUGAGAGCCAGGUAGUCAAGUGACACCUGGUGCUCCUACGCAGAGCCGGAGGGGGAGGUGCUCCCCCUCCUAAUGUACAGUGCAUGCAGUUCCCUUAUGGAGCCGCACGCUGCCUUGGGGAACCAGGAGCACAGGUCGAAGGGGGUGCAAAAAUCACUUGUCAUUUUGACAAGUGAUUUUUGCUCCCCCACCCCUCGGCCUGUGCCAACGGCAGGUGCCAAUUUCGCCACCCCCACAGUACGUCCCUGCCAUCACAUGCACCUAUAUUUCUCAGAUUUUUGACCUCAUGGCAUUACCAACCUGCUGCAUUAACCCCCCAAAUCCCUCCCUCCCCCCGCCUCAAAAUCUUUUGUUGUCCUUAGCAUUCACUCGUGCUCUCAGAAUGUAUACUAUAUUCAGUGGCAUCGCUCUCUGUUUAUAGCAGAUUAAUCCUAUCCUCAAAAGUCCUCAACUCAACUUCACUUCAUAUAUUACCUACCUUUUCAUUUGAACAGAGAGAUGUAAAGUUUUGGUACGUCAGCAUCUAUUCCUGCAACAUGUCACCUGUACAUCCUGACACAGCCAUGCACACAUUCAUGUUAAAGGUCAUUACAAAUGUUCCCUUUAAAAAAGACCAACAAAUCUCUCUAAUCCUCAAAGGAUAGCACUUAGAGAGCAUAAUAAUCGAUUGCUAGACCAGUGAGCGAGAAAUGGGAAAAUAAAAACAAUGUGUUAAAACUUUUAGUAAGACACUAAUAUACAAUUAUCUGUUUGUGUAACAAGAUGUAGAAUACUUAUAAAACAUGCGUAUGUGAUAUUCCCUCUAUUUUAGUGCCUUAGUCUUACACCCAGGAAAUAAAGGUCUAGUAGCUGAUUUAGAGUGUGAUGAGGUCAUGUGUCAACACAUUACAUAAUAAAACAUGCUGUCAUUUUAACUAUGCUAAUGGAAACCAGUGGAUUAGAUUGCCAACACUAAGGGUUAAAUAGCAAAGUAGAUAUCUGAGAGCAUAGUUGAUUUGUUUGGCAGAGAACAGUGGGCACAGCGAAUGAAGAUUCUAUUAUCCAUGAAAAAGUAUCUAAGUAAAACCUCCAUAUGCUAUUAUGAAAAUUUAUGAUGUCCAAAAACUUUCAUCCUUUUCUAUCUUGCUACACAUGAAUGUGUUCUGAAUCCACACUGGCUUCAAAAAUGAAAAUCGCUUUUUAUAAGCUUUCUCGAUUUCUAAGUCCUUUGUUCAUCACUGGCAUAGUUCCAUAACUAGUUAAGGUAUUGUUGACAAAUGUGACAAAAAUUAUCUUAAUACUCAUUUAACUGUGGCUACUUUUGCUAAUCCCUGUUUAAUCAAUUCCUCAUAGGUUUCAAGCUUUUGUAGGCAGUCAUCUGAUAAUAGCAAAUUAAUAUCAUCCAAAGAGAAAUAAGAGAAUGCCGUGAAUUGGCAAAAACUCAUAUAGCCUUCCCUUAAGUUACUUCCCUGCUCAUAUCUCAAACAAGUGUUAGCUAAUGUAUGCAAUUACCAAUGGAUGCUUUAUUAUUCACAUAUGUUAUGUUAUUAUUUAUAUAGCGCCAACAAAUUCCACUGCGCUUUACAGUGGGUGGACGAACAAACAUGUAGUUAUAACCAGUCAAGUUGGACUCACAGGAAGGAGGGGUUGAGGGCCCUGCUCAAUGAGCUUACAUGCUAGAGGGAGUGGGAUAAAGUGACACAAAAGGUAACAUCUCUGACUGAUCUCUCCAACAAGGGCAGUCCAAUACUAAAAAGCAAGGCACAAGCGAUUCAGAUAAUUGUUUUAUCGUUUAUCAGUACAUUGCUACCCAGUGGCAUACAUACCGGGGGGCCUCUCUCUCGCGCGCCCACCAACCUGCCCGCCCGGUGACCGGCCGCCCAGCAACACUACUGGACCCCAGGGAAUCCCCUCAGCUCUCCCAAAGGUAGGGAGGCUGGGGGAUUAAAUUUUUAAACUAACGUGUGUGUGUGUGUCUGUGUGUGUUAGUGUUCGAGUGUGUGUUCGAGUGUGUUAGUGUGUGUGUGUUAGUGAGUGUGUGUGUGUUAGUGUUAGAGUGUGUGUUAGUGUGUGUGUGUGUGUUAGUGUGUGUGUGUUAGUCUGUUUGGUGUCUGUUAGUGAGUGUGUGUUUUGUAAGUGAGUGUGUAUGUAUGUCUGUCACUGAGUGUGUGUCUGUCUGUAAAUGUGUGUGUUAGCUAGUGUGUAUGCGUCUGUUCAUGAGAGUGUGUGUGUGUGUGUGUGUGUGUGUGCCUGUUAGCUAGUCUGAGCAUUGCUUUAUAGCGUGAUAUGAUCCUAUAUUUUGGAUCCUUAUGUUAUGUGAUAUUCUUAUAGAGUGUACCCACUUAAUAAAGAUUGUUUUAUUAUUAUUGAUGGUUGUGCUCCUUACUCUAUUGUUAUUUACAUGUAUUUGGGCUUUUGGGGAUAAAGCCUUAUGUGAGUGAGCACCCCAUAUCGUAUCUUCAUAGAGCUCCACUUGGGAGCUUGCGUAUAUUUCAUAUUGAGUGUACCUACCUUAUUUAAUUAUUAACCCCUUAAGGACACAACUUCUGGAAUAAAAGGAAAUAUUCCGUCAUGUGUCCUUAAGGGGUUAAUUAGCUAGUGUGUACGCGUCUGUUCGUGAGAGUGUGUGUGUGUCUUCAGCACUUACCUUUCUCCUGCGCCGGACUCCUUGGCGCUUAGGAUCCCUCUGCCCAAUCCGCCUCUCAGCUCCGAAUGUGCUCGCAUUCAAACCGCCCAUAGGAAAGCAUUACUCAAUGCUUUCCUAUGGACGUUCAUCGUCUUCUCACUGUGAUUUUCACAGUGAGAAUCGCGGAAGCUCCUCUAGCGGCUGUCAAUGAGACAGCCACUAGAGGCUGGAUUAACCCUGAAACUGCUAUGUUUUCAGCUGCAGGGUUAAAACUAGAGGGACCUGGUACUAAGACCACUUCAUAGAGCUGAUGUGAUCUGGGUGUCUGUAAUGUUCCUUUAAGUGUACGUGUAUCUGCACUGGCGUACAUACCACGGUUGCAGGGGUCGCAGCCUUGCAACCCCUGCGACCAGGUGCCCGCUGACAGGUGUUGCGGCCCCAGCCUGCACAGAGUAAGCGCGGGGGUGGGGGGGCCCACGGAUACGUUUUCGCACCCUGGCCCCAUGGGUUGUGUGUACGCCACUGUUGUCACCUGUACUCCUCUCUAGUCUUAUAGAAAUAAGUUAAAACAGGACAUUGAGAAUAAACACAUACUGUGUUGGCUUUCCUUUCAGUUACACCCACAAAUGUUUCAAUCAAAUGUUUUGUCCCUUGUGCCAUUACAUGCUUAACCUGUGCUAUAUGUAUAUCGUAUCUGAUUGACUCCAGUGAAAAUGUUAAAAUAUCUGGUGUAUUUUCCCCUUUGAAUAAAAGAUAUGAACACCAAAAUGAUUGCUUUUGCCUUUUGGGCCUUGUAAGUGACUUAUAGCCAAUUUGUAAAUGGAAUUUGACAAAUGGAAACACAUUGGAUACAGAUUUUAGGAACCCUGUCCACACGUUUGAUGAAACCGGAGAUUCAGAUAAGGGAUAUAGAAGAAAAAGGUCUAGGGGGAGGCAAGAGAAAGUGUUUAUUACAUUGCAGAUAUCAUGGUAAUUGAUAUUGAGGCUGGCUGGGUGAUGUAUGAAAUAAAAUAUUUAAUUUUGUUUGUGAAGAUAUUGGGGAUUUGUGGAUGAUUCUUAUAAGUGAGAGAGAGAAUAUGGCUAGAGAGGUGGAGAGCCUCAAAGGGUUUUUGCAAUUCAUAAUUUAGUCAUUAACUUUUUCUUCUGUCUGGGAUGUGCAGGGUGAAACAAAUAAAAGAGAGAAAUUAUGGUUGAGGAAAAUAAGAUUGUAGCUGAGAUAGUUGCAUGUUAGAAUAGCUGUUAAAAAAGGUUUCAAUGUUAUAUGUGGCUUAUGUUGUGAGAAAGAUACAGCCGGAUACCAAAGGUAAAGAUUAGUGCAGAGAUUGUGGAGACUAUUUCCUAGUGACAGACAGAGUUAUAGUAAUGGGGAAUCGGCUUUUAGAAACAAUAUGUCACUACACAGGAAGGAGCUUAAUGGUGGUAUCAGUCCCACGUUGGAGGACAAUGCACAGUCAUGAGAUCAAAUGUAUUUAGAAUAAAUAGGAAUCAGUAGCUUACUCCCUUCACUAAUCAAACAUUUCCAUUCAUAGUAAACCUUAUGAUCUUUACAAUAUGAUUGUCUUGUUUCAAGUCUCACGUCAUCAAGCCUAGAGUUCCAGUGAGAAAGUCAUGCAUCCAUACAUAUUUUCCUUUAACUUAACAGAGCCUAAUACUCUGUUUAGUGUCACUUUCCACCAGGAAGGCUGAAAAGAAGACAUUUACCCCAACUUCCUGUACAUACGCAACGCAUUUUGUAUUAACACGUUAUGCUUUAUGACUGGAAGUUUUGUUUUUCUUUACUCAUCUUACAUAUUAAUAGAUAUAAAAGCUGCAUCUGUAAAAUUGAAUAAGUUGGCUAAUGGUUUUUUAAAUGUAUCCUGUAUAAAUUACUUUAUAGAAGCAUUUAAAAUAAUUAUAUAGUUAUUAGUUUCUACUUUUACUAUGUGUGUAGGUAUUACUGCUAUUUACUGCAGUUUUAUUAUUCCUAUUUAAAAAUAAUAAUAAUAAUAAAAAAAAAAAUAUAUAUAUAUAUAUAUAAAAUCUAUAUUACCAGAUUACCAGCACGUAGAUAGAUAGAUAAAUAGACACAUAAUUAGAUGGGUAGAGAUACAUAAAUAUAUACUGCUUAUGGCGGAAAGCUGUAUGCUAUAUUAUGUUUUAUUCUUACUUUGCUUUUUUCUUUAUAUCUCUGUAUCAUCAUUUUAGUUCACCUUCUUUCUUGUUUGUAUUAGACUGCUGUGCUUCUUUGAUUCUGGCCUGUCUCUUCUGUCAGUGCACUGAGUUCAUCCUUGGCCCACAUCAGGUUUGCUCCCCCUGCCUGCAUGAGGCCUGUAACACCUGCUGUGGCUACUGCUCCUGUGUCUGUGUGGGCCUUGAGGAAACUCCUGCUGAGGACCUCAACUUCCACUUUGAUUGUGACUUUGCCCUUUUUGAUUCUUGCUGUGAGACAGCUGAGUGCCUGGAGAUCUGUUUUGAGUGUUCUGAACUCUGUGAAUAUAGCUAGCUUAAAAAAAGGACGACCAAGGUCAAUGUUAAGUAAGUGAGUUUAUUUACUGUUACACUGACUGCGAGACUUACAUGGAUGGAAACAUCUAACCAAAAAUUAAAUAUUAAUUUCUAUUCCCUUCCCAGAACUUCACAAACUAAUUGUAAGCUUAAACACUGUAGCAUGAUUCUUGUCGUAAAACCUAACACAGUGACUAAAGUGCAUGAAUUAUGUUUUAACUGUAUAAUUCUGAUGGGCACACAUUAUCUUGUAUUCAUUGUAUAAGUUUAAUAAUACCUAGCCAAUAUGUAGAAUGCUCGUAAUCAAUUAUCCCACCCCCCCUCCAAAACAAAUUACUUAUUAAAUCAUAUUUACAUAAACUCAGCAUUGAAAUUGUACACUAUAUAAACAUUGCUGUCCUAGAAUAUAUAUUUGUAUUGUUUAUAGAAAAAUGCUUAACCUUACUUAGAAUUAUGACCUAUGCAUGUAUUUGAAUUCUUUAACUGCAGUUGAGUUAAAGGUAAACUUAAUUUUGUUUUCAUUACAAAAAGUUAGAAAUAAAAGCAGAUUUCUAUUAAUAAAUAGGAAAAUUACAAAAGAUCAGAACUUAAAAACUAUAGGAAAUUAUCUAUAAAUAAGCCAUAUAAAUACAAUAAAAAUUAAAAAAUUAAGAGGAUUAUGUACUAAGUCAUUAUUACUUGUUCUUCUACAAGAGGGAAUGCAGUAAUCCAGAUCCUGCAAACUGUACAAAGCUUAGAUUUGCCAAGAACUAAUAAUAUUUUAUUUUAUGCAGAGGUAACAUUGUACAGAGCUGCCCAUUGUUUUUGGCAACCUUCAUUUAAACAUAAUUUAAUACAGAAAAUAAAUUAACAAAAAGAGGUUGAAGAAUGACACAUCCAACAGGAUAUGAGUCACAUCCAUUAUGCAAAUUGGUGGAAAAAACAGAGUGUAAGGUGUGUUUAAGCAAUAAGUAAUCAAAUAUCGUCACUUAAUAUUGAAACGUGCAAGUAAACGAACAUUAUAUGGGCAUAACAAAAUAAUCUAGCAAAAUGUUGUUGACUCAUCACAAUUAGUAAAAGAGAAGAAAUGAGCAUUGAGGAUGGGCUAAACCAAGCUAAGGUGGACAGAGAAGGUCAAUGGAAGGCCUUGUGGAGCAGGGGGGAGGUUAGGAGGCAAGACCGAAAAAGGUAAAAUAAAAGCAACAUCAAGGGAGAUAUAGUCUUCUCCAAAAGCCCCCCAUCUAUUCCGAUGCAACUCAAACAAAAUUGGGCUUAGCCAUGAAAAGGCUGCCACCCACCUCUGGAAUGGUAUGUAAAGGUGAAGAUUAAGCCUUGUUUCCCUACACCAUAGAAGCUGAGAACCACCAUCUCAUUCUCAAACAAAGUUUGUAUUGUUUAUAUUCAAACUGUAAGAUGUUCUGUCACUGAUUGGUAGCUAAAAUACUUAAAACCUUGGAAUACUGGGGAGUGUUGAAUGUUUUUCUCAUAUGGAUUAUUGCUAUACUUUUUUGUAUCUCUGAGUACCUUAAUUUAUGUGUUUUUCCUUAAAGAGCUACUCGAAACAAAAAAGUGUUUUAGGAAAACACUGUUUUUGAUUAGAGUAACCCUUCCUUGUACCCACCCUAAAAAAAAGAAAUAUAGAUAACCGCACCUUCCUCUCCAGAGUCAAUGCUACGUUCUCCGUUAGCCUUAUCCUCUUCUGAUUAUAUCAUUCCACCACGUUGGAGCAGUAAGGGAUGUAGGGAGAAGGACAGGCUUGUUCCAGGCCGGCUAAUGACACAACAAUGAUGCCACUGGUACACCUUCAGCAGAAAAGGGUUUAAACUCUGCAUGUGCAAUAUUUCAUAGAGAAACAGUGCACAUACAGACUCCAGGCACCAUGAACACUUUAAUUCUGUGAAGGGUGCUUAGAGUAACCCUUUAAUGUUGCUAUUGGUUUUGGCAGCUUUCGAGGUAAUCUGUAUUCCCAUCCGUUCAUGAUGUCGAAGUCACAACUGGUUUGAUCCUCUGGAGAUUUAUUCCAAGACAUAUUGGAUUUUACAUUGUGCUAGUUGAGGCUAAUGGUAUUGUAGUUUCACUCUUGUUUUUUUUUUUUUUUAUCUUUUUUGUCUCUUUUUAGAAUCAUUUGAAGUUGUACUAAACAGUCAGUGUGGUUGACAUGCUUGCCAACUACAGCUAUUAUCAAAGUCUAUCAAUCCUUUCUCUACUGAUUUUUUGCAGAAAAUUAAAAUAUAUCCAUCACAGCCUGUUUUUUAAUAUAUCAGUAUACAUAGCUAGGAUAUAAUUUUAUGGCAAGAUGCAAUUUAUAAUUUGCUAUUCAACGAUACCUAAAAAUUAAAGUUAAAGGGACACUGUAGGCACCAAAAUAACAUUUUCUUAAUGUAGUCACACUGCUCAAUUCUCUGCCAUUGAAAAGUUAUAUCACCUUUUUUCUGUUCAUGCAAACCUAGCCACACCUACCCUGCAAGAAAUAAAAUCAGAUGUUUACUUACUUUACAAAUUUUAUCUCCUGCACUGUAAAUUGAACUUCAGUCACAUACAAGAGGCUCCUGCAAAGUCAUGGCUAUUAACAGUGCAGAAGAUAAGAUAUUCUAAAUUAAACAGACUGUGCAAUAAAGGAAGUCUAAAUGUUAGAUAUCACUGUACAGAAAAGUAAGUGUUUACAUUGCACUGUAGGGACACCUCCAGUAUCAGUCAUUAAGACGGCCACUUCAAGUGCUUCCUGGGUCCCUCUGCAUGGAGAUGCUGAACUUUCCCCAGUGAGAUGCAUUGAUUUAUCUCAAAGUUGAGAUGCUGAUUGGUCAGUGUGGCAUUUAGAUCCACCCCCGCCCCAAGUCCUUGGCUGAGAUAAUCAGAGUUGAUGAUCUCAUCCAAUCCAAUGCUUUGGAUUGGCUGAGAUCAUCAAUUAUGAUAAUGUUAGACAAGGAGGCUGAUCAGGUAUGAAGCAGGAAUAAAGGUGAGUUUUACAACUUUUUUAAGGGGGAGCCAGGGCACUAAAUGUUUUUUUACCACUACAAGGUCAGGAAUGCAUGUUUGUGUUCCUGAGCCUAUAGUGUUCCUUUAACCCCUUAAGGACACAACUUCAGAAAUAAAAGUGAAUCAUGACAGAAUAUUUCCAUCAUGUGUCCUUAACGCGUUAAUAGUAUAGUUUUCGCUGUACCUUAUUCUUCAAUUCUAAUCUCUUGACACUCUAGUGGAGGGGAAAAUAUACUUCUGAUGAUAGUUUAGUUUUUUUGCUCCCUUGCUGUCCCUAUGUAACCUAAGUCAGUAUUGUUAUUAUUACAGAUCCAUAUUCCAAGCAAAAUAUGGAAAACUUAAAACAUUCCAGAUAGCAUUGAGUUACAAACUGUUCAUUCGGUCAGCUUUGAAAUGUUUGCACAAAUAAAAUGCAAGGAAAUUGGCCCAUUCUCUUUCAUAACUGGCUAGUACUGAUCCAUUAACAAGUAACAAAGUGGCCUAUUCAUUAAACAUUGUUUGCGAGCUGGCAAUAGGCUUUGGCAACUUAAGAUCAAAAUGAAAAGAUCUUCAAUUAACUAUACAUAAGAAUUUGCCAGCUAAUUUCCUAAAUAUUACAGAAUUUUGGAUGGGUGUGCCCUUGCCACAUCAGUUCCUCUUGUUUCUACAUGCUAAAAAUGGGAUUCAGGAGCAAAAGAAGCAGGGUAAGCAUUAUAAGGUUAUAUAAACGGAUAGCUUUAAAAAAAAAUAAAAAAAUAAAUAGUUUUCUGUGAUUUUAAUGUUGGUACAGCAUUAUAUACCUUUUCUCCUUGGAGAGCUAAUCAACAGACACCUACUUUCUUUUUAACUUAUCUUGAAAAAAAUAUUUCUAUGAUAGUGGAAUGGCCUAGCGAGAACAUCUGUUGAGAUAUUUGGAAUAUAUCCUGUUGUUAGAAUUAGACUUUGGUCUGGACUACCCAAUAUAUAUGGCUCUAGACUGCAAGAUGUUAGUCUUCUAUUAUUGAUGAGUGCUUGUACCUCCUUCUGUUGGGUGAGAAUGCUCUCCUGAGACUUUCAGUGCUCUCUACCAUUGCUGAUCCAUUGUCUUUAGAGAAUAGGCAAUAUUGGAAGUGAAGCAUUUGUGAUAAAUAUCAUUUUUACUUCUCUUGCAGUUAGUGCAGCAUAGGGCAAGUAGUUCUUGGAUUAUUCUGUUAAGUCAUGUGGCUUAUAAUUAUAGUUAUGGAAUAUAUAUGGCUAGUGUAUUUGGCCUGUGGAAGAGUGAGGCCGGCUGACAUAGGCUAUGGUCAACAGCCUCAUACACACACAUGAACAAUUCAUGCCUCUUUGUACUAAUUUUAUAUUUUUCUCAAGGAGCUGAUACUGAUGUUCAGUCCCAAACUAUGACGACUAUAUUCUUCUGUCAAAAACAUUUUGUGAGGUUUAAUGUUUUACCUAAUGAUUGAUUCUACUUUCUUUAAGAAGACUUCCACAGUAAGUGCUAUCAGUAAACAUACUUCUAGCAACAUUAUUUGUAGUUUUAAACUUAGCCAUAGAAUCUUAAAAAAGAUAUGUGGCAUUAAAACAAAAUAUUUUGUAGCAAUGUGUCUAGCACAACAUCUAUAUUAAACCGAAUUCAGUAGAAACUGAAAUCUUUCAAUUUUUACAUGGCAGGUGCAUUUGUACAUAUGAUUGGCACAUUUGUAAACAACAUAUGCUGUUCCUGUACCUGAGCUGAGGUGCCGUGCUGUGAAUAUGAUCUUCUGCCUGAGUACUGGAUUCAGAGAAACUCUGUUUUCUGGGCUUAAGUGGCUGCUGAAUUACUCACUGUGGUGUGUUUCUGCCAGUGGGAUCUCCAGCAUUGCAGUAAAUGCAAAUUGGUACUCUUUCUGUGUUCAACUCUCGAACAACUGCUGGAGAUCCAGUAAUAUUCAGCGACGAUCUUUCUGUGUUCAGUGUUUUGCAGCUCUGUGCAUGUUGGGUAAUUGGGAGAGGACAAUGUGUCAGUUCUCGCCAAUAUAGAAAGGGGGUGAAUUUGUGACACCUCUGUAGUAUAUAUUACAAUAGAAUGAUAUAUGUCAAACUGCUACUUAUACAAAAACUUUAUUUUAUCAUGUUUACCUUUAUUAUACUGUUAUGUUAUACACAUUUAUAUUUUAAUGAAUUUAUUGCCCUGAAAAUGCACUACCAACAUGAAUAUAUAUAUACUGGUGGUCAUUUUCUUUUUUUGCAAAAAAAAAAAAUGGAAAUGAAGAGAUUAACAGAAUAUAACAGAAUUUUCCCAAUCAAAGUCAAAACCAAGAGUCCUUCAUGGCAGUUAACAGUAGUGUUCUUAAAGCUUGUUUUGGCUCUGUCGGAAUGCAGUUUGACAGUUCUGACUCAAAAUCAAUCUUUGUCAUGAAUCGUUGUGACUUAGUUGGUGUCUGAACUGGCAUGGAGCACUUCCAGUACCCGAGUUGCAAUGCUUUAUCUUACAGGCAGAUCAGUCAAUGUCUAAAUAUGACAGAUCUACCUGUGCUCAUUAAGUAGAUUCUGACAAUCUGCACUGUUGGAAGUUGUAGAACACGGAUUUCCAGCCUGUUCUAAACUAGUAAUACUAGUAAGAGAUUUGUCAGGCCAAGUACUCAUAACAUCAAGCUUUUAUUCAUUAAGUAGCCUGUGUUUCAACAUUUCCUAUCAAAUGUAAUUAAUUUAAAAUUCCACUGGUGCUGAAUUACUUCCUUAUCAAUUGAAUAGAACCCCAUGUGGUACACUUAUCACAGAUGGAGAAACUGUGUCAAAGAAGUCCAGUGUUGAAAUCCUCCCAGGAUGCACUGCCUCAUUUGCUUAUAUUAGUUUGAUACAAAUCUCAGGCUUCGACUGCAAAACUUACCAUUUCUAGAACAGGUGUUUUGCUGUCUCUCUACAUUUCUCUUUAAACAGCUGUUUAGAAAACAGGCAUUCCAAAUGCUACUUUUACCUGACCCCAGUGCAGAAAUAACCCAAACAGUAAGAACUUCCUGCAAUGUCUUUGAUAUUAAUUAAAAAGUGGUUCUAGGUAAUUCUGCUAUGUCAACCAAUAUGGACCCAUACUUUACAGACAACCAGCAUCAAGAAGACUGUAAAGGUCAAUUUAAAAUACCUUAGCCCAACUUUUGUUGAAGUUGAAUUAAAUUGCUCCUCCCAAACAUUCACUUCUUAAAGGAACACUAUGGUCACCAGAACAACUACAGUUUAUUGAAUUUGUUCUGGUGAGUAGAAUCAUUACCCUCAGGCUUUUUGCUGUAAACACGGUCUUUUCAGAGAAAAAGCAGUGUUUACAUUACAGCCUAGUGAUAACUUCACUGGCCACUCCUGAGAUAGCUGUUAGAGAUCCUUCCUGGGUUAUGGCUGCCUAAAAUGCAUCCAUUCAGUAUCUCCUCCCUCUGCAUGCUGACACCGAACUUUCCUCAUAGAGAUUCAUUGAUUCAAUUCAUCUCUAUGAGGAGAUGCUGAUUGGCCAGGGCUGUGUUUGAAUCAUGCUGGCUCUGCCCCUGAUCUGCCUCUUUGUCAGUCUCAGCCAAUCCUAUGGGGAAGCACUGUGAUUGGAUCAGGCCACCACUUCUUACGAUGUCAGCAGACUGCUUGUUUUUCUGAGGCAAACAGCAUGCAGAGUUACAGCUUCUACUUGAAUACAAGUAAGAUUUUUACUAUAUUUAUGGAGGCAUGAGGGGCCCAGGGGGGCUAGAUGGUGGGUCAGGAAUACAUGUUUAUGUUCCUGACCCUGUAGUGAUCCUUUAAAUGGAUUUUCUCUUAAAGGGAUGUGGUUAAACGUGUGUACUUUAUGUACUUUAAAAGUACCAAGUAUUUUUUUUCCGCUCAUAUUAAUUUAUUGUUACAUUGUUAUUUGCAAAAUGAAUUCGUAAAUAAAGAAUUCAAAAAGGGUUGUGGUUAAAAUAAUUUCUAUGUUUUAUUUAAGAUGAAAAAUAUGUAUUCACCUAAUUGUAAUACUUUUAGUCAGGAUAGGACUGUAGCUCCAGGCCCAUGCCCACGGAAUAAGUCCAUUGAUUAAAAAAAAAAAAACAACUUUAACUGCUUUUCAAAUUACCUGGCUAUCUUGCUUUGUAUAGAGGAAAUUAAGUAUGUGAACUUAGGAGGAUGUAGAGGAACAAAACUUGUGUUGACUGGUUAACUAUAAAUUACUUAAGGUAAAGCUGACUUUGCACCUUUUGCAAAUGAUCUUGCUACUUCGGUCUCUCUAACAGUGUGGCAUGUCCCCUUAAUUCAACACUCACUACAUCCAUUUUCUCUGACUGCAUACCAGGAGCUUCUGCCUGCUAGUAAGAAGGGGAGGAGUGGACAAGUGAGUGCUGAGGGACCCCAGAGAACUGUACUCAGAAAGUGUAGAGCGAGCGCAUCAUUCGAUGCAUUUGUACCAAGCUCAGGGUGCUGAAACAGCGUUGUCUGCAUAGUUCACAUUAGUUUGUUGGCCUGUGGACUUGGCAGGCGGCCUACCAUGCCUUUACACCAUGCUGACCUUCUAAUUCUUCAGAAAGACCUGCCCCCUUUCCAAGCGGAUCCACCCCUUUAGGCAGUGCCAGUGACUGGCCCACCCCCUUUAAUCUCGCCCACUGACAUCCGAAUGCCGAUGUUGGGGGUAUGGAUUUUGUUAGGAGAUGAAAGCGAUAUAUUAGCACAGGGUAUGUGUAUUCUUAUAAAUGCAUCCUGUGAGUUUCUUUCUGGCACCACCUCCACCAGAUACAGGACACUUGGGAGGUAUGAUGGUUUGAGUGUUUUUUGUCAAUAUGAUUCUGUAAUAAGGCAUAUCAUAAUUGUCAGCACCAGGCCCACUGGGCUCUUAAUCCGGCCCUGUUUUUAGUCCUUUGAUAAAUUGUGUGGCUUAUGCUUUGACAAUAAUCAGUCAAUUGUACAAAAAAUGUUUAAUAAGAUUUUAAAUUAUUUUUUAUAGGUGAAGUGUACAUUCUAUUGAAGUCUUCAAUGAUGCACAUUUGCUAGGCUGUUGACAUAGCUAUACAGGAAACAUUCCCUAGUGUAUCAAUUUUCUUUACAUAAAAUCAAAAUAGGAAAACGCAUCCAGCUGUUAUGUCUCCAAAAUGUAACAUUUCAAUUUCCUUCUGCAAUUCCUGUUUUCUACAGAAAUAUUAACCUUUUUCAAUAGUCCCAUCAGAACCAAGUUGCAAUUGCUCUUUCAAUAAUACUGCCAGUAUAGUUGUAUGUUGUUUUAUUUAUUUAAUUUGAGAUUUCCCAAAGACAACAGCAGGGCUCCUAGGCAGGCCUAAAAGUGACUCUUUACUUCAAGCCCAGAUAGUAAAUGGUAGACUCAUCCAGGGUUAAUUUCUGCUUGCCAUGGAUGAAUUUUCACUCAUCAAUGGCUAGUGAGUGAUUGGAAAUUCUGAGCCCUGUUACUAGUAGCAGUACGUAAGGCUAGUCUAGACUAACAAGGCUAGUCUCUGAAUCAAAAAUUGUUAGAAAUUAUCUGAUAAAUGGAAAAUUUUAUGACAGUAGAUGAUCUAGGAAGAUAACUAAGCUGGGUAAUUAUUCCAAUUUGGUCUAAAAUUUUAAAUGAUCUAGUCAAAUCCCGUUUAGUGAAUAUACCUGAUAUUAACUGACAUUACUUCUUUCUUUAUGAUAGGGUAAAAAUUGAUUACUUCACUGCUGUAUGUUGUGAAAUGCUCAAUAAUGUAAAACACAGGUUCUUCACACAAGAGUUUAAUAAGCAGAGAUUCCUGUUCUAUAUGAAAAGCACAUAAGAUAUACAGUUAAACAACACAGCUUACGUGCCAGAAAUAGCAUAGUGACAAGAGAUCAGUAUCUCCAUGUAUGCAAUAAAAACACAGUAACCUGUAAUUGGUUGCUUCUAAACCUACUCAUCCUGCUAUGGUCAGUUCAGUAUACUUCUGAAUCAAUCACUUCUGACCAUUCACCUUAAAGUUGAUAAUCCACCUUUACCUGUUUCCAUUAUCAUCAUUGAAUAGAUAAACCGGUUUCUUAUAAAACUACAUGGAGUAAUGAGCACAGACAUGUUCAUACUUAACCCUUCAAGCACACAAAGUCAUACAGAGGGCAAACAUGGUUGAUAUAAGAAUAAGAUGGCUGCUGAAGAGCUUUAGACACUUUCUCAACAUUCACAGUGUAUAUAUAUAUAUAACGCUAACACACUGGCUUCACGGGCAGCAUAGUGGUGGCCGAAUGGAGUGAUGCUAGUCACUUUAUUCCUAUAUUACCAUAACUGCAACUGCAGCGAUUUUAUUUACCAUAUUCCUAUUACCAUUACCAUAGCAACUACAGCGAUUGCAUACAUAUGUUGCAAACUUUAACAGAUAGUUUAAGUAUUUCACCUUAAAGGACCACUCCUCCAAACUUGAAAAAAAAAAAACCCCAAGGACUCUCCCCCCAGUUUUCUAGAUAUACCACCAAGAAUGCUUGCAUGCAUAUUUUAAUAUGCAUGCGCUUCCCCUCCUGUCGGUCCCCCAGCAGUUCUUGACAACAAUAUUGGAAGGCAGACGUGCACUAUUUGAAUGUGCCUGCUACUUCCAUUAGCUCAGUGUAGCUAAUGGAAGUAUGGAGUGAAUCUCCCUAGCUAUUUGAUUGACAGCUAGGGAGGCGUUUCUAUUUUGACAUAUAAAAGUGCUAAUUUCACAAAGAAAUUGGAACUUUUUAUAAAUGGGGAUUUUAAAAAGAAACUCCAUGUAGCAAUUCAGCAAGCUGAAGUGCUCUAUGGGUGUGGAGUUGUCCUUUAUAAAACAAAUCACUAUUAAAAGGACCACUAUAGGCACCCAGACCACUUCAGCUCAAUGAAGUGGUCUGGGUGCCAGGUCCAUCUAGGAUUAACCCUUUCUGCUGUAAUCAUAGCAGUUUCAGAGAAACUGCUAUGUUUACAUAUGGGUUAAUCCAGCCUCUAGUGGCUGUCCCAUUGACAGCUGAUAGACGUGCUUCCACGCUUCUCACUGUCACAGUGAGAAGAUGCCAGCGUCCAUAGGAAAGCAUUGAGAAUGCUUUCCUAUGGACUGGCUGAAUGCAUGCGCGGCUCUUGUCGCGCAUGCGCAUUCACCCGAUGACGUCAGAAGGAGGAGGAGAGUCCCCAGAGCCGAGGGAGCCCGGCGCUGGAGAAAGGUAAGAAUUUACCUUCCUCCCCCUUCAACCCGCUGGGAGUGGGACCCUGAGGGUGGGGGCACCCUUAGGGCACUAUAGUGCCAGGAAAACGAGUUUGUUUUCCUGUCAAAAUAGUGGUCCUUUAAUGAUCUUUUCUGUUACCUGAUUUUGUUUAGGGUUAGAGCUACAGCUGGUGUUAGGGCUAGGGUUUGCACGGUUACACACACAGGUCUGCCUAUGAUAGGUGUGAGUUCCACUCCCUGGCAGCAGCUAUGAUUUGCAGCUGUCGUUAAUUUAGUUCCUCUCUUGAUAUGUUGGUAGAUUAGUUUUGGCAAAAGAAUUUCACUAAUGAUGCAGAAUGCUUCCUAAUCCAAAAGAGACUUUAGUUUGGAUUUAAUUUUCUAUCCUAUUAAUAGUUCUGAAUGGAUUUGAAAAUUGGAUGGUAUAAAUAAUAUUUCUGAUGAUACUGCUGCUUUAAGACGCUGAUGCCCAAUGCAGGAGAUAACUCAACCAAAACUCUUUAAAAUGCAUAACAGCUAGGAAAAUGUUCAGCAAUUGUUCUUCUUUUUUUUUGCACAAUUACAUAAACAAUAAGACGCAGAAAAUCUGACAAAGCACACAUACAGUAAUUGUACAUUUUGUAUUGUAGAGUAUAGUACCUCCCAACAUUGGUAGUCCCAGAAUCGGGACUCAAGGGGGCUAACCAGUCACAGAGGGACAGUCCCACAAAAAUUGGAGCUAUUGGAAGGCAUGCAGUAGAACUUUUUAAACUAGAAAACACUGCAUAUUUUGUAUUGAUAGUGUAAAAUUAUACCAAAUUACAGUUUUAAUUUUAAGUUGCCCAUAUGUUUUUUAGGUAUAGUGUGAUAAAAUAUGUUUUGUUCAUAUUAACUUAUUUUAUUACAAUAUAACAAUGAAAUAAACAUUUUAAUAAUAACAUUGUUUAACCUGUUUUGUAUGUUUAUAUUUGACUAAUAUUAACACUUUCUAAUGUUCAUUUAAACUUUAUGAUGUAGGACUUUAAAGGAACCCUAUAGUCACCUAACAACUUUAGCUUAAUUAAGCAGUUUUAGUGUAUAGAUCAUGCCUCUCAGGUUUCACUGUUCAAUUAACUGCCAUUAGUUAAAUCACUUUGUUUCUGUUUAUGUAGCCCUUGCCACACCUCCCCUGGCUCUGAUUGACACAGCCUGCAUGAAAAAAAAAACUGGUUUCACUUUCAAUCAGAUAUAAUUUACCUUAAACAGUGUUAUCUCAGGAGACUCUUGCAGGGUCUAGCAAGCUAUUAAUAUAUCAGGGGAUAAGAAAAUCUAAAUUAAAUAGAACUUUCAAUAAAGGAAGGAUAAACAUUAGAUGACUCUUUACAGGAAGUGUUUGGGAAGGCUGUGCAAGUCACAUGCAGGGAGGUGUGACUAGGGUUCAUAAAAAAAGUGAUUUAACUCCUAAAUGGCAGAUAAUUUAGCAUUGAGACUGCAGGGACACAAUCUACACACCAAAACUGUUUCAUUAAGCUAAAGUUGUUUUGAUGACUAUAGUGUCCGUUUAACAAAUUAUUGUAUGACCAUUGUCUGUUUGUGAGUUUGUUCUUGAUAUCUUGAAAAGGAACUAAAUUUUCUUUUUCUUUUUGUUUCAUGUGAUCUACCUGUGCCGACCCCUUCUGCGCUGAACAUAUUAUUGAAGAUUGCUGUGUUCACUGUAUCCUUGCUUGCUUAUUUUGUGAGUUUGUCACACUCUGUAACAUGGUACUGGGACAGGCAACUUGUGGGAUCUGCACUUCCGAAGCAUGCUGCUGUUGCUGUGGAGAGGAGCUGGGAGAUGACUGUAACUGCCCUUGUGAUAUGGAUUGUGGUAUAAUGGACGCUUGCUGUGAAUCUUCAGACUGCUUGGAAAUUUGCAUGGAAUGCUGCGGAAUCUGUUUUCCAUCAUGAAACCUCAAAUUGGCUUGUUUGUUUCACAACUGGAGUUUUUUAUGUAUAAAAGAAACAUACACAAUUUGCACUGCUACCUGUUUUUGUUCUAUUUUUACUGGAGAUUAAUAUUUAGAAUAAGUCAAAAUAACCGAAUGCCGUAAAAAUAAUACUUCAGUUGAACAGAUUCAUCUACUGGUUUGCCAUGCGCCUCAAGGGUAAUCAAAGAGUAUGCAAAUGUAAAUAUUUAUAGACAACUGUUUGGAUGAAAUUCUACGCUUAAUUACGUGACCUAUUUUUUCUUAACAUAAGCUUUUGUGAACAUAGUCAAUCGUUUGUUUUUUUUUUUUUAGGUUGUAAACGACAAGGACAAAUUAACUGUACAUUUUAAAUAAGAUAUAUACAUAUAGAGAGAAAAGACAAAAAUAAUCAAUCAUUAUUUGUAUCCUUAAAUAAUUAUGUAUGGAUCCAUUCUUUCUCUGUAUAUAUAUUUAUACAUUUUAGUUAAAUGAUGCCUUAAAUAAAAAUGUCUUUGAGGGACAUCUCCUUAACUGAUCGCUGUGCCAUCUGACUUGAAUUAAGCAGGUACUGACUGUUUUUUCCCAGAUAUAACUAGCCCAACCUGUACUCUAUAGAGCAUUGUUAUGUUCUGUUAUAUCUGGGAGUGGUUCCCAUAUUGAUAUUCAUCCAGGAUUCUGCAAUUUCUAUGUUGAUUUCAUAGUUUCUUAGUUUUUUCAACAAUUGUGAACAACUAAGCCCGUGAGAAAAAUUAUAGGACUGGGAAACACACCUACAUAAAGCUCUUACUUGGCUUCUACAUCUUUUAAAUAUGCUAUAAACUAUAACAUUGUCUUUUAAAAUAGUCACUUUAAGCAUAUAUGCAUCUUACUGCCUAAUGCAGAUUUAUGGACAUUUCCUUCUUUUAUGUUCCUUUAUAAUGGAACUAUAGACCGAAACCAUAUAAAUCUAAAAAGUGUUAUCAAAUUGUUUUUUGUCUUGUUUUUUUAAACAUUUUUUUAGAAAUGCUCCAGAAGAGCACUUAUCAUUUUCUUAUUUUUGUUUUGUUCGUUUUUUUAGUCGUAUUGGUACUAAAGAGGACAAAUAAUGCAUUGCUAGUAAUCUUUUGUGCAAUUAGAAAUGUUUGCAUAUAUUAGAGGAACAGUUGAAAUAUCCUUUAGUUUUCAGACUAUUUCGUAAUGUGUCCCCAAGCAUCUAUUUUAAAACUAUGCUAAAUAACAGUACUAACUGUAUACUCAUUUAGAUACAAGCAUUCCUUCCAUCAUGAGCUGUUACAUUUAUUCAGUAAUAAUUAUUUGUGACUGAGUGAUCUAUUUCUAGCAAUUUAAUUAUAUCAUGCCAUGCUACUUAUUCUGCACUAGAAUUAUUAGCAAAUGUGUAAUAUUUAUUUCUGUAGCAGAGAAUACAAGUGUAUGUUACAAAAAAAAAUCAUAUUUAUAUUUUUUCUUUUUUCUGGAUGAGGUGCUUAAGAUAAAAUACAUUAGUGCCUUAUUUUAUAGAAUCGUGCAGAACUAGCAUUUGAGUUGACAAUGUGAAAUCUCUAUUGUAACCGUUUUAUUGCCAGAUUAGCAAGCACUUUGCUGUGUUGGUCCCUAAAAGGUUUUUUUUGUUUUUUGUUAUUUUUAUGUGGGUCAGCUGGACUCUUAGCAGUGCUCAUGGUUCUUUUUGUUUUAUGUUGUUUUAAUUACUGUUUAUAUAUAAUAGCACCAGACACUAUUUACAGAGGUCUUACAAUUAGGAUUUGUUUCCUAACUUUAACUGGAUUUAUACUAAACAUUAUUUUAAAAAUAAAGAAAAUUAUUUUAAAUUU